GGAAGUUCUGGGAUUGGUAGCCAGAAAAAAAGGGCUGUUUUUAGAGAGAGGAAACUAAAGACAUUAAAAAGCCACGACGCGAGUAUGCAUAGUUCUUGUAUAAUCAAAACCAUGUACAGGCUGAAAAAGAAACAUUCCAAAUGAAAGUGAGGACUUAUAAUCAGAUCACACUCCACAGUUUAGGAACAAAACCUGGAACGGAUGAAUAAGGCACUUUUUAAUGAACCGCUUCCCAGUGCUAUCUUCUGUCUCACCUGAAGCCCUGUUCAGGUAAAGUUAUACAGCUACUGUUCUUCCCUCCUGUCUGAGCUUUUUUUAUCCAGGAUAUUUACUGAUGUGUGAAUUGUCAGGAAUUUAAAGUGAAUUCAAAGCGAAUUUAACAUUUUAGACCAAAGUAGCCGAUUUGAAAACAUACAAUCAUUUGGCUAUUUUGGACAAAAAAAUUACAUUCACUUUGAGUUUGCCAAAAUUCAGACUUUAGUGAAUAAUCCAGUAUGUCUUAGAAUUGCGUGUUGCAAGAAGCUUAUCUAUGCACUUAAUGGGAUUCCAUACUAAGCAGUCAUUGGACUUACUAUACUAUCUAUACAGCAUCUAUCAUCCAUCUGCCUCAGAAUUAUCUAACUCUUCCAGUGCCAGAGGGGUUUGGGACUCACACUUUCCUAUUAGUAAAACCUGUAAAAAAAUUGUAUUUUAGUAACGCAGUGUAUUGUCUGUUUUUCUUUUUUUUUGGUACAUCCUGAUAAUGAGCAUGUCACUUAUCUGGUUUGUAGUGUUAAACUGAUUACAACCUAAUAAAGCUGAUAAAUAGGUUAAUCGGUAGUCAUUGUUGUUAUAUGGCAAUGUGCUAACAAUGUAUAAGCAAUGUCUUUUUAUAGAUCACUGAUAACAGUCAUAGCUAGGGCUAAAGAUGAAAAAAAAAUCAGUUGUGCUCAUUGAGUCUGGCCACUUUGAAGCCAUCUUGUUAUGUUAUACUUACAUUGUCUUUUUUCUGGAUUAGCUAAUAAUAUUGCAAACAUUUUCUGUAUCUUUAGUGUGUCUUUAUCAACUAUGUCUUCUGUAAGGCAAUCCCAUGUAUCUACUGCCCUUUCAGUAAAGAAUGUAUUUUCUACAUCCUUAUCCACUUACUGUGUUCCAUCUUACAUGGACCCAUAUUGUGUUAAGAGCCUCUUCUUAAUCACUUGGUUAGAAUACAAAAUGGGAUAUUAUUCCAUAUUAUCUGGUCCCCAUUAUUAGGAAGAGGUACAUAAUUUUUCCAGAGCACGGGAAACUGCCAACAAAAAGGUGUUUACUGUAAUUGUUCCUGCUAUGUUCAGAAAAGUAGAAUGACUCUUGUUUAGAUGUUUAUCAAAAUAUGAUGUUUAUGUCUAAAUUGUAAUUCUGGAGUUCUAACUUUAGAUUAUAAGAUUGUUUGGGCAGGGUCCUCUUCACCUACUGUUCUUGUAUGUCAUACAUGGUUUGUUAGAAUCAAAUGUUCGUCUAGUUUCCUCUUGUACAGCGCUGCUAAAUUUGUUGGAGCUAUAUAAAUAAUUGUAAAAGUGGAGCAGUCAGCAAGAAAUUGGAUUGGUUUCCACGGUGAUUGCUCAACUUUGCAGCAGAAUUACUCUUUAUACAUAACACAUAUAUUUCAUUGUUUAUUAUUUUACACUCCAACAAUGGGUCGCCAAGCUAUUGUCAGGGACAUCAUUUGGGUCCAAGACAAAAAGGUUAACAGCCACUGACCCUGUCUUUAUAUUUUGUUCAUUUAUUCUUCAGGGUAAAUUUACGCAUCACAAAAAUAUUGUUUAUUAGUAUAGUCCUUACUAAUACCACUGGAAGGAUAUGCAAGGUAUCUACUACUUAUACUGCAAAUAGUAUUUUCUCACGUUACCUUUUUUUCCAAAACCAACCCCCUUUGCUGUAGCACUACUCUUUUUAUUCCGCUCCCUUGAUUUUAAUAAUACAUACAGAGAUUGCGAAAAAUAUUUGCCCUGAUUUAUAAAUAGUAAUACUAAUAAUCAUAAUGUAUUUUACUUUUAAUUCACAAUUAUUUAUAACAUCUGAAAAAAUGUCCACAAUGACGUACAAUCAGUAUUGGAACACUGGAUACAGUACAUGAUUUAGUCUACCAUAAAAGUGUAGAAGUAUAUAUUGUAUAUCAUAUUGACAAUGUGCAGACUAGAUAGAGCGUCACAGAUGUGCAUUAUUUUGAGUUAUUGGGUCUGUAGUUAACCAGGACACCAUAAACACUGUCAAGAUAAUAUGGAUGAGAUAUUUUACUCUGCAGUAAAACAAAUUGACCUAGAAAACCUUACUGUGUUAUGUGAUCACAAUUCAAAGACAAAAGUGUAAUCUGCCAGUCGGGAUCCCUUUAGAUGAACUAUGCAUUUAAUGGUGAAUACAAUUUUAAAAAUGUGUUUAUUUUCUGCAUGAGUAAUGCUAUUAUAAGAAACAUACAAUGACUGUGGGCCUCAAUUUAAUAUUUUUUGGAUAAACAUUUAAAAUUUUAACUUUUUUCCAUAUAUUAAAUUAUCACAAAAUAUAUAAUUUAUAAAAAAAAUCACUGUCAAAAAAUAUUAAACAUUUUUAAAAUAUGUUUCAAGAUAUUAAAGAAUUUUAAACAUUUAUUCAAAAAUAUGAAAUAAUUUGAAAAAAUAUUAAAAAAUUAAUACAAGGCCAUAUUACAAAAGCAAAAAGACGCUGAAGGGUUUGAUAACCCUGCUCAGAAGAGCUUGCUAUCUAAUUAAAAGUAAAAUUUCCUUCUGCCAAGAAAUGCUAUAAAAUGACAUUGCCAUUCCAGUACAGCAUUGUGAAGGUUAAAUUAACUAAGAUAGCGUGCUCUGGCUGUUUCAAGAUAGUGAUACAUAAAACUAUUGAGAAUUUUAAUAAAACACACAGCCCAUUGCUAACGUACGUACACCUAGCUAUCAGUUUAUACAAAAAAAUUAUGUGACAGUAAUGCUUUGAAAAGAUUACUGUUUGUAAAAUACUUGGGGACAAAAAGGCAUUUACUAUUGCGUUUUCUUUUUUCCAUUAAAAUGAUUUUUACUGGCAAAAAUAGCAUUUUAUGAACGUAUUGCAAUGAUAACAGGAUAAACCUUAAACCAAAAGCAGGUCAAGGAAAUUUAUACUGUAAUAAAUAAACUUGAUGUUUCAAGGUGUGAAUCCUCAAUUCUUGAAAAGUCUCCUUGUCUGUAAAAUGUAAAGAGAGGAGUUAUAUUGGGAAAGAAAAGUCACUUCUCGCAAAAACAUUAUGUCCAGGACACCCACCGACAUCCGAUCUUUUAGGGUCUUGAUAAUAUUCUGAAAUAUUAAUUUCUAAAACAUUUUGGGCUGUAUUGUUUUAAACUCUAUUGUUUAGUUUUUGUACUUUCAAGGACUUACAGACUGUUAAGCAUAGUUUUGAUUGUCUGCUCUUGUGACAAGGGCCUUCAUCAGUCAUUUGUUUUGUAUUCCCUGUACUGUACUUAUAAUAUCACAGCAAUGUAUUUUGAUGUUUGCAAUUAAAAUGUAAUUUUAGCCAAAACACUGAUUACAAACAAAUAAGAGAAUCAGUUGAAAAGGAUUCUAUUAACUAACUUGAUGCUGUAAAAGGUUCAUCAAGUGUUUUUUUUUCAUAACUUGAGCAGAUUAAAUAGAGGCUUGCUUUGUUUGUACAUUAUUGGGCAAUUUAGUAAUGUCAAUAAACAAUUUAAAAGUGGAGAACCUUCCUUGUGAUUGCAUUUUAUGUUUUUGAAAUUAAAACAGCUGUUAUGACACUUCAAAGAUAAUGAGAAAAUUACUAUAAAUUUGCCACACUGUAAAUCAAUUGAUGGUAUUAUAGCUCUCAUUAUAAUGACAAAAGCCACUAGAGCCCAGGCUACACUGCUGUCACUGCUGUUAUAAUGACUCCAGGUACAGUAGUGUACUCCAUGUAGUUGGUUUAGGGGGAUUUGUGGUUAAAGGGAAACUCCAGUGCCAGGAAAACAAUCAGUUUUCCUGGCACUGCAGGUUCCCUCUCCCUCCCACCCCCCAAUUCCCCGUGAAAACCCCUUCAGUAACUUACCUGAGGCAGCGACGAUGUCCCACGUCGCUGCUUCUACCUCCACCGCCGCUCCUCCUUCUGACUGCGUCGGCCGGUGGGCGAGACUGAUCCCGCCCACCGGCCGGGGAGACCUUAUGCGCAUGCGCGGCAAUGCCGUGCAUGUGCAUUAGCGCUCCUCAUAGGAAAGCAUUGAAAAUGCAUUUCAAUGCUUUCCUAUGGGGAAAUGAGCGACGCUGGAUGUCCUCACACAGCGUGAGGAUGUCCAGCGAUGCUCUAGCACAGGUUUCCUCAGUACAGUGAUGACAGUAUCUUAGCUACGUGUAACUAACUAUCUGAUACUACAAACACAUGUACCUACAUAUGCCUUGUGGCAAUCUUGGCCUGCUAAACUUUUAUUUUACUGGAAUUCCAUCACAUGAGCACCAUAACAGAGCAUCGCUGAUCGGCUUAAAGAAGUCAGCUGAUCAUCUAUCCCAGUCAGAACCCCCCUUUUCACAAAACGGCUUAAGAGACGUAAGUAUGUGUCUCACGCGGUUUGGGAAUAGGGAGAUAAUAAUUGGCUUAGAGCUCUAAGCAAAUUAGCGACCCUAAAGCCCAUUGCAGCCCAAGGUGGUAUAAAGCGUAUGUUGGAGGGGGCAGAUCAAAACGUUGAGAUGGGUAAGACAGCGCCAAGUACCUCCUGGCACCAUAACAGCUUAAUUUCAAUGACGUUGUUAUGGUGCCUGUAAUGUUCCUCUAGUUUAAUCACUGCACAGUAGGGCAUCAUUUUCUGGGAGUUGCAGUUACUCUAUUAGGCUGACAGCAGAACUGCAAUUUCUCAAAAUCUGUGCUGUACCAUCUGUCAGGAUAAUACAUGUUUAUGUGUGUCUAGGAGAAAGUUUCUUCUGUGAUGUAUUGUAAGGGAAUGGGACUAUGACUACAGAUAACAUUAUAGACCAGGCACAUCAAACAGACUAAGGCUCAAAAUGUGUACUCUACAGUAGCCUUUGGUGAAUGAAAAUUCAAGCCUAGUGUGUAAAUAUUCACCCCUGGUGAUUGUGCCAUGGAUCCUCCAGGCUUGCAGUGGCAAGUAACCAUUGGGCCCGACUAGUAUAGUAAGGCUAUAAAUUAUGAGCCCUGGACAGGCGCACAAGGACAGGGAGUCUCCUUAAACCAUAACCUAUGCAGCAUCAUAAGUUGUUGUGCUGCUAGGUGUAUCCCUUUAUAGAACAUAUUUGGUCAGUAUUAGCAAAUUAUGCUAUUGAAAUACAUUUUAAUAUUCAUUCCUGUUUACCCUCUUUUUAUGUCGUUGUCUGCAAUCUUUCUAUCUAUUUUGACAAUGCUUAUUGAAAUAAGGCUAAAUUAUUUCUUAUCAGUACAGGUCCUGCAAAGGAACAUUAUAUAAGUGUAGUAAUAUAUAAACCUAUGGGUACCUUUCCCUAAAGUGUUGUUAAACCAAACUGAAACCUUUUGGCCACUGUUUCUUUUAAUUUAAAUGUGUUAUUAAGAGGUUUUCAAUGCAACAUGACAAUGUAACAAUAUUAUACAAAGCUGGUGUUUGCUCAGUGUAUUUCAGUAAUGCAUAAACAUUCCAUAUUCUGGAUAUAGUAAACAUAACGAUCUCAAUGGUAUAGUUUCAAUAUAAAUAUUACUUAACAUAUAAAAGUGAGAGUUUAUAUAAAACUUGCAUAGAAUCACCUACAUAUCACAAAUCAGACCUUGGGAGUCCAUCUCGCGAAAACGAUUUUCAAGAAAGCAUCUUUGCACAAUUCUCCCAAAAUUCAUUGCUUGAUAUGCAAAUGGUCAGACAGGCAACAUGUUUCCCCUUUGAUUUCAGCACUGUCUGCAAUGUAAAACUGUUUGAAACACAACCUUUUUUUUUUAACCAAUGCAUGAGUUGUAAGCCAUGAAGACCAACACCAACAACUGACUAUACACAAGAUUGACCUUUCCGGUCUCAUCAGCACAGUUUUUGGUCCAGGUCUUGAAGUUUUUCUGACAUCUUUUUUUUUAAAUUCUUUAUUUUUUCAUAGCCAAUAACGAAGUGCACUUUUGUGACAAUGCUAAGGCUUUCGCAGAAGCCGCUGCAUGAAUGCAUAUUCGUGCCAAGGUAUAGGCUUACGCAGAAGCCGCAAUAGAAGUACAUACUUUGAUAAGUGUAUAGGCUUACGCAGAAGCAGUUUUCAAGUGGUUUAGUUGUAUAAAGAUGAAGAGCGAUACUUUAAGACUAAUAUGCAUGUAGCGCUUCCAUUCUCGUCGGUGGUUAAUUCGUCAUUUUGUGUUUUAGCACAACAACUCUACGUGGUUUGUCAAUCGGGUCUUGUUUUGAGUACACAUGUCACUUUGAUUGGCAUGGUAUUAGACAGUUGCUAACUAAUAAUUAUUUAACAUUCCUUAACAUUCCUACAAGUAGAACAUACAUGUAACUAAACAUUGCGCUUAGUGAUACGGUAAGUCGGUGUAUCCGUGUCCGCAGCCCGGACGAGGGUCGUCGUGUGCCCCCCUGCCACCUUUCUCAUGUGAGUGCUUGAUUCUCUUGUCAACCCUCUGUGUUCUCCUGAUAUUGUUCCCACAGCUCCCAUAUUCUGCUAAAUUUUUUAGUGGUGUGUCUGACUAGGGAGGUUAAUCUAUCCAUAAGGUAAUUGUCUUUUAUCUUUGCUAGGACCAGAGCCACCGGGGGCAUUUCCAGGCAUCGCCACUUCUGUGCUAGCGCCCUACGGGCCGCUAAGUAAAUCAUGUUUAAUAAUUGUUGCUCUGGACGUGGGAGGCCGACUGUUGGUCUGGAGAGAAGGCAGGCCCAGGGGUCUAACUGUAACGGUCUUUGCAGUAUGUUUGUGCUAAGGCUGAUGAUUUGAAACCAGUAUGCCUGCACCGAGGGGCACUUCCACCACAUGUGCACAUAGGUGCCUCGUUCCCUGCAACCGUGCCAGCAUAGAUCUGUGGAGGUGAUCUGCAUGCGGAAUUGUUUUAAUGGUGUGGUGUACCACCUGAAAAGUGUUUUGAAUGAUUGUUCCUGGAGGGUGACGCAUAUUGAUGAUCUGGCUGUGGCCUCCUGCCAAUCGGAGCCCUCUAACGUCUCACCCAGGUCUGUCUCCCACUGAUCUGUGUAACGUAACUCCCCCCAUUCUUUGGCCUCCCCGCUAAGAUGAGAGUACAGUGAUGAUAUGAGUCCUUUGGGGUGUGUUUCUUGGUAGCAUAUAUUCUCGAACCAGGUGAGGGGGAGGGUGGCUAUCUCCUUGACUUCUUUUGAACUAGCAAAGUCUCGUAUUUGGAGGUAGCGAAAGAAGUCUUUGGUUGUUAGGGGGGAUUGUUCCUUGAGCUGGUCGUAGGUGACUAUUUGGUAGUUUUUGUAUAAAUGGCAGUAUCUCUGGAUACCUGCUCUCUCGAGGCCACUAAAGUCACCUGCUGUCAUUCCCGGUUGGAAGGAUCGGUUCCGAAGUACAGGGGACAUUGGGGAGGGGAACCUGCUUAAAGAGUACUUGGCUGCUAUUUGGUCCCAGAUUCUCAGGGAGUUUGUUAUUGCUGGGCAGGUUACUCUGGGGAGUGCUCUGUGUGCCUUGUGUAACCAGGGGUAGAAUUGUGGUAGACCUUGCCCCAUUAGAGAUGUCUCGAGUUCUACCCACCGUUGGGUGUCUGGUGUGGAGUGCCAGUAUGCGGUUUGCGCUGUCUGCGCCGCUAGGUAGUAUACGUACAAGUUCGGUAGUCCGAGUCCCACUCUGUCCUUGGGACGGUAUAGGAGUUUCCUUGCUAUUCUAGGUCGCUUCUUUUGCCAAAUGAACAUGUCUAUUGCUUUUUGGAGUGUAGCUAGGUCACUCCUUUUGAUCGGUGUGGGCAGGGCCUGGAACAGGAACAGUAUUCUAGGGAGAAUGUUCAUUUUAACUGAGUGGAGUCUACCUAGCCAUGAGAUGGGUUUGUCUGUCCACUGUUCCAGGUCUCUUAGGAGUGAACGAAUCAAUGGGGAGUAGUUUGUGUCGUGUAGGUGUUCGUGCUGCGCCGUGAGUUUAAUCCCUAGAUAGGGUAUGUUGUCGGCCGUGAUGGGCAGACCGUGUCUAUCAUGUAUUGUAACUCUGUCCUGAGUCGGGAGGUGAAAUGGUAGUGCCAUGGAUUUGGUGAGGUUCACUCUAUAGCCCGCCAGGGUUCCGUAGUUGUCUAGGAGUUCUGUCAAAUGUUCCAUGGAGGUCAAGGGGUCUGUGAGAGUCAGCAGCACGUCGUCUGCAUAUGCGGAUACUUUGAAGGUUUUUCCUGCUACCCUUAUUCCGUGUAUGUGUGGAUGUUGGCGUAUGGCUUGUAAGAGCGGUUCUAGGGAGAUAGCGAAUAAUAGUGGGGAAAGAGGACAGCCCUGGCGUGUGCCGUUGUGAAGGUGGAAGGGGGUCCUAGUGGCUCCUGCUAUUAGGGUUUGGGCUCUCAGGUUGGUAUAUAAGGCGUGUGUGGCCUGGAUGUAUGCCCCCGGGAAGCCCCACUCCUCAAGCAGGCCAAACAGGUAUGGCCAUUGCACCCUGUCAAAGGCCUUCUCCGCGUCCAGGGAUAUGGCCAGUGAAGGCUGUUCGGAUACUUGCAUGUACCAUGUGAGCACCGCCCCCCUGCGUGUGUUUUCGUACAGUUGCCUACUGGGUAUGAACCCCACCUGGUCAGGGUGAAUUAGGCGUGUGAGCAUCGGCGCUAACCUGGCCGCCAGGAUUUUUGCGUAGAUUUUGAGGCCCAAAUUGAUCAGGGAGAUGGGUCUAUAAUUUGUUGCCGAUUCAGCAUCUUUCCCGGGUUUUGGGAUAAGCGUGAUGUUGGCCAAUGCCAUGUUGGCAUCGGGUGCACCGCCUGUCAUGAAGUGGUUAUAUAAAGAGGUGAGGUGGGGGGCCAAUUCUUCCCUGAAUUUCUUGUAAUACCCUAUUUUGUAUCCAUCGGGGCCUGGGGCUUUGUUCCCUUUUAAGAUCGCUAUUGCCUUUUCUACUUCUAGUUGUGAGAUCGGUUCUUGUAGGUUUGUGAUAUCGGUAUUAGUCAUCUCAGGGAGUUUAAUGCCGGCGAGAAAUGUACGUAGUGAGGAACGUAUUUGUUCUGGCGUGUUUUGUGUAAGAUGUGUCUGCCCAUAUAGGUUCGAGUAAAACUCCGUGAACACCCUGUUUAUUUCUUGGGGAGUCGUUGCCAUUUCUUGGGUGAGUGUGCGUAUUUUCGUGAUGGGUUUGUGGUCACCGCGGGGGCGUAGUGCUCUGGCUAAUAGGGAGUCCAUUUUGUUGGACUUUUCGUAGAACAGUCGCCUAGACCUCUGGAUGGUGUGUGCCACCCCCUCAAGCAGGGUACCCCUGAUCGAGUGUCUCAGUGCGGUGAGUUCUGCUAAUUUUUCUGCUGUGGGAUUGUGUUUGUGCUGUUGUUCCGCUUUUCUCAGGGCAUUCUGACAUUCUAUCAGUGCUCGUGUGUUGCAAUUUUUUUUGUGCGUUGCUGCUCUUAUGAAGUGUCCUCUCAUGACCGCUUUAUGAGCCGCCCAUAAUGCUACUGGGUCAACUUCGGGCGUGGUGUUAUGUGUGAAGUAUUCUGUGAGGAGAGUGCGCGUGUCCUCGCAUAUGGUGGCACUAUUUAACAGACUUGUGUUAAGGCGCCAUGUCCAAGUGGCGGAGUAUUUGAGUUUGUCCAAUGUGACAGAUAUGUCUGCAUGGUCCGACCAUGUGAUACUGCCUAUGUCAGUUUCUGACAUCUUUUAAAUCAGAAUUAAAGAAAAAAUUGGUGAGAACAAACUUUGAUAAAACUCACCAAUGACUGAUGCAAAGAUUUUAAUUUACUGCUAAUCACCAUACCACAGUCAGAGGAAAACUCCAUCCUGGUCACAGCAUUUCUUUAAAAAGCAGUGUGUACAUUAAAGACUGCAGGAACAUACUAUACACUACAUUAAACUGUAGAUGUUCUGGUGACUACAGUGACCCUUUAAAAGUUAAAGGACCAUUAUAGUGCCAGGAAAACAUACUCGUUUUCCUGGCACUAUAGUGCCCUGAGGGUGCCCCCACCAUCAGGGUCCCCCUCCCGCCCGGCUCUGGGGAGAGGAAAGGCUUAAAACUUAACUUUUUUCCAGCGCCGGGCGAGGAGCUCUCCUUCUCCUCUCCUCCUCUUAGGCUGAAUGCGCAUGCACGGCAGAAGCUGCACGCGCAUUCAGCCGGUCUCAUAGGAAAGCAUAUACAAUGCUUUCCUAUGGACGCUGGCGUCUUCUCACUGUGAUUUUCACAGUGAGAAGCAAGCAAACGCCUCUAGUGGCUGUCAAUGAGACAGCCACUAGAGGCUUUGGAGGCUGGAUUAACCCAUUUAUAAACAUAGCAGUUUCUCUGAAAUUGCUAUGUUUAUAAAAAAAAAGGGUUAAUCCUAGAGGGAACUGGCACCCAGACCACUUCAUUAAGCUGAAGUGGUCUGGGUGCCUAGAGUGGUCCUUUAAUAUCAAUAAAUAUGUAAGGUCAAAAUAGCCAAGCUAGAACAUUUAGUUGAUUAUGUUUCAGUUUGCCUACUCUAACUUUCAAAUAUAAAAUCACUUUGAAUCCUCACUUUAGUAAGGAAACCGGCUGGUAUAACUUUAGACCAGAAAUGACCAAACAAUGGCUUUCGUCAUCAGCCUCAAUAUUGUUGCCAAAGAUAAUGUCAGUUAUAACCCACUAUCUAGAUGAGGAUACAAAUCACGGCAGUUCUGGAUCAAUGGGUUUUAGUGAAUUAACAGAAAUGUUAGAAUGUUUUUCCUUUUAGUAAAUGUUAAUGUUUGCAUAACAGUCCCUACACAAAAUACUGCUGACAUUUCUUAUAUAUAGUGACUUCACGCUUCUAAGAAUAUUUACAAAUAAAAUUUAAUGGAGGACAUGAUUUUAUAUUUUUCCAUGACCAAUAUUAAGAUCUUGCGAUGUAAUCACAUCAGCCAUUGAUUAUUUUGGUCUUUAUUCCUUAAUCAUGUCUGAUUAUAUAUCAGUGUAGUAUUGAUCUAUCCCACCGAUGGCAACGUUUUUCUACAAAUUAAUUAACUAUACUUUGUCACCUGCUUUCCUGAUGCAGUUUCUCUUUUUAAAUGGGAUUCCCCCUAUAUGUCUGCUGCAUGCUUCUGCACCGGUUAAGUGAUUUUGAUGUACACUUUGAUGUACACGGAUGUUCGCACUAGCAGUGACAAGGUGCACCAUGAUGGCAUGACCUAUUACUUCUAACGUUUACUCAAAUUUCCAGGAUUAAUGGUUAUACCAUAAACAGACACUGAUUCUCAAAGAGUGAUUGGUGUCUGUGGCAUAAAUUGUGUGCCACCUUAGAAGUUUGGUGGCACUGCGCCAUAGUUCUUCCAUUCCUGAUCUAUGCUAUCGCCAUAUUUGAACUCCAACAGGCAUAUUUACUAAAGUGUGAGUUGUUGUGAAUUCAAAGAGGAUUUCCAAUUUUGGGCUGAAGUAAUCAAACUGAAAACAAAACUAACCUGGCUAAUUUUACCAAAUCAAUUAUAUUGAUCUAAAAUGUGAUUUUCACUUUAAACACAGGGGCUGAGGGAGGGGGACAGGGGCUGAGGCGGGAACUGUGGUGGGGGCACCGAGGCUGAGAAAGGGGACAGGGGCUGAUAGAGGUGGCACAUGGGCAUUGGUGGGGGCACAUGGGCAUUGGUGGGGGGGCACAGGGGCUGAGAGAGUUGGCACAGGGGCUGAUAGAGGGGGCACAGGGGCUGAUAGUGGGGGCACAUGGGAAUUGGUGGGGGCACAUAGGCAUUGGUGGGGGGCACAGGGUAUGAGAGAGGGGGCACAGGGGCUGAGGGGGAGACAGGAACUGUGGUGGGGGCACAGGGGUGAAGGGGGCAUGAGCUGUUGAGGGGGGCAGGGGCUGUGGUGGGGCAGAGUAGGGAGACAGGAUUUUAAAAAUAAAAAAGUGUAUUCCUUAACAUGGGCCAGGGAGGAGUGGAAAAGGAGCUGGAGGCAGCACACAGCAGUCAGUGAAGUUGGCCAGCCUCUCCUGAUGAUGUCAGGAGGAGAGGGCAUGACUUCCUCUGCUCUUCUCCCAGACUUUCCAGCGGUCCUGGGAGAAGAGCAAUGGAAGUCACGCCUUCUCCUCCUGACAUCAUAAGGAGUGGCCAGCUGACUCCACUGACUGCAGGCUACAGGGAGAGCAAAGUGAGUUGAAAAAUCAGAGUCCCCAGCCAGAGGCAGGGGAUUCGGAUUUCUGCACCCCCCUGCUCUUGUGCCCUAAGGCGACCGCCUGUGCCGCCUUAUGGAUGCGCCAGCCCUGAUAGAGGGUUGCCACUUCUAAAGGAUCACUAAUGUCACCCAGACCACUCCUUCAAUUUUGUAGAAACUGCAAUGUUUGCAUUGUAGAGUAAAACAUACCUCUGGUGACUCUCUUCCUGAAAGCCACAACAAGCAUUUACCUGUGUCUCAAUGAAAUGCUACUCUUAAGGCAGCAUUUAAAUGGCACAGCUCAGUGAUUUGCCACGCAUGCACACUAGCCUCCCAAUGCUUUUCUUGAGGAUCUUGGCUAGGGAGGUGGAGUGACCCCAGCGAAUUCAGCACGGUGAGAGAAGAAAGGUAAGUAAUGACUUUCAAACCCUCAGGGGGAGGGAUGGUAAGACUACACCAAUAUAGAUAGAGCAACAGUAUAGCAUUAGGAAUACAUGUUUGUAUUCCAAACGCUGUAGUGCUCCUUUAAAAAUUUAUAUUAAAAUGUUAAUAAAUCAUGGAACUGCAACAACUGAAUAGAUAUCCCAGUGUUGUGGGUCAGUGAUUUUUUUUUUUUAGGGAUUUCAUUCCAGUUCACAUACAACAGUUUGACUAUUUUUUUAGUCAUAACUGUUCAUUCGUGUGUCUAGUAAUAUUUUAAUAGUGAUGGCUAGAAAACUGGGUCAGAGCAUCUCCAAAAGGGCAAGUCUUGUGGGGUGUUCCCGGUAUACUGUGGUUAGUACCUACCAAAAGUGGUGCAAAGAAGGACCAGUAUCAGGAUCAUGGGCUCCGAGGGCGCAUUGCUGCACAUAGGGAGUAAAGGCUGGUCCGAUCACAGUUUGAGCUACUGUAACUCAAAUUGCUGAAAUACUGAAUGCUGGCCUUAAUAGAAAGGUGUCAAAACACGCAUUAUAGUUUGCUGUAUAUGGGGCUGCAUAACUGCAGACUGGUCAGAGUGCCCAUGAUGUCCCCUGUCAACUGCUGAAAGCGCCUUCAAUGGGGAUGUGAGCAGCAGAACUGGACCAUGGACCAAAGGAAUAACAGUUUGACGAAUAAGGUGGAUGGCCAGACGCUUGAGCAUUGUUUACGAGAGGAAUAGAUGGCAGGAUGCUCGUUAGAGAAAAGGCAGGACGGCAGAGGCAAAGUUCUGCUGAGAAUCCUUGCAUCCUGGCAUUCAUGUGGAUGUUACUUUGCCAUGUACCAUCUAUAUGGAAAUUGUUGCAAACCAAGUAUACUCCUUCAUGGCAUUGACCUCUUCCAGCAGGUCAAUGCCAUGAAAUGGUUAAAGGGUGUGUGGAACAUGACGAAAGUUUGUCCAUUCGUGUUUGAACAAAAUUUGUGCAUUUUGUUUGGUUCGAAAUUUCAUUUGAAUUAAUGAAAUUCCGAUCCGAUUUGUGCCGCCGCAUGCUUACUAAACAGUGAGCAGCCUGUAGCUGCUCACUGUUGUAAAAACAAACAAAAAAGAGAUCCCCUACCCCCUACUCCAAUAAAGUGACCAAAGGUGGGAAACCUAUUAAAAUAAUUAACAUAAUGUCACCCCUGAACCCCCACCUGUGCCCCACGAGUGAAGGCUAUUAAACUAAAUGGAGGACCUAAGAUCCCCUUCCAGCCCCCACCCAUGAGAAGCAGAUGGGGGUCCUAAGUGAAAAGGGGGGGACCUAUUGUCCAAAAACAUGCUUACAUUUAAACGCACAAUGACUGCUCACAAAUACAAAUCUGCAAGGAUGAGCAGGAUUGGUAGGUCCCAGCUGGCAUAUGAUCUUUGGAGUUGUACAACAGAAGGGGAUCGAACUUUUGUCCAGUCUUGCACUAAAGGGGAUCCCAAAAUACUUUCUUGCAACAGGGCCCUCUCUACUUUAGUUCCGCCACUGCUUGCAGGGAUAAAACUACAGGGGCAUGGCACCCAGACCAAAUCAUUAACAGCAUGUCCAGUAAAUGAGAGACAGCUAAUUUCAUUACCCAUGUCACAACACAGAUAAUAUUUCCUUGCAUACCUUCCUCAAAUCUGAUGGGGCAGUCAUGAUUUGAGAAUCCUGGGGGCGGAGUUAAGCUACGGACAAGGAUAGUCGCAUGGACGAGGAGCUCCCGACUAAAAUUAUACAAAUCUGCUGAUAUUGAAGCCCAACACGGCCCCACGGACCCCAAGGUGCCCCUAACACACCCGACGACAAUGGGCAGAAAAACGAAGAAGCCCAAGCCCGACAAGCCCCGUCAGGGUAUGAACAUCGGGGACAUGUGGAGACAGGCCCAAGAGGCCGCGAGCACAACAAUGGAGUCCCUGCAUGGAGGAUGUACAGACUUCUCGGAUGAGACAUCCGAUGAGGGAGAAGGGAGCCUCAUACCAACUGGCUUACCACAGCUGCCUGAGAAAUCUCGACCACCCGCCUCAACCCACACGCCGGUCACCAUGGAGGCUAUCACGGCACUCAUGGCCUCCCACCAUGAAAAAAUUUCAACGGAGGUGGCAACAAUCCGGAAAGACCUGCAAGGCCUGUGCACCCGGCUGGGAACGGUGGAAAACACCUCCAGAGACCACACAAGCCAGAUUGCGGAACUGCAAGCAGCGGUAAGCGACCUGACAAAACAAGCGACACUCCAUACACAACAAUUGGCCACCCAAGAAGAUAGGAGACGCCAAAAUAACCUGAAGCUAAGGGGGGUCGCGGACUCCAUUCCUGAAGCAGAGCUCCCUCACCUUACCAGGCGACUGCUAACUGCGCUCCUGACUCCAAAGGUGGCAAGAACGAUCCUGCUGGAUGAGAUUUUUCGCAUCCCAAAGCCGAUUACAGCCCCACCAACGGCUACCGGUGAUAUAAUCCUCCGCUUUCAAACAGCAAGAGACAAAAGGGCAGUACUCGAGGCCAUCAAGGGCAGGCCAACAUACACCUUUGAAGAAAUGUCCCUCUCUUUCUAUGCGGAUUUAUCGAGUGGCACACUGUCUUGGAGAAGGUCCCUCCGGCAGGUCACCUCUCUCCUACGGCAGCAAAAGAUCCGAUACCGCUGGGGACCCGGCCGAACCCUGAGCAUAGAGAGCGCAAGUGGCCCUGUGCUGACACGGAACCUACAAGAGGCCGCAGAGGCAUUAGAGAAGCUAAACCUCCCACUGUCAACUCUAGAAGCUGCUUCAGCGCAGAGAGGCCCCACAAGCUGCAGCCUCGGGACACACUCGGCUAGAGCACCGGAAUUUGUGCCAAAGCAAAGACCAGCGGAACCCUAUGCGGCAGCCACCACUUGAACAGAGACUCUGAGCCAGGGACUGCUCACUGGGACGUUUUUCUUCUUUUUUCACCUACACAAAGGUGUGAACUCUCGCUCCGGCUACGGAUCACGGGGACUAUCAGUUGGAACAACACCCAGGGUCCUCCACCACAUUCAACUCAAUUGCAUACCUACUAUCCACACUAGCCCACGCAGUCUAGCCACUUAACUAUAACUAUAGCUACGCUAGGGGUAUGGGAGGCAUGCUUCCAAGAGCUCGCUACACUUACCCAGAUUAACCCUACCACUCACAGCCCUACCACUCAUGUCGCUGUGUCCUUGACCUCUGCGAGCUGAGGCACAUAGCCUUAGGAGACCACACUGGCUAGCAGGGCGAUACUACACCCUAACUCCUUACUUGCCCAGAUUAGGCGAAGUUUAUGUUCAGUUUAGCGACCAACACCUGUUUACUUCUAACGUUACCAUGUUAGUACUGUAUUCAAGCAUACCUAUAUCAAGCUCAUAUGUUAUUCAGUUACUUUAACAAAACAAAGAAUGUGCGGACCUUUUCUGCUUCAAUUUAUAAAACUGUGCAGUUCUCUCACUUGCCAUGUCAGAUACUGUAUGUUGAUGUUAUGCCUGUGACUGCUGUUGUGGCAACAUGGGCUUGCUGUUCUAAACUUGCACUACAAAAAUAAAGAAUUUAAAAUAUGAUUUGAGAAUCCUGCCUUAUUCUUCAGGUGUCCCCAAAAAGCAAGUAAUUUUCCACAGAGUGUACUUGUAGCUGUGUCAGUAGGCCAUCAGAGAUACAGAAAUUUUGGAUGAUUUUUCACGAGUUGAUUCAACACUAACUUUAAUGGGGAUUUAGCACAGAAGCUAAACGUUCUUGUAUCUCUUUUUUUAGCUACUUCGAGGAACAAUAAAUACAUUACCUCGGGUAAGCUUUAUAUGCCAACACCUCACACCCAGUUAGGUAUCUGCAUAUAUUUAAGUGUAUUUUCAGGGUUUCAACUGUGGCUUAACCUGUAACGAGUGCCAUUAAGAUCAGUAUGAUCACUGUAUACCAAAAAUAAUAUAUAACAAUCUCGCUAUGGUUCUACCACUGGUCUUUUUUAAGUACAGCAGUCUUCUGAUAAAUGGAAAUCAAAUUAGGAAGAGGUGAUGAGAGCAGUCUUGUUUAAAAUAAUACAGCUGAAGCAACUUGAGUUCUGUUAUCACAAGGCAGAGAUAAAAACUGUCAUUUUUUUAAUGAUAACAUCCCUCGAAAACCAAUGAACAGACCAGUUUUAACAUCUGCCUCUAAUAUGACUUCUGUGACAAAACCAAGAUGGCUGCCUGCAACUUUAUAAUUGAUUAUUCUGGAAACAUUUCAGAUCUGUAGAUAACUAUUCUGUCAAAAAUAAUGGUGUCAGGAAACAGUAUAUAUUUUAUAUUAAACAAAAUAUGUUCUUAUAUAGAUAUAAUUUCCCUUUUAAUGCUUAUAUUCUUGAGCAGCUUCUGAAAGUAGUUCAGAGUGCGUGACUGUAGUCUUCCAUCACUGCCAACAUCUAAACAAUCUUGAUUCCUGAACUGGCUUCCCUUGAGACAGCCGGGUGCCUCAAUUCAAUACCAGGAAGCUACGGACAUACACGUUCUUUUUUAGAUUUUAAACAACACUAAAGAAAUUAUUCGUUUAGGAAUUCUGAGGUUACACUAUUCUUUUAUUAACGUGAUUGUGCAUGGAUCCACACAGGGUGUGGCUGUCUAUUAAGGGUUUUCAUAGUGGAAUAUAUUGUUUGUAGACACAAAUAAUGUGCUUUUUCUCUGCUUCCUUGAGACAUUUCUGCCUGUCUGGAAUUUGUAUAUUUGUUUAUAGAUAGAGAUGAUAAGAAUUCCCUGCAGACUAAGCUAUGAAGUAACAGGCAGGGCAGUCUGAGCUUCUAACUGUUGACAGCACAUUUGAAACUUUUCUGUCUUUUGACUAAUGCACAUUUCCUCUGAUUUAACCCAUUCACUGCCAAGGAAUUAUUAUUUUUUUAUUUUUGGUAACUCUUUAUUUUCGAUGUGCAUGAAUACAUCAUGAAUAUUGCUCAUGUAAAAUAUAUUAAUAAAGAAAGUAAUAUCCAGCAAGAAAAAUGAUAGACUGCACUUUUUAGUUUUUUUUUAAUAAAGUCUGGUAAUAUAAUAAAACAAGAUUAGCACAAUGCACAUAAAUUAUAAUCAGAAAAAGAAGCAGUGCAGCAUAACAUUUGCACUAGGUGUCCGGUCAGCAAAAAUUAUUUUCAAUAAGCUAGACAAGCCUGUCUGGUGUAUGGCCAGUUGGAAAGCAAGUCCUGCGGCUUUGAUUUAGACCUGGGCACGGAUCUCCAGCAAGCCGUUUCCCAUCAGAGGCAGAGCAGAGCCCUGUUCAGUAGUUGGGAGCCAAAAAACCAUCAGGUGGUAUAUAGUGGAUUGUCCGGUCAGACAAGGGUAACUGGGUUGGUGUGCUUUGACAACUGUUGAAACCGCAAGGAUCUGUCUGCCCUCGGUAAACUUGAGUAAGUGUAUUGUGGUUCAGCUUGCAGUGUCACCUGUGGCAAUAAUUUUCACCGCCUCCUGGACCCCUUUGUGGAAGACUCUCCUGCUCCCCUAUGAGUAGGCCUCAUAGCAUGCUCAGAGUGAGCCACCACCUCUGCUGGCGCGGGAGGAGUAGGUUCUUGCUGUUGUGUGACAAGAGUAGGUUGUUGGCAACAGAAUUCUUUAAAUAUCCGGUCCAACCCAGUCAGGACUUGAGACUGCUGGCCUCCACUGUUGUGGAGACAGGGCUUGUCCACCAUAGUAAUAGAGAGGCCAAUCCUAUGGCUUAGUAGAGCAAGUGUGCCUCCCGGCGCAACAGUCACAGAGAUAGGUGCCAGGAUUACCCUCACAGGCGUAGCGGGAAGGUAUGCUCCGGUGGUCAAUGCAAAGAACAGAGAGUCCAAGGGCAGAGGGAUUGCCUGCCUCCCUCUUGCCCAUGUGUAGUAGGCCGUGACUCUGUCUGUGCCUGGAAUCACCGAACACAAGCAGAACUGCUUCAAACUUAGAUAAGCUGGAGCUCCCACAAGUGACAAGAGUGCUGCAAAUAGUUGAUUUUAGUCGGUUAAAUUAGUUCAAUUCGCCCUGAGCUCUCUCAAGAUGUGACCGACUGGUUCUGCAGUUAGGCUCUGCCCCUCACCAAGGAAUUUUUACGUUUAAUAGUCCCAAAAAAAACAGGCAUACUUGAAGCAUUCUAUUACAUAUUUUGUGUCACUUAAAUUAAGGGAGCUAACUGUUACGGCUCCCCCGGUAGGAGAGGAGUUACUGCCGUAUAGGACGUUCCCUUACCGAAUGCUGAGGUAACUACUGAGCGCUCCAAACUCCCGAACAGCAAUCACACGAACCCGUUGGUUUCCAAAAACAGCCGAACAACAAUCACAUGAAUCAGUCAGUCUCCCAAAUAGUCGAACAAGCAUAAUCCAUACGAAUAAUCCCCCCAAUGACGAGACAAAGCUCCGUAUUGAGGGUCAGCAGGAAUCUGAUUUAAUGUGGGCUACAUGCCCGGUAUUUUUGCUGGUCUCCCAUCUGGUGGACACUUCCCUAGGGGACCAAAUGGGAAACUGGGACAAGGACAUUGUAACAACCAAUCACAGCGUUACAUACAUAGCCAUUCCCCUUUUAUUACCCAGGACCCUCUGCUCUGCCCGGGAGAUAAUUGUGAAGUAAUUCAAUUAUCUCCCAGGACAAAGACCAACCGCCAUUUUAGAUGACAAGGACAAGAAGGCAUAACAAUUCAUAACUGUUCAAUAUUAAAACAUAACAUAUGCAUUCAACAGGUCCCCAGAUAGCUAGGAUCUGAGUGCACAAAAGUACAGAAUAGCGCUCAGAUCCGAUGUACACAGUCCAAUCGCCAUGGAGUCAAAGUGUUCACAAAGUCUGUUCUCUAUACGAAUGGGCUCCACGGCAUGGCUAUCUGGGGUAUGGUUUAUUCGUUCCCAAAGUACCGAAUAGAGGGACGUUCACGGAUUUCUACCGAAGGAGAAGGGAGGUCGGCGGCUUCAGCGGUGGUCGUGCCAAAAAGUGUCCGUUUUGAGUUCCAUGAGUUGGCCGACGAACACCGCUGAGCUUUCGUGGAUUUAAAAUGGCCGCGACCUUGUGUUCGGUAUACGAAUGGCGGCCACCCAGCUACAGUAUCAAUUAAGAGGUGUCUGCGGUUAACCUCAACGUUCUAAUGGGGCCAAGAGGUUAACAAGCAGCACAGUACUCUACUGGGUGGCCGGCCAUUCGGGAGUUUUAUUCGGUAGUUAAAAAGGGAACGGUAUAGAGUCCACAUGAACGGGAAAACACGAAUUAAACUAACGAAUGAAGAAUAAGUCUCUGUAAGUUCAAGACAGAGAGAUCUGUCACACUAACUAUGCCUUUUGCAUGUGCGCUGCACACACUGACCACAGAUGUAAUUUUAGCACAGAAUUCACAUUUGGUAGUUCGUAACAGAGUUGCAACAUGGAUGUGACUUUAAUUUUUGAGAUUGUGUCUGAACGAUCUGAAAGGUGAUCCUAAAGCUGGGGGCUUAUAGAAAGUAUGCUAUUCAAAAAUAUUAAUAUUGGAGAAAACAUACUAAUCAAGGCAGGGCUGGCAAGGAGGGCAUGAACGGAUCUCCCCUCUGGGACUAGUAUAGAGAGGACGGUGGGAUCAUGCCUCACAGUUCAGUAUUAAAUAUAUGAUAUAGUAUAUUCUUUUAUUUUUAUUAUAUUCCAGUAUUUGAGAUACUCAUAGUAAACAUUUAACGUAGAAUUAAGAAUGGAAGUGAAAUAUUGUGCGGCUUUCAAAUAAAAUUUGCUAUUUGUUUGUAGUUGCCCCCAGGCCAUAUGUAGCCAGCCCUCUCCUAGUACUAAUUGAUAGGAAAGCAUUCAUAUAAAAAUAAGGAUAGACGGAUUAUCAGUUCCACCAAUUAUUAGAGUUGGUAAUCUGCAUAUUUUUUAUAUUGUAACUUACCAAUAUUACCGACAACUUACAUCUUCCAGUUACCGCAUUGCCGUCUUCCACUGUGGCUUUUUUAUCUCCUCAUCCACUUUGUGGUCUACUAUGAAUUUGCUUGUUUUGCCCAUUGACUGCCAGGAGAUUAAUGGAAACGAGCAAAAAAUAUAUAUAUUUUUUUCCCAGUCAUCUAAUUUGAUAACAUUUGUAAAUCUAUUAUUGUUAAUAAAGCAUGUCUGAGAAAAAUGUGUAUGCUUUAUCUACGUAGUGAAAAUGUCUCCACUAUAACAUCAGAAGACAAAAAUGUACGAUGAUAAAUAAAAUGAAACCCUCAAGAAUUCACUCUUCACAUUCUCACAACGUGCAGAAUAAAAAAAGUUUUUUUUGUUUUUUUUUAAAAACCCUAAAGAAUCUUACUAAGUACUUACAGAUGGCUGUCGUUCAGCCAAAGCUCAUUAUUUAAAGAAAAACUAAUGUAUUUGGUUUUGUUUUGGUUUUUGUUCUUUUUUUCUCAAGCUAUUCUUCCAGAAAAUGUUUUACGAACAGGAAGUAGGUGCACAGAGCCAGGGCUACUUUAUCUGGUGAGAAAGCUGGGUAUUUUAAUCAGCGGUCACUAUUAACAAGUGCUUCUAUCGCAAGAUCAUGAGGUCAGGCAUAUUGGCACAGCAACUGCCAGAGAAAGGGAAGGAGGCCCUUUCCUGCAUGUGAAAAUCAGUGACCAGUAAUAAAAAUUGCUGCCCAAAUUAUCUCUCUUGUUGGAGAUAGUGAGAAUUGAUGCUUAGAUCUAAGCCCCUGGUGGCACUGCUUCCUCAUUUCUCUGUAGCCAACCAUAGAAUAAGGAUGGGAGGGGAACUAUAUAUAUAUAUAUAUAUAUAUUGUAAUUCAUACCUUAGCCGACCAUUAGAAUUAAACUUCUCAUGGUCACAUUUGUACUUCUUGUUUUGAGAGAAUUUAAUCUGAUGGUUCCUUCAUCUUCCAGAUGUUGCAUGAAAUGACAGCAGUUCUUGAGAUGUAGCCAGAAAGUCUGAAAUUUGUAGUAAGGGGACACAUUGAAGCAAUUUUCUUUGUGUAUUUGCCUUUUAUGUGUUUUCCGAUAAUUAAUGCUGUUCUACGUUUGCAUAAAUGCUUUCUUCUUUGCAUGAUCUUUUUUAAAACACUGAGAGAUCUAUGGAUUCUUCAUAGUUUAUGUCAACAGUUUAUUAACUUACAAGCCUGCUCUCUAGAACCCCUCAUGUGUCUGAAAUAACUAUUCUACAGACUAAUCUGCAAUAAAAUAAAAAUCACUAUAUUAACAUUGUCCUAUCACUUCGCAUUCCGGACUACAUUACCAGAAGCAUUAAAAGGAGAUACAGCGAUGUUCUAGAAAUAUUAAUAGAUUUUUUUUGUAUUUUAAGUUUAUGUUGUUUUUUAGACCUGUAUUUUAUUUGCCUGCUCUUUUCUUGUCUUUCACACAGGAGCACGCAACAACCAGUGAAAGAAUUUCCAUCAAAAUUGUCCACACUUUUUUCCUAUGAAAAUGCUGCAGAAACACAUCUGGGCCUUUUCACUGGCAAUUGUCACGUCUGCAUCUAGUAAAGUAAAUGUAAAUGAUUUCUCUCUCAAUAAUGGUAAGGCUCGGUUCUUACUGCACUUCUAUAGGCAAGCACUCACACUCACCUAGAAUUCAUUGUCCUGUCUCAGCUGACAUUAUAUAGACCUAUCUCUCUUCUCCUAACUUUUGGUGCCCUUUAGUCUCUCAAGUCACUAUCUGUCUCAUCGUUUUUAUUAUUAUUAUUAUUUUAUUAUAUAUAGAGCGCCAUCAGAUUCCGUAGCGCUGUACACUGUUGCAUUGACUUCUCUCUUUAGCCAUUGAUAAAACCAUUCUCAUGUUGAUCACUAUAAAUUUAGGUUCUUAACCGAAGCCCCGGGUCACAAAAUUCCCCCUUUUAGCAACUCCCUAAAUCCUUAUCCUGAUGAGAAUAAACAAUUUUAAACACUUUGCACGAUUUAUACGAUUUAGAAAUAUAACAUCAAUAAAAAUUAUAUAUGUAAUUAGUAUUAAUAUUUCUGGAUCUCCUUCUUCAGUAGAAGGCAGCCCAGAUUACAUUCAGAGUAGUUCAGGUAAUUUUUUAAUAAAAUUUUUUUUUUUUUCUAUGGUAAUAAUAAAAUAAUAAAGACAGGUUUUUUUUCACUAUACCAGGAUUUUUUAAGCAUUAACAAGAGAAUGUCAAAAUUCAGGAUGAAAUAGCGGGAAAAAUAACUGAAUUGGUGAAACUGUUUAUUUUGGUCUUAAAUCUGUAAUUCCUUUGUUUAUUCUUGAAAGAUUCCAGAAUAACUCUUACAGCCCUCUUUUCUGUUCUUGAUAUUGCAUAUUUUCCUAUAUGCAAUAUUUACUGCUUUUAUGAUAUAGCAAAAAUCACAAUUCAUGAAAUAAUAUUCAACUGAUUUUCUAGUAAAAAUAAAUUAGAUUGUUUUUCCCUAUAAAUUGUGAUGCAAUUACAAGUAAAUUACAGAAACUGGGAAUAGAAAAGAGCCAUGCAAAUUCCCCUACACCAGGCAUAGACCACCUUCGGUAUUCCAGAUGUUUUGGACUACACCUCCCACAAUGCUUUGCCAGCAUUAUGUGUGUAAGAACAUUAUGGGGGAUGUAGUCCACAACAUCUGGAGUGCCAACGGUUGCCUACCCCUGCCCUACACACACAGCACUACAUGUCAUGGUUCUUAUUUAUCAUGUGUGUCCAUAGAAUUAAGAGUAAAGGGAUAGAAAACUCAUAGAGACACUUUCACAGUUAUUUACUAAAGUGAGGAUAUAAUUAAGAAUUUAAAGUAAAUUUCAUAUUUUAAACUAAAAUAGCCCAUCUGGAAGCAUAGUUGGCUUAGAUAAUUUUUCCAGUUCAGCUAUUUUGGCUUACAUUUGAAAUUCACUUGGACAAUUCUCAUAAAUCACAUUUUAGUAAAUAGCCCUGUUUGGAUCCCUGAUAAAUGGCAUUUUAGUAAAUAGCCCUGUUUGAAUCCCCUAUAAAUCAAAUUUUAGUAAAUAGCCAAGUUUGAAUCCCCGAUAAAUCGAAUUUUAGUAAAUAGUCCAGUUUGAAUCCACAAUAAAUCGAAUUUUAGUAAAUAGUCCUGUUUGGAUCCCUGAUAAAUCGCGCUUUAGUAAAAAGCCCAGUUUGAAUCCCUGAUAAAUCUCAUUUUAGUAAAUAGCCCAGUUUGAAUCUCUGAUAAAUCACAUUUUAGUAAAUAGCCCAGUCUGAAUCCCUGAUAAAUCACAUUUUAGCAAAAAGCCCAGUUUGAAUCCCUAAUAAAUCGCAUUUUAGUAAAUAGCCCAGUUUGAAUCUCUGAUAAAUCUCGCUUUAGUAAAAACCCAGUUUGAAUCCCUGAUAAAUCACAUUUUAGUAAAUAGCCCAGUUUGAAUCCCUGAUAAAUUGCAUUUUAGUAAAUAGUCCUGUUUUGAUCCCUGAUAAAUCGCAUUUUAGUAAAUGGCCUUGUUUUAAUCCCUAAUAAAUUGCAUUUUAGUAAAUAGCCUUGUUUUAAUCCCUAAUAAAUCGCAUUUUAGUAAAUAGCCUUGUUUUAAUCCCUAAUAAAUCGCAUUUUAGUAUGUAUCCCAGUUUAUGAUAAACAAAUUGAGCUCUUCCUAAAUCAAGGUAAUAUGUAGACUUUCAGGAUAUUUACUAAAAUCACAAUUCCAAAUGAAUUCAUUGUGAAUUCUAAAUCUAAAAUAGCCAAAUUUUAAAAAUUCUCUAAGUCAACUAUGCUUCCAGUUUGGCUACUUUAGCCUUCAAGUUGACUUGCAAUGAUUGAAUUGUCAUUUUAGUGAAUAACCGUGUGAGAAUUAGGGCAAAUCAGGACCAAGGCAGAGUUUGGUGGCCAAAACAGGACCUGUACUGAGUGCAGAAAAUUGCUAACUGGGAUAUAAGACCACUGGCCCAUACACACCCAAAUGUCCUGAACAUGAUGAGUAGACAUGUGCAAUUCAUUUCAUGCAAUUCGGACAUUCGGAUACAUCCGAAUGUCCGAAGUUUGAAUUGCCGAAUUUCCGAAAUGCCGAACCGAAUUUCCGAAAUGCUUCGGAUUUCUGAAAAGUGGCAAAACAAGAGAGGGAGGGAAAAUUACUUGAAUGAUGACAGGAAUCUUGACCAAUAAGCUAAUGCCUGGCACUGGGAGCCCUAUAGAUGUGUAAGUGGUUGUGGUGGUAGUUCCGGCACUGGGAGCCCUAUAGAUGUGUAAGUGGUUGUGGUGGCAGUCCGGGCACUGUGAGCCCUAUAGAUGUGUAAGUGGUUGUGGUGGUUAUGGUUAGGGGUUAGGGAGCCUUACAGCUGUGUAAGUGGUUGUGGUGGCAGUCUGGGCACUGGGAGGCCUAUAGAUGUGUAAGUCAUUGUGGUGGUUAGGGUUAGGGGUUAGGGUUAGGGAGCCCUACAGAUGUGUAAGUGGUUGUGGUGGCAAAGUGCUUCGGAUUUCUGAAAAGUGGCAAAACAAGAGAGGGAUGCUUCCGAAUUGCCGAAGUUCCGAAUUGCCGAAGUCCCAAAUUUUGGAAGUGCCGAACUGAACCGAAUGCCAUUGGUCUGAAUUGCCGAAGCAGACUAAUAUUUUUACUUACCUGAAUUUCCGAACCGAACCAGAUUUCUUGCCCAUGUACAUCUCUAAUGAUGAGCUAUUGAAAGCCAUGUAUCGUGGGACAAAUUGCCAAGAAUGGUAGAUACUGCAGCUGACUAAUAAGAACCACCAUUGGCUGUUGUGAUCAAUUAUAAACCUUGAGAUUUCUAGUGAGAAACCAUACAUUUUAACAGUGGAGAAGAAAAAUUAAAUCUCAAACAUCUAUAGCAGUGGUUCCCAACCCAGUCCUCAAGAACCCCCUAACAGUCCAGGAUUUAGGGAUUACCCAGUUGUAUUAGACAUUUUUAGAAGAAGAAAAAAAACAACACUUUAGACACAGGGUAAUCCUGAAAUUCUGGACUGGUGGGGUGUACUUGAGGACUUGGUUGGGAACCCCUGAUCUAUAGGGAACUUUGUAUCUACAAGUAGUUCCCCAAAAUACUGUAUUUACUGGACUCUAAUGUGCAUCUUUUUUGGCUAAAGUUUCCAAAAUUUGAAUGAGCAUUAGAUUAGGUGGCGUAUUAGAUUCGGAGCGAAAUUUGCAGUGGUGAAAUUUGCAUUCGCUUCGCUGCAGCAGGGAUGUGAGACUUCGUUUCUGUGUACAGUAAAGAUGUACCUUGCAUGUUCGUUGCGAUGCAAAUUCAAAUUUUGUCAACGCGAAUUUUGCACCGGCGAAUCUAACAACGGAGUGACAAAAAAAAAACAACAGCAUCAUAGGUGAGAUUAAUUCUGCUUGAGAUAGUUUUUCUAAGCAGGGACGGAUGCGUGGUGUGGGCUUAAACAGCAAUUACAUGUAUCAAUAUGCCAUGCCAGGUUGAGUUUAUGAGCAAAAUUGAAGUGUGCAUUAGAUUCAAGUAAAUACGGUAAAUGAUCAUAUACUGCUCAUAGAAAUAUAAAUGUGAAAUGGAAUGUUAUACUAUAUAUGACAUUGCUCCGUUCUCCGAUCUGUUUAUGCAAAAUGUUAAUGCCAAAUUCCCAUAAACUCUUAAACCUUUUAUGCGACUGAUGUUUCAGUGAAAAAUCUGUACUUUCUAUGACCUCCUGCAAGUCUCCUAAGACAAAUAUUCCGACAUGAUGUUAAGAGUCAUAUGACAAAUUUACUUGUAGAGGAUCUAGCUGUGAUGUUUUGCAGGCAUAUAGUAAGCGAUUGUGCAACAAUAAAGCAAUCCUCUGAGAACAGAAUAUUUAUUUAUUUAUCUAUUUCCUUUCAGAGUCCACUUAUUGGGUCUGUGUUUGCAAUGGUCAUGGCUGCGACGGAGAGACGUGUACUGGGAAAGCAUGUUUCAAGGCAGACUCAAUUAAUUAUGACACGGAGGAAGUUUAUACAGUACGGGGCUGUUUCAAUAAAAGCAUAAAGGAGCAGUGUUUGGGAAAUACUGGAAAUUCAGCGGCAAAUUGCUGUUAUUCUAACUAUUGCAACAGGAAUAUCACAACCACCCUUACAGGUAUUGUAUAUCUGGUGGUAUUUAAAAUAUUGAUGUCUCUGGUAAAGAACUAGUUUUCAAUUUUAUUGAGAGUAAAAUUGUGAAACUAACAGGAUUAUUCACUAAAGUGAUAAUUCAAAGUGAAAUUGAAGUGCAUUUCAAACUUUAGGCCAAAAUAGUCGAAUUGGGAAAAUUUUCUAGGUCAUCUAUGCUUUCAGUUUGGCUUCUUUGGCCUACAAUUUGAAAUUAUCCUUGAAUCCACUUUGUAUUAUCACUUUAGUCAAUAACCCCUGAUAAUCUUUGAAGCUUUAAAAUGCGAUUUUACUAAAAAUCAAAAAAGUAAAAAAAGAAGGGAUGAUAUUUAUUUGAAGAAAACCACCUACAGAAUAGAAAGUACCUAAAUACUGGAUAAAUGCAGCAUAAACAAUACUAAAAAUAACGGGGGUGUGGCCAAGCGAUUGAACUGCAUGGCAGCACGGUCUCAGAGCUCCAAGACACAUCAAGAGAUUUACACACUUUACCCACAGUAUUGCCGAACCGAGACGACAGUAGAGGCAGGCGGUAGACCCACACUACAACAUGGGUCGGAAAAAAAAUAUAUAUAAAGCCCGACAAACCCUGAUUAAGCCACAACAUUGGUGUGCUCCUAAGGCAGGCACAACAUGCCGGCGGGCCCAAAAUGGCCGACUACCCGGAGGCCUACUCAGACCUGUCUGAAGAACUGUCCCUGGAGGACGACGAAUACGAAAUGCCGACUAGACCGGCACCAGCCGCAAAACCGGUCAGCACAGACAAAAACCGGUAACAACAGCGGUGCUGAAAAGCCUGCUGGCGGACCUACAAAAUAAUAUCCUGGCAGACAUGGCGAACCUGCGUGCAGACCUCCAGGGCCGGAUCGGAGCCGUGGAAGCCACCACAGGGGAGCAUACACAACAAAUUGCCUCCAUGCAGCAAACAAUCCUGGGGCUCCAGAAACAGAACGCAGCGUACGAUACCAGGCCGAUGCUGGAAAACAUGCGGCGCAAAAACAAUUUAAAAAUCAGAGGCGUCCUGGAGGCUAUACUCACCGAGGAGCUACCACACAUGCUGAGGCAGCUGUCACGAACCCUAUUAAUCCUACACGGAGAAUCCCAGCACGCAGUCCGCGACAUCACUGAAGCACAGACCCUAUUGCACACAUUGGGACUCACACUGGACUCACUGCUGCCAGAUGGACUUCAGAGGCCCGAACCUGCACCUCAACGCUGGGACCCGGCUAAAGUGACUGCAUUCGUCCCGCGGAAGCCUCCACCGGCCGGAGCCGCAACCAGCCGGUGCCGAACUCUUGAUUAUGUCAUGGUGUACCCAACACCCACAGUUACCCUAAGCCACCACUAGUUUUAUAUUUUUGUUCUUCCUUGUUCUUACACACACUUAGGCUUCACCCUAGACACAGCAACGUAUGCACACUUCCAUAGAGCGGCCACCCGACCACGCACUAACACCCCCCCAUACCCGACUGAACCGCAUCAAUGACCGACACAAGCAGCCCCUUAGCCGGGCGUCAAACUUCUGGCCACAGCAACAGUCCUAGCGAUACUAGUAAACACUUGCAGUGCAGACCUGCUAGACUAGCAACGAGAACUUACCAUAUCCUACACGUGAACCCACAUCUGUGGCUAUGUAGCAAGAGUUUAGUUAACUUAGCAUCACCCCCACCCACAGUGUUUACAGCUGUUGUCAUAAUUUUCUAAUACUGUCACAUAAGACUAGCGGCAUACCCGACCCAUCAGUCACACAAUGUGAUCUUUGCUAUGUCACAUAUGCCCUCUUUGACCAAAUGACAUCUAACUUACCCUUCUAAAAAUUUGCAGAAUUAGUGUUAGCAACGCUGAAAAUGUAUAUCAAUGAAUUGCCCUGGACUGCUGUCGUGACACCAAGGGCCCGUUUGUUAUUAAUCGCACAGCAAAAAUAAAGAAUAAAUAAAAUAAUUUUUGUAUUUUUUUAUUCAACUAUAAAGAGGUAGAUGAGCAAAUGCAAUGCCCAUUAAAAAGGAAACCAGGUGUUUGGCAAGGAAUACUUUACGAUAUGUCCAGACUCACUGGGUUAUUCACUAUUUCCAGGUGUAAGUGCUGUGCUUGUGUGAUACAUAUUUUUUUUAAAAUCCAGAAAUUAGAUUUUAUAACUACAAACAACAAAUCAUGUUGCAACCAUGUAAAGCUAAUACAAGCCGGGCUUUGUAAGAGUCCAACAUGUAACAAGACAGAGCUGAUCGUCUCUCUCACCCGGGCAUACAUUUUCUUUCUCUCAUAUGUUAGUAUUAUAAAAUAAAAAAGACUCCACUGGUAUCCAAUUGAUAUCCAGCUAAUGGUCUCCCCUCUUCCACCAUGUGGUGGUCUGAAUGGGAGUUUAACCAGGUCGAGGUACCUCUGGUCCUUCUAAUAAAGGGCUAGGGAAAGAGGUGUCCAGUCCCACUGGCCCUAAUAACUAUAGGACCAGGGACUCCUAGUCCUCUUGUCUUAUUGAGUAGAUGACUGCCAAAAAAUGCCCAAUAGUUUCCUCAAGCUCUUAUGAACCCUUCAGAGUAGAUUGUCUAACCCCAUCCUAUGCCCUAUGUAUUAAGGACAGAGGAGAAUAUAAUCCUAAAAAUAGAAAAAAAAAACCUAUAAAGACAAAUGUUUAAAUAUUAUAACGCACUGAAGAAUUAGUUUCUUCAGCUGUAAAAGGCAAGUAUUGUCAAAAUAAAAGCCAUCACAUGUUAACUGUACUAAAAUAAAAACCACAAAAAAAAACCAAAACAAAAAAAACAUAAAAAUGAUCUAUGACUCAUUAAUGAAGUCAUCUUUAUUCCCUGCUGGUUUGAGAAGCAUUUAACAGCAUGUGAUUGGUUUUACAAAACCAACCAAUCACACUGUACUCAUUAUUCAAUCUAAUGCCUACAAGGCUUGCCAACUUUCGCAGCGAGUCUUAUGGUAGGAAUACUUAAAUAGAAAAUGAAGAAGAACUAUGUCACCUAAUCCAAACUUAUUGGGUUUGGGAAAUAGUGGUCAGUGUGGUGGUACCAGAUCCACCAAUGGGCCUGGACCAUAGAAACGAUAAAUACAAAAAAAAGGGUGAAUGCGCCCUAAAUAAGGGCGGUUUCUAUACUGGUAUAUUGAAAAAUAAAAAUAAAGACUGUACAGCUUCAAUCACUUUCCUUCAAAGGCUUGGUAGGGCAACAAACCGAACUCCCACAGCUAUACUUAUUCAAAAUGUAUCCAUUGAAAUUAAAAACUUUAUUAAACAAGAAACAAAUGGAUACAAGUGAAUGAUACUGGGGAGCAGAAGUAGUUACUAUGUAUAAAAAACACAAAGUCCUAUCCUAUGUCUAUUGAUUUUAAGGCACAGCUGUGUGAAUUGGCUAAACCUAGCCUUGUAAUUGCCGCUGAAAUAAAAUGAGAGGAUAGGCUGGUGGACGGAAGGGUCACUAAACAGUGAACUGUUAGUGAAAUCAUAGAAAAUUAUAGUAAAGGACAGUGGCGUACACAUAACCCAUAUGGCCCCGGUGCGAAACUGAUACAUGGCCCCCCCUCCCUCCCUCUGCCGCCCUCUAGUUCUCCCCCGCGACAGACACACAAACACACAGAUACAUACAGACACAUACAUACACACUCAACACAUACAUACAAAGACACAUACAAACAGACAGACAGGCACACAUACAUACAGACAAGACACACGUACAUACAUACAUACACACACAGACAGACACACACACACAACACACACAUACAUACAAAGAAAGACACAUACAUACAUAAAAACAGACAGGCACAUACACAUACAUACAGACAGACACACACACGACAAACAUACAUACAAAGACACAUGCAGACAGGCACACAUACAUACAGGCAAGACACACAUACAUACAGACAGACACACAUACAUGCAUACAGACACACACAGAAAGACACACACACACACAAGACACAUAUAAAGGUACAUACAUAAAAACAGGCAGGCACAGAUACAUACAGACAGAUAGACACAGACACAUAUGACAAACAUACAUACAAAUACACAUACAAACAGACAGGCCCACAUACAUACAGACAAGACACACAUACAUACAUACAAACAGACAGACAGGCACACAUACAUACAGACAGACACAUACACACAGACAGACACACACACACACACAAGACACACAUACAUACAUAAAAACAGACAGACAGACAGACACACAUACAUACAUAUAUACAUACAGACACACACAAGACACACAUACAUACAAAGACACAUACAUACAGACAGAAAGAUAGACAGACACACACACACGACAUGAAUACAAAGACACAUACAUACAAAUAGACAGGCACACAUACAUACAGACAGACACAGACACUUACAUACAAACAAACACACACAUAAUAUUUAAGUCACCUGUUUCCUACCUUUUAGGUGCAGGUGGGUGACUUUCCCUGGGGUCUAGUGGUGGCUCAGGCUGGUGGGAGUCAGAGUUCCCACUCUGACUCCCUGUUCUUCCUUCCGCGCAGACUCUGUGUGUUAGUUGGGAGGAGUGACGUGCAGUCACUUCCUCCCAGCGUGUGAUGUCAUCACAUGGGGCCCGUUCAGCGCUGGGCUGUUAAAGCGCCCAGAGCUGACCGGGUCCCAUGACAAUCCAUCUCCAUCGGGUGGCCCUGACAGCAUAGGCCUCCCGAUGGACCCCUUGGAUGGGGGCCGCAAAUGAUGAUGCCGGGCACCCGGUCGCAGGGGUGUGCAGGGCCGCAGGGCCCCCUGGAGUGACAGGCCUGGUCGCAGCUGCGACCCCUGCAACCGUGGUAUGUAUGCCAGAGGUAAAGGAGUUGGAGGGCAAAACGAGCACUGCAUAUAUCUAGGAGAUAUUAUAAAGUCAAAUGGAGUAAAUAGUGCCUCAGGGUAAGGCUAAGUGCUAGCGGUUCCCCCUAAUAUCAAUACAAAGAAACUAGUCCUGCGCUCCAACUCCCAUUACUCCUGGGCGGCAGCAAUGACCAUAGUACACAUCAGCCAAAAUACAUAUAGUAAAAACCAAAGAAAAAAAAUGUUACCUGCGCUCUUUCCACAUCCCUAUGUAAGCCCACCUGCCACAUCAAGGCAGACCUCUUAGGUGGGUCCUAAUUCUAACCAUUUGCCUUGCUUCCUUGACCUUCUGGUAAAAAUAUCUCUAAUGAGCCAGAAAGGGGUAUUUUUUUAUAUACAUGCCUACAUGCUUAUUAACCCUUAAUAUAGAACACAUGGGAUGGGUAGCAGCAUUGCAACCUAGCUAACCUCCAUUUGUUUAAAAAUACAUAGGGAUGUGGAAAGAACGCAGGUAACUUUUUUUUCUUAGAGAUAUUUUUGCCAGAAGCUCAAGGAAGCAAGGCAAAUGGUUAGAGUUAGGACCCACCUAAGAGGUCUGCCUUGAUGUGGCAGGUGGGCUUACCCUCUCAUGGCUAUUGGAGGUAACUAACCCCCCCCAAUAUCAGACAGUGUAGCAAAAAUCAUGUAAUAGUCCUACACCCCCUUACACCAAGUGAUGAGUGCCUUAUGUAGCAGGAGGGGGGGGAGGGGUAACCAACCAUACACAGUAUUCAAAUCUCGUAGAUACUCUGUACACUUGUCACUAAUCCCUAACUCUCCUAUAAAACACCUUCAUGGCUGUUCUAAGUUAGUACCUCAUCUCGGCUAAAUCAGUUCCCUCCACUCCCAUCAACCCAAACAUACAGAUGAAAAGGAAAUGGAUACUAAACGCCAGGUGAGUGCAUAGUGCUCAAAUGAAGUGAGGAUAAAAAUAACCUGACGCGUGUUUCGGUGCACAAGGCUGCACCUUUGUCAGAUCGUUAAUAAAAAGAAGAGUAGGAGAAUCCUUCAUCUAAUCCAUGGAGAAGGGGUAAAGUUUUUAAACGAUAGAUCCAGAAACAUUCCCUUCUCCUCAGAUGUUUGUCUAGAUUUCCUCUUCUUUGAUCCACUUUAACCAGUUCUAUGCCCAGUAACUUUUGGAUACUGUGGGAUCACCAUGAUCACAUGCCUUGAGAUGGGGGUCUCUAUAUUUCUAGUGAUCUUGACCGAGUUGAUAUGCUUGAAAAUUCUUAUGAAGGGACGAAAGGUUUUUCCCACAUAUAACAUGUUGCACUGGCAUACGAUUAAGUAUACAACCCCUUUAGUAUUGCAGUUAAAAAGGAGUAUGGCUGGAAUGUUUUAGUGUGGGAGCUGUUUUCAGAGCAAUUGGAAUUUCUACAGAUGAAAUUCAAUGCUUUGCAGCAGCCAUAUUUCUAGGUACCUACGAGUUUAUUUGACAGCCAGUGUGUGGAAGUUGCUGUUUGUUGGAAAUGGCUGUGUACCAAAAUAUCUUUAAGUUUUUUCCCCUUCUUGCUACAAUACAUGCGCUUGAUGGCAUUACAUCCUUUAAAUGUUUGUCCUGUUUAAGGAGUGGCCAGAUCCUAUUCAUAAUUUAUUUCACUUGGUCCCAGCCUGCAUCAAAAGUGACCACACAUCUAAGUUGUUUCUGAUCUGAGUUAGUAUGGGUAGAUAAAGGCAUGUUGUCUUCCCAUGUAAGGCGUUCUCUUUGAGUUAGUAAAGUCCUGUGGAACGCUCUCUUAAGGCAUUUGUUUGGAUAUCUUUCAGAUCCAAACAUAGAGCAUAGCUCCUUAGCUCUCUUCUUGAAAUCUUCGACAUCCGAACAAUUUCGCCUAAGUCGCAGGCAGGGCAGGAAUGGGAAGAAAAUUCUCACUGAAAAGAGGGCGGGGCCAGAUAGGGUGUGUUUUGUCAUCAGCAAUGACAAGCACGCCCCAUCACAAAGUGAGCAUGUUGGUUCAAUGCUCUUCCAGGGCAGACCAUGUGCAGAGCUCUGCUGAAGAGCUCUAGCAUGAGAAAAAGGCCCUGUAUUUGUUCUGCACAGCGCAAGCAAAUUUAAUAACAUGGAGAGCAAAAAAUGGGUCGCAAGAGUAUUCUGAGAACGGACAGCAGCUAAAAUAGCCUGCCCUUCGGUGGGUCCCCGCUCAGAACUCAUGCUGGUUUUAGCUCAUCUUCUCUAUGUAAUGGCACAAAAUGAGUAAAAACCAGCUUGAAAUCUGAGCGGGGACCCACCGAAGGGCAGGCUAUUUCAGCUGCUGCCCGUUCUCAGUAUACUCUUGAAACCAUUUUUUUGCUCUCCACAAGUUUAAAGGGAUAAUCCAGACGUGCCUAGGGAGAUAUCAGCUAUGCCUCACUGAUGAUGCCUAACAAGGCUGAAACGAUCGUCUGGGGUUGCUGUGUCUCUUGUGCAGAGAGAACUUGCUGGCAUUUCGGAUCUGAACUGCCCGUAUGGGUGGGACCAGUCUGAUAUGUUUUCAGAGAUGUUCUCUCUGUAAUGGCACAAGAUGAGCAAAAACCAGCUUGAGAUCUGAGCGGGGACCCACCGAAGGGCAGGCUAUUUCAGCUGCUGCCUGUUCUCAGUCUACUCCUGCAACCCCUUUUUUUUGCUCUCCACAAAUUUAAUAACAUGCUUGCACUAUGUUUGCUUGAAAUAAGUCUCAGGUGUCUCCAUAGAUGGGAUACCAGGAGACAAAAAUGCCUGGAAAGUGUAUUGUGCAGUAUGUGUGUGAGGGUGCUGUGUGUGUGUGUGUGUGGUGUAGUGUGUGUGCAAGAGGGGUGCAGUGUGCGUGCGAGGGUGCUGUGUGAGUAAGAGUGCUGUGUGUGUGAGGGGUGCAUUGUGUGUGUGAGGUUGCUGUGUUUGAAUAAGGGUGCUAUGUGCGUGUGCGGAAGCUGUGUGUGAGGGUACAGUGUGUGUGAGGGUGCAUUGUGUGUGUGUGUGAGUAAGGGUGCUGUAAGUGUCAGGGGUUGAGUGUGUGUGGCUGCUGUAUGUGAGGGGUGUAGUAUGUGUGCAAGAGGGGUGAACUGUGUGGGUAAGGGUGCCGUGUGUGUGAGGGGUGCAGUGUGUGUGUGUGCUGUGUGUGAAUGAUGGGUGCAGUGUGUGUGAGGGUGCUGUGUUUGAGUGAGGGUGUUAUGUGCGUGUGAGGGUACAGUGGGUGUGUGAGAGUGAGGGUGCUGUGAGCGUCAGGGGUGCAGUGUGUGUGUGUGUGAGGGUGCUGGUGUGUGAAUAUGUUUGGAGUGUGUUGGGAAGCAGAUUAUUAUCUAUUAAAAAAAAUUUUAAAAAUAAAGAAGCAUUGAUUAUAUCCCCCCUCCCUUCUUACCUUUAUCCUGGGAGUGAAGACCGUGCUGCCAUUUUUUAAUGCCAAAUACAUGCAGUAGCUUUAAAUACAUGUGUGUGUGUGUAUAUAUUUUAUUUUUUCACAUUUAUUAAUGACAAAAUGGUUAUGGCAAAGUUUUAAAGUGUUUCCAACAUGCUAUUCACUAUUAUACUGUGUGCAUCACCGAGCUGCAAAAUUAUGGUUAGAUUAUUUAACUGCUCAGUUAAUUUGUACAGAUUAUUUGUAUUUGCAGAUAAUAGCAAAUUAUUAAUGCUUGCAGAUGGAUGCAGAUUAUUGUUGUUCGUAGUUUGAUGCCAAUUACUUUUGCUUACAGAUCAGAGUUUUUGAAAUCCUUACCAACAUGUUUACAUGUGCAGCAAUUUACAAACAUAUGAUAAUUGGUAUUCCAUAUAAAAGUAUGUGUGUGUUAUUUCAGAUGUACCCACGUCUCCAGGGCACAACAUCAUCUUGAUUGUUGUCCUUCCUUCAAUCUUAUUCCUGUCACUUCUGUUCCUGUUUACAUUUUUAAUCUGGAAAAUGAGCCAAAGAAGCAGGAAAAAGUCUUUGGCCAGACUCUAUGAUUUUGAUAUUGAUUUUCCAAAGGCAUCAAUUGUUGGCGACAGUACCCUAGGGGUAAGCAUUGUUUUGUUUUAAAUUCUGAUUUCACUUGGACAUGUGGAAGCAUGCUCACAUUUUUUUUAACAGCUGUAUUCACCGGGCUUCGUAAUAUAAUCAAGUAAAUUAAUGUCAAUGAAUGUAAAACCUUGUUUACCAGCAUUUGGCUUUACUUCAGUGUGAUUUGACCAGGGCUUAAUAAAAUCUCAGGAGCAAGCAAAUUACCAUAUAUUCUACAUGUGAUCUUAUAAUAUACGUUGAUUUAAUGAUCAAGAAUAUGCACAUGUACAGGUAUACUGUCCCUUAUAACUAGACAUUCUAUUGUAUUAGGAAAUAUAAAUAUUUAAGAAAUAAAAAGCAAAUGCUUAUCUGACCUAUAGUGUCUUUUUGGUAGAUUUCUAAUUAUAUCAUGGAUUUUCCAUAAAGAUAUAUGUUUUGGAGAGUUCUGUUUGUAAUAACUAAUUUUCACUCUCAUAGCCUUUUGAGAAUGCUUGCAAACUCUUUCAUAAUAUACUCACUCAAAACAAAUGCUAAUAUACACUUAAUCUGUUUGUCUAUCUAUUUGUUAUUUUAUUUGAAUAAUAUGUUUGUGUUUUCAUUUUUUGGUCAGGAAUUCUUAGAUGACAACUGCACCACUGGUAGUGGAUCUGGACUUCCAUUCCUUGUUCAGAGAACCGUGGCUCGACAAAUUACUCUUGCGGAAUGCGUAGGUAUGAAACACAAGUAUAUUUAAAACUAACAUUUACAAAAAAUUAAAAGAAAUAAGCAAAACAACAAUCUGCAGAUCUUUGAAUGUUUUUGUAACUUGUAUGGUAUUCAAAGUGAACCGAAAGAGACCUUCAAAUGUAUGCCAAAAUAGGUGAAUAAAACCAUAGAUGGUUUGGAGAAAUUUUUCAGUUUUGCUAUCUUGGCUUAAAAUGUGAUAACAAUCCACUUUGGAUUCCCAACAGUUCACACUGUAGUAAAUUAUCCAGUGAGUCUGGAUGUAACAUAAAUUAUUCCUUGCCUGAUUUCCUUUUUAUUGGAGCAUUUAAUUUGCUUAUUUAUUUCUUUGGGGUUGACUAAAAUUAAAGAAUGAUGUUCCUUAGAGGAACUAUGUAUAGCUUUGUGGACAGGGUGCAUACAGCCAGUGGGGUACACUCGAUUAUUAUCUUAGCUUUUAAAUUAUUCUGCCCUUUGUUAAACUGAGAUCCAAUGCUCCUGUAACCUAUUAACCUCUCUAUCUUCCCCCAUCUUUCCUCUUUUAAGUGAUAUGAUUUUACUUUUAUCAUAUAAACUGGGUUUAUUGCUUUUAUUUUAAUUUUGCAUGCAACCUAAAAAAAAAUAAUCUUGUAAUUUUAUGUGGCGAGUUUCAAUAAACACAACAUUCACAAAAUAACUUCCUUGGCAGGUAAGGGGCGAUAUGGAGAGGUUUGGAGAGGCUUGUGGCAAGGGGAACAUGUAGCUGUGAAGAUCUUUUCAUCUCGAGAUGAACAGUCAUGGUUUAGAGAAACUGAAAUCUACAAUACAGUAUUAUUACGACAUGAAAAUAUUUUGGGUAAGUAGCAUUUAGUGCAUUUCCUAUGGCAAAGGAUGGGGUCAUUAGUGGUUGAGCAACUUCUUCUGAGACCAUAGUAAAUGCUUUUGCUACUAGCAAACAGGUGGUUGAAUAAUCAAAUGCUGGUUAAACAAUCCUUGAUAGCCUCACAAAAUUAUUUAAACGUUAACAGAUUAUGACAUUGUGAAAAAGUUCCUACUGGGCUUCAACAUUCAUAGUUGGCACUGCAUGCCACAACACCACAUUCCACAUUUUCUGCUAAAAUUCUAGAUAAAAGAAAACUAGACUAACAACACAUUACAUACAAUGUUUAAUAUCAAUAGCCUUCUUUACUAACAACAGGAAUUCUAUACCAUCAACCCUUUAAAGCAGUACUACACCAUAUACUUUAUAUGAAGGCAAAGUGAUCAAUCUGAGGCCUUCACUUUUUAAUCAUCGCUAGAUUAAUACUAGAUAAGUGAUCCAAUGUAAAUGCAACAAAUAAAACAGGUUGUGUCUCAUAGGAAAAAUACUGUAUUUUUAAAUAGGAUUAUAAAAAAAGUCCAAAGAAUGUGGUCCAGUAUAUUAGAUGUUUAGUAAAUAUACCCACAGAGAUAAGAUCAUGUGCUAAAACAAGCAAGGCCAUUUGGCGAACAUCGGAAAUCCAGACCAUAUUCUUUGGGCCUUCUUAUAAUCCUAGCAUUCUUCCUAUUAGGCGCUGUAGCGGAGCUCCCUGUACCCCGGCUGGGAACCUCCGCCAAGGACCACUUCCUAGCUGGAACAGGGAAAAACCUUAGCACUUCAGGAGUCCGUGGAGAACGUGUGUGGGAAGGAACUUCUGUCACAGGGGCAAACUGUUUUGUUUGUUAUAUUUUGUUCUCUGCUUUCGGGGUGUUUAGGGAGUUCCCCUGUUCUGUGCUUGCUGCCUUAGUAAUCUAAUGCUUGAUUAUUUAGUGCUUGUCCAUUCUCUAUAUGUAGUUUAAUAUAAUAACAAUAAAAUAACUUAUAUAAUUUAUAUAGCCGUAUUGCAGGUGUUUCCACCUACUUAAUCCAUGUCAUCCAGAUUAUUUUGUUUUCAUGCUUUUAUAACAGUAAACAAAACUCAUCACUUUUUAUACUGUAUAUCAUCAUAAACUGGAAGGAAAAUCACCCACUCUUCCAAUGAAACCAAGAGGUCCUGUGAAAAAAUAGGGAGUGUGGAAAGAGAUUAGUUCAGUCCAAAUUAGCCCUUUUAUUGCAUGUUUUGCUUCAUUAACAUAUGCUUGUACUCCGUUAUUUUUCAUUUAUUUCCUUAUAAAUUUAUUUUCUGUUUUCUUUACUUUUUCCUUUCUUUCUUGCCUGUUACUUUCCUUCUCACCUCUUUUAGCUCCCUUUUCACUGCAAUGUUUCCCUGAUGGGUACAGCAGCAAUGUUUUAAACAGAGCUUUAUUUUCUUGCUAGUGAUAUCCAUUGUACUUGUAAUUUUUUCAACAUGCAAAGGUCAGCUUGAUCUGUUAAAAUAUUGCUGUCGUGAUUUGAGUAAUUUAUGUAACUUUGUCUUUUAUUGGUUUUCAAGUAUUUUUAUAUUGCAAAACUCCAGUUAAUGUGAACUGGAAAAAAAAUUAUUUACAAGCAAUUUCACACCACUUUACAUGCAAUGGUAUACCAACAAUGCCUUAAAUACAAUGCAAUUCUGAUAACGCUUUAUAUAUAAUACAUUAUAGUCCCAUUGAUUCCCCAACAAUGAUUUCUGGCUCUUGGAGCACUGCAACGUGCCAACGUCCUUGUGUCUCUAAGAUGGCGGCAUCCACAAAUUCCAUGUUCUGCCCUUCCUUGGGCGUAAGCGACAAAUGACGCACACACCCAAGGUUUCAAUUGGACCUGUGUUGACUCUUGCGAGUACUGCUCCCAAAAGUGACACAGUUCUGUAAGGAGGUGAGUAAAUGUUGACCAUUCAAUGGCAAAGUUGACAAAGGACCUGGAGCUUAACUAAAGCUCCACUCAACAGUCAACUUGUAUUAACCUGCAAGUUAUACGAAAGGUACUUCCUCAUUUGAAAAUAUGCAUCAUUUAUAAAUAGGGCAGCAGAGGGGUUUUUGGACAUACACAUGAGAGCCCUAUGGGAAAAAGUUACAGAACCACUUCAAUAGCAACAUUAAAGGAACACUACAGUGUUAGGAAUACAAAGCUAUAUUCCUAACACUACAGUGUCGGUUUACCUUUGUGGCCCCCCGUUCUCCCCUGGCAGUAAAAAGAUUAAAUAAUAAUUUAAACACUAAUGAUUCCAUUGUCACAAUCCCUUGGAGCUGGGGUGGACUCCUUCUUCUAUGACAUCAGCUGACCCGGGGAACCUAAUGAGCAUGUGCAGCAAGUGCCGCACACAUUAAGCAUUCCCCAUAGGAAAGCAUUGAUACAAUAUUUUCCUAAGGGGGAUUUAAUGACGGUAGAUGUCCUCAUGCAAAGCGUUAUACUUUGUGUUAAUGCAUGAAGUAGACAGCCACUAGAGGUAGUGUUAACACUGCAAUGCAGACAUGGUAAAAUGUUUUACAUUGCAGGGGUAAGGGAACAGGGGCGCUGCAACCAGACCACUUCAAUGAGAUAAAGUUGUCUGGGUGCCUAUAGUGUCCACUUUAGUGUAAGCAACAACACUAUAUUAGCACCUUACAAAACAAGUUGAACCAACUCUUUACGAGCCAAUCUAAAUGAACAAACAAUACUACACAAAAACAUUGGUAGAACAACUCUUUAUAAGCAAUGCUAAACUCAAUUUGCAAGCAGUGCUAGUAGAAUACUUUCUAAGCAGUGUUGGACGAACACUUUGUAAGUCAUGGUAAAAUGAUAUACCAACACUUUACCAGCAAUGCUACAGGAAUUAUUUACAGCAAUGGUGGACCAACAGUUAACUACUAAAGUUAGUGAUACUCUUUAAAAAAAUCAAUAAUAUAUCAACACUUAAGAAAUCAUAGAAAGCCACUUUAGGGUAUUUAUCUCCAAUAAUUCCAUUCCAAGAAUACUCAUUCCUCUGCAUCCUGAUCGGCAUUUGUCAAUCUUUACAGCUCAACAUGAGUUUCAAAACGGAAGGAUAACCUUUUACAGAUGUUUUACUCAUUGGUUUUCAUUCUUCACCACUCUCAAUUUAUUGGUAUAUCGAUCCCAAUUUACUGUCCACUUUAUCUCCUGUUUUUACUUUUAAUGUCCAUGAAUGCCAUAGUUAUAAACUGAGGCUGCCAUUAGCUUGUCAUAUUUUGUGGAUUUGUUUGUGUUCUGGUCACAACUGUAAUGUAUAUUCAUGCCAGGCUGCACAUUUACUAGUAUUCUAAAAUCCUUUUGUUUGUUUUGUAAUGUAUAUUUUAUUGUAACUUUGCAGGAUUUAUUGCUUCGGAUAUGACAUCUAGAAAUUCCAGCACCCAGCUAUGGCUCAUCACACAUUAUCAUGACAAUGGAUCACUUUAUGACUAUCUUCAGAGGAAUACAAUACAUUCAGAGGGCUGCUUGCAACUGGCACUUUCUAUCAUUUGUGGUUUGGUGCAUCUCCAUGUGGAGAUAUUUGGUACCCAUGGAAAGCCUGCAAUAGCACACAGAGACCUCAAGAGUAGAAACAUUCUGGUAAAGGAAAACAACCAGUGCUGUAUAGCGGAUCUUGGUUAGUAUCACAUCCUACUUCAGCGUUCAAAAUAUAGGUGGAUUAUGUUUUGUUAUUGGUAAAUAUGCAUUCUUAGUUAAAUACUAAACUAUGCAUUGCUUACAAUUCACUGUUAAUUUUCCAUUUUAUGUUAAAAUUGGAAAAGUCAGUUUGCCAUGUUUUCGGUUGGGCUAUUUUGCAGAAUGUUGAAUUCACAAUUCCCAUUUUAGCGAAUUUCUUGAUCAGAAUUUGAAGAUAUGAUUCUUGAGUUGGUAAUCGUCCAUCCCAGUAUGGGUGACACAGUCCUGUUAGACAUCAGGUACUAUUUAAUCUGUGUUGUUGCUGGGAUGUUUAUCUUUUAAUUGUUUUAAUUUGGACAAGUGGGAAAGAUUAUAUUCUAUACACCUUCAUUAGACUAGUAUUUAAUAGUGAUUAAACAAAUAUUGUGGUUAUUGGCUGCCAAACUUUUCUUUUGUUGGCAUGCUGUUUCUCUCAGAAAGUAGACAAUUACAGGAUUAAAAUGAUUUCCAAACACUAUGGCAAUCUAUUGUGGGGAUCAGUAAAAAUAUAUAUUUUUACUAUUACCAUGAACAUGAAUUCCACAAAUUAAAUGAGGCAGAACAAUGUUUAUACAGACCCAUAGCAACCAUAUCUUAUAUUACUCAUAUGCCCAGUCCUGUUGCAAAAGCAGACUGUGUUGAUAAUUAGGGAAUAACCCAGGUAAGAUACAAUGUAUAGACUAAUAAGGAUAACGCUCCAAUACUGGAGUUAGACCUCAAAAAAUUACCACCAGUAUAUUAUCAUUCCGCUUGGUAAUUGUUACUUGCCUCGUUAAUGGGAAACUAACUAGUAAUCAAAUAAAAAAUUUCAAAUAAUAUUAUUUUAAGUCUUAUUUGUGGAAAAAUAACACCACAAAACACACAAGACAAUACAUACAAUUGAUGUGAAAAAUAAAUAGAUUUAAAAAAAAAUCAAAAAGUGACAGAAAGUGUGAAAUUUAAAAAUGGGGAACCAAAAAGACAAAAAAAUAUGAGCUAAAGUUUUGAAACCUAGUUAAGGCAAACUCUCAAUGCUUAUAGUGUUCUUGUACAGUACUGUCUGUCUGGUAUAUAUCUAUUUUGGUAACCAGUUCUCAGAAUUGCAAGAACAUAUCCUUGUGACUGAGCUAACUUUUACUUAACUUAAUUUGAAACAAAGUGGCUGCUGGUUGUAUCAAAUUGAAAGUAUAUAUAUAGCUCUCUCACACUAGGGGUCUCCUAACAAUAUGGCUAUAAUAUAGUUCACUUGCUAUAAAUCUAAUAUAGUGGAUUUUGACUCAGUUUCAACAGUAUAUAAGAUAUUUAGAAAUCCACAAAAUAAAUAGGUAACACCUGUGGUCACUGGCUGCAGUAUAUUCCAAAGAACUGCAAUAUUUAGACAUAGGUUCAUAAUAAUUAGAGAACUAGCAGCCAGAUAAGUUAUAUUGUCAAGAGUUAUCUGCCACAAUUAAGGUACAAAUCUGAUUUUUGUUCCUAAAUGAUUUACAAGUGAGUUUAGAUUUAGAUUCAACAAUUAUUAGAUAUUUAGAAAUGCAGAAACCACAUACCACCUGUGGCAACUGAUUGCAUUAUAUUCCAAAGAAUUCUAACAAUUAAACAUAACUUCACAAUAGUUGGAAAGCUAACAGCCAGAUAGGAUCAAAAGUAAAAAUAGUAAAAUCUUACUUUUGUUCAAGUCUACAGCUGCUGGCUCUGCCCCUGAUCUGCUUGCUUGGCUGACAUCAUUAGAAGUGUUGCUCUGAGCCAAUCAUAAUGCUUCACCAUAGGAGGCAGAUUGGGGCAGAGCCAAACACAACCCUGGCAAAUUAGCAACUCCUCAUAGUAUUGAACCAAUUAUCAUUAUUAUUAUUAUGAUAUUUAUAGAGCGCCGUCAAAUUCCGCAGCGCUUUACAAUAGGUGGAUGAACAGACAUGUAGUUGUAACCAGACAAGUUGGACACACAGGAACAGAGGGGUUGAGGGCCCUGCUCAAUGAGCUUACAUGCUAGAGGGAGUGGGGUAAAAUGACACAAAAAGGUAAGGAUAGUAUUAGACUAGUGACAGUUGCAGAAGAGGAAUCAGUCAGGAGCUAUUAACAGUUUAAUUGAUACGCUUUUAUGUAGAAGUGGGUUUUUAAAGAUUUUUUGAAGGAGUGGAGACUGGGUGAGCAUCUAACGGAGGAGAGAAGCGAGUUCCACAGGAACGGUGCAGCCCUGGAAAAUUCUUGAAGGCGAGCAUCAGAGGUGGGAGUACGGACAGAAGAUAGACGUAAAUCUUCAGUAGAUCGUAAGGGCCUAGACGGGACAUACUUGUGUAUAAGGGAGGAUAGAUAGGUGGGAGCAGCAUUAUGUAGAGAUUUGAAAGCAAGAACCAGAAUUUUAAAUUGAGCUCUAUAUUUUAUAGGAAGCCAAUGUAGGGACUGACAGAACGGUGAGGCAUGGGAGGUGCGGGCGGACAGGAAGAUGAGCCUCGCCGCCGCAUUCAUUAUGGACUGUAACGGCGCAAGUUGGGAGCACGUAAGACCACUGAGAAGCGGAUUACAGUAGUCAAGGCGAGAGAGGACAGUGGAAUGGACCAACACCUUAGUCGCAUCUGGCGUUAAUUAGGGGCGGAUACGCGCAAUGUUUUUGAGAUGGAAAUUACAGGAUUUGGCGAUAGAUUGAACAAGAGGCUUGAAGGAGAGGUCGGAGUCAAAGAGAACACCUAGGCAGUGAGCCUGCAUGGUGGAGCUGAUGGUAGCACCGUUGACUUGGAGGGAGACAGACACAGGAGUAACAACACUUGAGGGAGGAAAGACCAGAAUUUCAGUUUUGGUCAAGUUUAAUUUAAGGAAGCGGGCAGCCAUCCAGUUAGAAACAGCAGAGAGGCAGUCAGAGACACUAGUCAAGAGGGACGGGGAGAGAUCAGGAGAGGACAGGUAGAUUUGCGUGUCAUCUGCAUAGAAAUGAUAUUGGAAGCCAAAGUAGCUAAUGAGUUUACCAAGGGAGGCAGUAUAGAUGGAGAACAGUAGGGGACCAAGGACUGAACCUUGGGGACACCAACAGAGAGGAGUUGGGGAGAAGAAGCAGAGCCAGAGAAAGAAACACUGAAAGAGCGCUGGGAGAGGUAGGAGGAGCACCAGGAGAGAGCAAUAUCUUGUAGACCGAUAUUGCGGAGGAUGAGAAGAAGCUGUUGAUGAUCAACAGUGUCAAAAGCCGCAGACAGGUCAAGGAGAAUUAGGAUAGAGUAGUGACCAUGAGAUUUUGCAGCGAGUAGAUCAUUGGAUACUUUGGUCAGUGCUGUUUCCACAGAGUGCUUAGCGCGGAAACCAGACUGAAGCGGGUCUAGCAGAGAGUUGGACUCGAGGAAGUCUGUCAAUCUCGCAUACACAAUUUUUUCAAGGAUCUUGGAUGCAAAAGGCAGUAGUGAGAUAGGACGACAGUUGGAUGGGGAGUUAGGGUCAAGAUUGGGCUUCUUUAGAAUUGGGGUUACAGUUGCGUGUUUGAAGGGCAAAGGAAAUAUACCAGAGGAGAGAGAGAGAUUGAGAAUUUUAGUGAGAGGUGGAGAAAGAGAAGAAGACAGAGUACGGAUGAGAUGCGAGGGAAUUGGAUCUAGGGAGCAGGUGGUGGGGCGGGAGGACUGGAGCAGAGCAGAAACCUCUUCCAAUGUAGCGGGUGCGAAUGAACAUAGAAAAGCAGAGGGAGUGAAGUUAGGGGAAGUAUUGUAAGGGAAGAAGAAAGAUGAGAGAUCUCUUCUCUGAUUGUAGAGAUCUUAUCAGUGAAGUGAGUUGCAAAGUCUGACGCGGUCAAGUUAGUAGGUGGAGGAGGAAAGCAGGGCGAAGAAGAGAGUGAAAUGUGUGAAAUAGUCGUAUGGGUUCGCGGGAGAGUGUGCAUCUCUAUAAGGAGAGUUCAAUGUCUCCAUGCAGAGGAAUGAGACAAUGAAUGACUGUACUGCACAAUGUUCAGCACUGACCCAGGAAGCACUUCUACCAGCCAUCUGAGGGUUGGCCAGUGGAGGCUGUAAUGUAAACACUGCAUUUUCUCUGAUAAUAACAGUGUUUACUGCUAAAAGCCUGUAGGGAAUGAUUAUACUCACCAGAACAAAUACAAUAAGCUGUAGUUGUUCUGGUGACUGUAGUGUCCCUUUAGGUCCUAAAAGCCAUUUAAUCUUAAAAAGGAGACACCCUAUUCUUAGAGAUAUGUGCUGUAUGCAGCCCUCCCCUGGUGGUGCAGCACACCUCCCCUGGCUGUGACUGACACAGCCUGCAUGAAAACAAAAUAGUUUCAUUUUCAAUUACAUGUCACUUACUUUAAAAAUUUUUAUCUCCUGCUCUGCAAAUUGAACUUUAAUCACAAACAGGAGGCCCCUGCAGCAAGCUUUGAACAGAGCAGGAGAUAAGACAUUUUAAAUUAAACAGAAUUUGUAAUAAAAGAAGUGUAAACAUUAGAUGAUUCUUCACAUGAAGUGUUUAAUAAGGCUGUGUAAGUCACAUGCAGGGAGGUGUGACUAGGGCUGCAUAAACAAAGUGAUUAACCCCUAAAUGGAAGAAAAUUGAGCAGUGAGACUGCAGGGGCAUGAUCUAUACACCAAAACUGCUUCAUUAAGCUAAAGUUGUUUUGUUGACUAUAGAGUCCCUUUAAACAAACGGAAAGGUGAAACCGACAAUCAACUAACAAUGUAGGAUAAUAUACUGGUUAUAAAAGGAGAUUUAGAGUAGAAAUGUUUUCAAGUGAUCAUCAAAUCGCUAAUGGCCAAUCUGACAUAAAGGAAAUCUAACUUGAUGGGAGUUGUAUUCCAUUUCAACAGUGCUAAAUGUUGCAGGACACAUAGGUUCACAUGACUGACAAUAACCAUUAUGAUUUUCCAAACUGAAAACAUGAGGCUUCUAUGUACAUACGGUAUGUCACUCGCAGAGAGGUCGUGACUCUGCACAAAGCUAUAUUUCAUUUAUCUUUUCUGUGACCCACUGAGACUUCUGUAUUGUAAUUUUUGCUGCUGUGAUUAAAGAAUAGUGCUCUCUGGGAAACAGCAUUCUUAUGUAUCUCAAAUCGACAUCAUCCAGCUGCAAGCAAUUACUUUUCCUGAGCCUAGGUUUCCAUCACAUUUAACUUUGAAGGCACUUUUGGCCUUAUCCACAAUCAAAUGUAAAAAUAAAAAGUUUCUAAAUGUCAUUAAUAAGCUCUGUGACCCAAACAGUUCUGUCUGGAAAAGCUUCAAAGUUAAUGCUUUCUAUCUAUUUUUAGACCACAAAUACAACACGGACAUAUAUGAAUUACUUUGCUUAGUUCUGAAAAAUAGGAUUUACCAUUACCUUGAAAUAGUGUUUUCAGUUUCACUUUAAUUUCUUACUUUAGUUAUUAACUCUGUAUGCAUUUUAUACUGUUUAAUAUAGUACUUUAUCAAGAGUUACUGAUAACGUACAACAUUGAACCUUAUGAAAUACAUAACUUCAGCAUUCUGUUCUGUCUGUUGCACUGAUAGUUUGUUAAUUUCAUUAAUAAUAUAUAGUCAAACAUAGCCUCGAUAAUCCUUUUAACUUUAACCCCUUCAGGACGGAGUCAAUAGUACACGUUCGGAUCAAAACAAAACGUAAACAAAAACUGGAAUUUGCGCUAUAUCUCUGUUCAACCGUAAUUCACAUCUUUCAUAUAAACCCACACUUAUUAUAUAUCAUUUUGUUUAGGAGAAACAGGGCUUUAAUUUAUCAUUAACUAUUAAUAUAUGGAACAUAAUUUAUUAUGAAUAAACUUUUAAAAAAAAUUGAGAAAAUAAGAUUUUUUUAUUAAAUUUGUAAUUCCGUCUGACAUCUUAGCUGUUAAUGUCAUAAUACUGUUAGGUAUUACUGCAAACAAAUGCCCAUAUUUGUAAUCAGCGAUGUCUCACGAGUACAACAGUACCCCCCAUUAACAGGUUUUAUGGUGUUUUGGAAAGUUAAAGGGUCAAAUAUAGAACGUUCCAUUUUCACAUUGAAAUUUGCCAGAUUAGUAAUGUUACCUUUGAAGACAGUGUGGUAGCCCAGGAAUGAGAAUUACCCCCAUAAUGGCAUACCAUUUGAAAAAGUAGACAACCCAAGGUAUUGAGUGUGGGGUAUGUUUAGUCUUUAGUCACAAAUACUGGCCAAAUUUAGCGUUCAUAUUUGUUUUUGUGUUAAAAAAAGCAAAAAACGAAUAUUUGGCCAGUGUUUGUGACUAAGUGGCUACUAAGAAAGACUGGACAUACCCCACUUGCAAUACCUUUGGUUGUCUACUUUUGCAAAUGGUAUGCCAUCAUGGGGGUAAUUCUCAUUCCUGGGCUACCAUACGCUCUCAAAGGCAACAUAACCAAUCUGGCAAAUUUCAAUGUCAAAAAUAUGAAAUACAAGCCUUGUAUGUGACUCUCUAACUUUCCAAAACACAAUAAAACCUGUCCAUGGGGGGUACUGUUAUUCUCGUGAGACUUCACUAAACACAAAUAUUAGUGUUUUAAAACAGUAAAACAUAUUACAACAAUAAUAUCGUCCAUAAAAGUGCAGUUUGUUUGUAAAAAAUGCAAAAAACUUCACUUUUACUUAAAAUAUCAUCGUUGUAGUACAAUUUACCAGUUUGAAACACUAAUAUUUGAGUUCAGCGAAGUUUCCGGAGUAAAACAGUACCCACUAUGUACAGGUUUUAUGGUGUCUUGGAGAGUCACAGGGUCAAAUAUAGUGCGUGCGAAUUAAAUUCUCUGCACUUUCUCCCUGUGUUGUCAGGCAUGUCAAUCAAAUUUUAAUUAAUCAAAUCACAUAAUUAUGUUAAAAGAUUACUUAAAUAUACACGUAGAAUUUUAAUAUAUAUGCAUUCAUAGGUAUUUAAAUUCUACGUGUAUACUAAUGUAAUCUUUUAUGUAAUUAUAUGUAUUUAUAUAUAUAUAAAUAUAUAUUUGCAGUUAUUUGUAUUUUAUAUAUAGAUAUAUAUAGAAUGUCUUUCUAGGUGUAUUUUGUUAUCGAUAUAUAUAUUAAUAACAAAAUACAGUUAGAAUGAAAUUACAUAUGAAUAUAUAAUUUAUAUGAAAUUUUGUUUCAAUAUUUUAUUUAUUUAUUUUAUUAUUUUAUUUAUUUAUUAUUGUAAUUAUACGUAUAUAUAUAUAAUAUAUGUGUAUAUAUCUAUUAUAUAUAUAAUAUAUAUACAUAUUAUAUAUAUGUAACGUCAUUCUAAUUGUAUUUUAAUACUAAUAUAUAUACUAAUAUUAGUAUUAAAACACACAAUGUAUGACGUUAUAUAUAUAUAAAUGUAUUUAAUUUAUUUUUACACAUGUUUAAUUAAUUUAUUUUACAUUUCCCAUCAGCAGGGGGACUGUCUGACAUUUCAUACAGUCCCCCUGCUGGCAGAUCCACAGCCAGCUAUAGGGGGCCAUGUGAUCGCUCUUUGAGAGCGAUCACAUGGCCCCCGGGGGCCUCAUUCGCCGGAGGAGGGCUGCCUGGGCGGUCUGGCAGCCCUCCAGAAGAGGAUCGCAGCGGAGGUAAGUACCUCCGAUCCCCUGGGGCAGAAAGCCGUUACGGCGUUCUAUGCCGCCGCAACGGCUUUAAAGCCGUAACGGCGUUAAGGGGUUAAUAUCAUGAAACCAUUAUGUUGUUACAUAUCUCCAAGGCAGGUAUGAAAUCAGACAGGUGGUUGCACCUUCAAGGGGGCAAAAAUGGGGAGGCCCACUGAAAUAGCGGCCCCCAACCUACAGGGCCAUGCAAAAGGUGCUGCUGAAACGCAAUCUGAAUGGUCAUAGUGCCCGUUGCACAGUGCAAAUGCAUCUAAUGAUGCCUUGCACUAUGCUACCAAUUCCUUGGUGUUUAAAAAUGCAGAAUACUAGAGAACUAUAGUGGGACGGUUUUAAUCUCACAUCAUACGGCUUUUCCAUUUAAUGGAUAAGGUAAUACAAACACUUGUUUGGGUGAAGAUUAAAGUUAUUAAUGAUUAAGUUUUCUUUAAUUAAGGUGCUGUUCUACAAAGGAUGGUUCACAGAUUAAUAUUGUUGCAGUGCCCCACUUAGACAAUGGUCCAUUUUUUAACUGAAAGAUAAUAUACAACACUAUUGUUUCUUCAAAACAUUUUAGAAAGCUUCUUUCCAAUGUCAUAUAGGCUUUCAGCGUACCGAGGAAGGUAGUUCUGCUACACAAAACCAUUGCCUAAUGCAGUGGCAUAUCUAUAGCGGUUGCAGUGGUCGCAGCUGCCACCGGGCAUGUAAUUCUAUUUGGUCCGGCUACAGCUGUGGACCCCUGUGACCGGCAUAAAUUCAGGGCUGGUGCACAGCGCAAUUGCCGGGAGCACACAGAACAGAGCGGACUGCAGUCUGUAAAAUACAGUUUUAAUAGAAUUGCACUUACAAAGUAUAAAACAUUUAAAACAUAUCAAAAACACCAAUCUGGAAUGUAGUCUCAAAACUUCCAACCUCCAGAAUAUCUGGAGAAUCUUCAAAGGACAAGUGAGCAAAACAGCUGAAACUAUAAAAUAAAAAGUAAAAGGCAAAAUGACCCUACGCAUUUAAUCCAAGUGCUCUGACGUCUUCAGGGGAAAUCGUUCAGUAAAACUACUGGAAAGAGAAGCUGGUACGAAUCCCACCCACCCAAUCCAUCUUUUAAAGUCCCCAAGCCACACCACUACAUUGGCCUUUAACCCCUAGCUACGCCUCUACUUUUGCCGAUCCCCCAAGCCAUGCCUCUACUUCGGCUGUUACCCCAAACCAAUCAUCACCUCUAAAUAUCCUCUUCCUCUACUUGUACAGCACCAUGGACUAUGUUAGUGCUAUAUAAAUGCCAAUAAUAAUAAAUAAAUUACAAGUGUAGUGCAUGCAGAGAUGAAAGGUUUUGAAGGGUUUUAAAUUGAGUCAACUGUGUUAGCUUAUUGUUUAAGACAAUGGAUUGAAUUUAUCCAAAGUAAAUCUGUCUAUGCCUAAUAUUGAAGAAUUUUAUUGUAGGUUUGCUGAUUGUAAUAUUAUAUGAAUGGUGCAUAGUGUUCAGAUCAAAUAUCUGUUUGUGUUUUUUAGGUCUGGCUGUGAUGCAUUCACAAAACUCUAAUUAUUUGGAUAUUGGUAAUAAUCCGCGAGUUGGCACCAAACGCUAUAUGGCUCCUGAAGUCCUUGAUGAAACUAUACGCACAGAUUCAUUUGAAUCUUAUAAGCAGACCGAUUUGUGGGCUUAUGGAUUAUGUCUUUGGGAAAUUUGCAGGAGAACGGUUAUAAAUGGUGAGUCGACAUAAUACUCUUCUUAUGAAAAUUAAGUAGUGCAAUUUAGGACUGGAUUAAUGAAGAGGAAAUGAAAAGGAAAGCAUUCCUCCUUUUGAUGCAUGUUUAGAUUUUACACAUGGAAACUCCCAGUGCUACUUUCCACUCCCUCUCCUGACAUCAUGACAGCCGUGCAAGGUCCAAUCAAAGGCUCCAUAGAGAAGCUUUUUAUUGGAUUGUUUAGCCAGCUCAGGGCGCAUGCACUUGCUUUGAGCCGGCAAGGGGAAAGGGAGUGGUGAGACAGACAGGUAAGGAAGAGGCAACUUAUAAAAUAAAUACACUUUACUGCAUGUAUAGGAAGGCAGUGAGGGCUAAAGUGAGGGACGGAGGCAGGGCUGAAGUGAGGUAGACAGGGAGGGAGGCGAGAAACAGGAGGAGACAAAGAAACCAUCUGUCGCCAGAGUGUAGUGUGUGCAUACAACAGAGUUCCAGGCUGCCAAAGUCGUGUGUGCCGGAUAAGGGAGAAGCAGAAACUCUGCACACCCAGAGUCCUUCUUCCAUGACCACGUCAAAAGGAGAAGUUGUCAUGGGUGUUGAAGUAACCCUUUAAUAUAUAAAAUAAAGGGGAGACAAAGUAACAGAGAGACAGAAAACAAACAGGACAGUCCUCAGAUACCUCUGUAUUAAAUAAUGUGAAUCUUUACUAAUAUUUAUAGUGGUGGGCCGUACAAAAUAUGGCAUAAACCAGAACAUUAUAUGCUUAACUAAUUUCACAAGUAGGCUUUAGGGCUAAAUACUUUUAGGUGUGAAACUAUUUAAGUGGACUGCACACCUCCAAACACUGGGAGGUAUAGGAUCAGGAUAGGGGUUAGACAGGCCUAUAAGGGGAGUGUCAGUAAUGUCAAUCUUAAAUUAUUAUUUACAAGUUUCAUCGAAAUCUAGAGCUGCACUGCUUCAAUAAGGUAUAUUUCAUUUGCUGCCGGUGCUAAUUCAGUACUUAUUUUUCUAAAUUCCAUUCAAUAAUGCAGGCUCCAUGUUGCAUUUGAGUGCCCUUGCAUUUUAAAGUGGUUCUCUUGACAUCUAAUGUGUAAAAAAGCAAGGGCUUCAUGCCAAAUUAUAUAUUUUUUGAUCUUAUUGCAUGAUGACAGACACAAAGGGUUUGCCACAAAAGGACACAUCUUUUAGGUUUCCAAUAAUUAGCAGAAAACCUGUUUUUGUUUAUUUACAGUCUUUGCACCAUUUUCUUGUUUGUAGUGAAUAAGGGAUAGCAAUACCCUUGCAUUAUUUCAGUUGCUUUAUAAAAAAAUUAUGUUAACUGAGUAGAGAAUCUGCUGCUUCCUAAUAUCUUUGAUCAAAUGAAUCCAGUUACAAAAUAGUAAUAUUAAUUUGUAAAUGUUCUUUUUAAAUAAUCUUAAAAAAUAACCAAAUAGAUUUACAUCACACUUGGUCUGAAACGUUAGUAUAAAAGGAAAAAUUAGAUGUGUAGAUGUGACAAAAAUAUAUAAAUAAAAAUGGUCAAAUACCUUGUUUACAGAUAUUUGUAAGAACCUUGAAAACAUUACUAGCAGUACAACUUAAUAAAAAUGGUAAAAGAAUGUAAAAGAAUGCCUGCACUUGAGCAUAUUGCCAACAUGCUGUAAAUACAAAUAAGUUAUUUAAUUCUAAAAUAAAAGGUAUUGAAAACUGAUAUAGCAAUCAUUAUCAAUCUCUAAACAGCUGUUGUAAUGCUAACAGUGGAAUGGAAGAUUCGAUUCACUCCUCCCCACUCCAUGACUGCAGGAUUGUUAUCACCCAUUGAAACUACCUGUACUGUUUGACAGCAGGCGCCAAGCUUACAUUUUAGCAAAUUUGAAGGCAUUAUGUCAGUGACUAGUAGCUUCUGACAGAGAAAUGUAUUCCUCUACAGGCUGGUAAUCGUUAUGAGGCUGACUGAGGCUUUAAGGACUAAAUUUCAAUAUGAAAAAUAUUUUAAAAAUAAAAAUGUUUAUCUAUUAUCGUCACUACGGCCUGCUAAAUAUUUAGCAAAAUCACAAAAUAUGUUUUUCAUUAACCUAGCAAUAUCAAUAUAUCAAUUUGCCGGUUCAUGUGAUUAACAACGACAACAAAAGUUAAGCCCUAAUUUACGCUUUUAAAGGGACUAUUGGAACCAAAACAACUUUAGCGUAAUUAGGCAGUUUUAGUGUAUAGCUCAUGCCCCUGCAGUCAUAGUGCUAAAUUAUCUGCCAUUUAAGAGUUAAAGGAACACUUACUAUAGGGUCAGGAACACAAAUGUGUAUUCCUGACUCUAUAGUUUCAAACCUUGCUAGCCCCCCAGAUCCCCCUUUGCCUCUCUUAAAAAUAGUAGAAAACUUAUCUUUCCCAUAGGAAAGCAUUGGAGUGACAGUUCUGAUGAUCUCAGCCAAGGAGGUGGGGCAGAACCUAAAACACCACUGGCCAAUCAUCAUCUUCUCAUAGAGAUGCAUUAAAUCAAUGGUCUUUCUUGUCUUAUUGCAUGAUGACAGACACACAGUUUUUGCCACAAAAGUGCACCUAUUUUAGUUUCCCAAUAAUUAACAGACAACUUUUUUUUAAAUAAAACUCUUUGCAUCAUUGUCUUGUUUGUAGUAAAUAAGGGCCAGCAAUACCCUUUGCAUUAUUCCAGUUGCUUUACAAACAAAUAAUGUGAACUGCUUGCUCAAGAGUAGAGAAGCUGCUGGUUCCUAAUAUCUUGGAUCAACAGUUGCAAAAUAGUGAUAUUCAUUUGCAAAUUUUCUUUUUAAAUAUUCUUUAAAAAAUAACCAAAUAGACAGUGUCCUUUAUUUUAAAUUAUUUCACACUUGGUCUGAAACGUUAGUAUAAAAGCAAAAAUGCACAAAUAUCCCCCACUGUGUCUGCUAAUGCAUAUGGUCUCUUGCAGUGUCCCCCCCCCCCAAAUGCACUGUUACUUGGACUGUGAGUUUCAAGCCUUAAACAGUUUUACUGUUACCCUGCCAUCCAGUGGUGAAAGUGCAUGAGUGUACUAUGCAAUAACUCAUUAAUUUAGGAAUUAUAGGGCAGUAUGCAGAAUGCAACGCUAAAUUAGCAGCACCUUCUAUACUGCCAUAAGUUCAUCUCAGACCAUAUCGUGAUGACAGCAUGAAAUGUCAUUGUUCGAUAGGGGUUAAAUACCUCACUCUUUAUUAAUUUAAGCAUCACCCACUUAAAAGUUGUUGUUUUUUUCUAAAAACCUUUUAUUUUUAUUUCAAAAGUUCAGCUUUUGCAACAACCCACCACCCCCUCAAAACCCCAGCCCCAAAAAAAAAUAUUACAUUUCAGGGAACAGGCAAUCCUACCCUAGGUGCCAAAUAUUUGGUUUGUAUGAAAAUGUAAUGAGUGGGCAUUUUGUUAAUGGAUCCUGUAAAUGGUAUGGGUGGUCCUGCAUUUAGAAAAAAACUUUUGUAGAAACUUCAAAUGUCACAAAAAGAAUCAAUAUUUUGCAACACAUUCUUAACCAAUCUUAUCUUAUUAUGAAAACUGUCUUUAAAAAGCCAUUAGUCUCAUAAGCAAACUUUUGCCAGAUAAAUGCAGUCAGUUUUUGAGCACAGAGCAGAUAACAUGUUUUUUUUUUUUUUUUUUUUUACAAAACCCUAAAGGAAUAUAAACAAUGAUUAAUAAAACUUUCAAAGAAACAUCAAAUUUUUCUGUUCUCAAUCCCCCCCAAAAAAGAUAAUUAUUUUACAUCUAAUGUAACCCCUAAUGAGCCUUAUUCCAAUUUCUGUAAUUUUGUGACAAAAUGCCUUUUUGCUAUGUGUUUUUUUCACCAUAAUUUAACACUUACUCUUUAAUAGUACCCAUACAUAAUCUAUUCUAGUUUAUAAAGAAUAAAUAUUAGGGUGAGAGGGGUAGAUGGGUAUUUAUUUAUUGAAUGGGUGACUAGGAGCUUGGUGGCGUGGUUAUUUUUACAAUUGGCUCUGCUGCCAAUGGGUGGGGGCUGGUGGGGCCUGGUGGGGCAAUAAGUCAUCCCAUUAUUACUUAGGCCCCACCCACAGGGAAUGGGUGGGGGAUAAGAGGUACAAUAGGUUCCUCCCAUUUUUACUUAGGGCCCCCCAACAGCCACUAAUGGGUGGGAGUUGGGGGUGACACUAAGUUCCUUGUUUUAUUUUAAUAGCCCCCACUAUGUCCCUCCCCCAUUAAUUAUUAUAAUAGGUGCCCCACCAUGGAGGCAUGGGCGACCUGUGUAAGGUCUCCUUUUAUUGGGGGUCUUUUUUUUAUAAUAGAUGCUAGCCGCUCCCUGUUUAGUAGAUGUGCCUCUACUCGUGGCACUCAUAAGUGCGAGUAGGGGCAGGAGGGAAAUUUUAACCUCCAGUACAUUUCAUCCAGGGAACACAAAGAUGGCGGCGCCUAGGACAUAGAUCCAGACAAGAAAUAAAGAGGUAAAAAAGGUGAAAUGGGGGACCUAGGGCUAUUUGGGGUGACUAAGGAGACAAUCAAAUCUUCAGGGGUUGGGAGGGACUUUAAAAAAAAAAAAAAAUGACAGUGCCACUUUAAAUAUAAACCUUAGCCAAAUUAGGCAUGCUGAGACCAAGUUAAUAGCAGUUGCAGAAUCUAAAAUCACUAUACAAAUGUAAAUAUUUGUAAAAAGUAGACCCAUCAGGAUAUUUAACCUUCUGUGUUUAGGCAGUUUUUAUUUAACCAUUUCGUCACCAACAGAGCUAAAACUGCUGAGUAUAUUUAAUAAUUUUGUAAUUUUUACAAAUGUGUAACUUUCAGUGUUACCAUGUAUGUCCCACGGAAUACAGGAUUACUCCAUAUGUAUAUCUUUGCUUCAAGGAUACACUAUUUCUUGGUGACACUAUUGGUGACCAGCAUCAUGCUUUGAUGCACAUUCGUACCAUCACUUAACCCUAACACAAACCCUAACUAGUUCAGAUUGAUUGAUCACCAUUGGAGCCAGCCACAGUGAUAAAAAAUUUGUUUUGAAUAUGUUUAUUAGAGUCGCAAAAAAGGGUUGGCAGACAUUUUACGAAUUGGUAGAAAUAACAUUUGGUUGCCUGAGCAGAGGCAUACAAGUCAUAAUAAACAAGCAAUAAAGUAAAUUGGAUGUACUUAGACUUUGCGAGAUUUGAUAUAUCAAGCGCAUUCGACAGGGAUAUUAACGCAUUAAGCAGGCUUUUUAGUCAUCUGAGCAAUACCUAUGUCUAACUACGCGUGCGAUGGCGCUUUCAGCAUGGGUAGCCUUUUAUGUAGUUAAAUAAACAUGCAAUUAAGUAAAUUAAGUGUACAUAAACUUUGCAAGAUUUGUUUUUGCUUUAGAUAAAACCUAAAAAUCUACGAAACUGCAGGUACGAAUUAUGCCCGCAGGGCUUUCCGUGGCUCCGUGGGCACUCAGGGCCAGAGAACGUCCACAGGACCCCACACCUAGGGUCUGAGCGCCCCCUGUCCCCUGCACCUCCCCAGCACCUGUAAGCCCCCCGUCUCUCCUGGUGCCGGCCACAGACUUGGGGACGAUGCGCAUCCCUCAUGGCCAGCGGUCCGCCGGAAGGCCCGCAUCCUCUUGAUCCACAGGACUCGCAGCACCAGGGACUCGACUCCCCAAGGACCCCCACAGACUCGGUAAGUCCGGGCCGUAACUCCUUCGGUGGGCAGGUAGUCAGGGAAUUAAUUUAGUUGCCGGCGACAUCUGUGGCCACAUGUGCCGUAUCUGCCAGCCCUUCCGAAGCAGCUAAUAGUCCUCUUCACGUCGUCUUUCGCCGUAAUGAGCUUGUAUGUAAAAUGGUCCUCAUGACUCUUUUACUGGCGGGCUCCUUUUCGGCAGCCUUUGCCAGUUCAGGAGGGCAGUCUGGGCCCAGCACGGGAAACUCCUGUGUCGGCGCGUGUCGCCUCCAUGAGGCCAGAUUACCCCACCGGCCGGGGGGGGGAGCGGGGCCGCGCACCAAGCCAGCAGCAUCCGUUGCCUGGGUAAGUUGCUUUUGUUUUUCUUUAAGUCGUUCGUGUCCAGGCACGGAGGAUUGGCAUGUAUUCUGACAACUCAUGGUCACUCGAGUCUGGUCUUGCGACUGAGGGUAGGCCUUGAAAGUCCUUUACGGUGCUCACAGCCUUCUUGUAGGGUCUAAUUGGCAUCUUUGUAAAGCUGGUGUUAUCCUUCCCUUUAUUUCAGCAGGUAACCUGGUCUUUGUGCCUUCUGUGGGCGUUUCAGAGCCAGUUUAGUUUGUUUGGGCCGGGAGCCAUGUUAGUCUGCUGCCAUGCGGCUCGGCGGCCCGGCCCCGUCCCCUGAUAAAAAAAUUUAACUGACAGUUAAAGGACAACUGUCACCUAAACACUAGUUUUUAAUAUAAUACUAUAAUAACCAAAACACUCCAAUGACUUCAACAGUCACCAUAUCUCAAUAUAUUAACCUUUAAGGAGGGAGCCAAUCUAGUAUUAGAAAGGUGUACCUAAUAAAGUGGCCAUUUUUACAUGCUUUAGUUAAGUUUCACAAAGGGUUUCAUAAAACAAAACUAAAUCAGAAUCAAACUAAUUUUUAGUCAAACAAUCCGCAUUCUAUAAGUUCUAGAUACUUCGGGGAAGAACUAAGUGUAGAUUACUUGAUGCUUACAUCCAAUCAUAGUAUAUUUUCACAGACAAAAGACCCCCAUGAGCUGUACUUAUUUACAAUAUAAUUAAGAAUAGCAUGAAUUGCAAAUGUACACCUUUGUUUUUAAAGCCUUAGGUUAAUUUUCUGCUUUAGCUGAAUUGUUGUAAUUGGACUUUUGAACACUGAACAUUUUAUGUAUUUUUUUCCUUAACAAGUGAUGUGUCGUUUCAGGCACAUGCCAUUUUGCACUGACUGUGACCAGACAGCUGAUCAGGCUGGAAUCGGGCACUAUCAGUAUUAACAUGCUUCCUAGCUAAUCAGCAGCAGCAGUCAACAGGAUGACUAGAUGAUGCUCUCUUAAAGGACCACUAUAGUGCCAGGAAAACAUACUCGUUUUCCUGGCACUAUAGUGCCCUGAGGGUGCCCCCACCCUCAGGGUCCCCCUCCCGCCCGGCUCUGGAGAGAGGAAAGGGGUUAAAACUUACCUUUCUCCAGCGCUGGGCGGGGAGCUCUCCGCCUCCGAUCCUCCUCCUCUCCUCCCUUUCAGCUGAAUGCGCAGGCGCGGCAAGAGCUGCGCGCGCAUUCAGCCGGUCUCAUAGGAAAGCAUUUACAAUGCUUUCCUAUGGACGCUUGCGUGUUCUCACUGUGAUUUUCACAGUGAGAAUCACGCAAGCGCCUCUAGCGGCUGUUAAUGAGACAGCCACUAGAGGAUUUGAGGGCUGGAUUAACCCAUUUAUAAACAUAGCAGUUUCUCUGAAACUGCUAUGUUUAUAAAAAAAUGGGUUAACCCUAGCUGGACCUGGCACCCAGACCACUUCAUUAAGCUGAAGUGGUCUGUGUGCCUAGAGUGGUCCUUUAAUGCUACCAAUAUUUAUAACAUACACAUAUAUGGUCCACUUUAUCCAUCCUACAGCAUAUAAAUUACAGCUGUACAUCAUCUGCAUAACUUAAAGGUCUAGGCAAGAAUUCAUUUUGCCACCCCCUCAUGAAUGCAGCUACAUUCCCUCAGAGGCUUAUUACUAAACUCUGAAUUUCAAUGAAGAGACAUUUAUGGAAACAGGACACACUGAGUAGACAUUAAAGGGAAAAUAUAGUGCCAGAAAAACUUGUUUUCCUGGCACUAUAGAUUUUCCCUCUGUUAAGCGCCCCUACCUCGUGGUGCAAAAGGGGUUAAAAAAAAAAAAAACCUUCCGUCACUUACCCGGGCCAGUGCUGAUGUCCCUCAGCGCUGGCUUGGUUCCACCUUCACUCCUCAAUGGCCGCAUCAGGAUUUCCCCAUAGGAAAGUAAUAUACAAUGCUUUACUAUGGGUUUCUACGUGACGCUGGAUGUCCCCAUGCAUAGCCACUAGAGGUGGAGUUAACCCUGAACGGUAAUUAUUGCAGUUUGUUAAAAACUACAAUAAUUACUUUUGAAGGGUUAAGGGCCCUGUGACAGUGCAUCCAGACCCCUUCAAUGAACUGAAGUGGUCUGGGUGCCUAUAGUGUCCCUUUAAGUGAAAGUAGAUGCACAGUAGAAAUUUAGAAACAGCCUGGGGAGACAUUUAGGUAAAAAGUAGAAAGACUGUUGAGAUAUUUAGGAAACAGAGACUGGGAGACAUUUAGGAGAGAGACAUGGUAAGCACACAUUUAGAGAAAAAAAGAGACACACUCUUACUAACACACACACUCACGGACAUACACAGUGUCACUUACACACUCUCACUAACACACACACACACACUAUCACUGACAUACACACACAGUGUCACUUGCAUAUGCUUACUGACAUACACAGUGUAACUAACACACUCUCACUAACACACACGCACUAACACACACACACUGUCACUUACACGCUCUCACUAACACAGUGUCGCUUGCACACACUGACAUACACAGUGUAACUUGCACACUCUCACAAACACACACACACACUCUCACUAACACAAAGUGUCCCUUGCACACUCUCACUAACACACACACUGUCACUUAAACACAAGCUCACACCACUACAUAAAGUCACACUUUAUUUAUACACAGAAAUACAGCAAUUUAACACACACACACACACACAUACACUAAUUUACAACCAUGCACACAAUAAACAAUCCCCCUUAGUCUACCUGGGUGCUGUGAAGAGGAGAAGAGGUCCAGGCUGCAGGAAGUUGUUCUUCUUUCUCCUAGGGGAGCAGGAGAGCCGUGCACUGUGAGCACAUGCUGCUUCCUAUUCCCCUCAGAGUGCUUCCAGUGUCCACAGGCAGGGGGCAGCUGGGAUACAGGUCAGAUCCCGGCUACCCCUACCUGCAGGAAGCAUUCUGCUUGGUUGUUGUGGUUACAGUAAACCCCACUCCCUGAGCAGGCAAGCGGCAGAGAAAGUCUAGCUCUCAGCGUUCCAGCUCCAGACAGCAGCAGGGCAACCCACCAGGAAACCUGCCGGUGUGCGCCCCCUGCAGGUCAGCGCCACAGGCGAAUGCCUUAUUUGCCUUAUGGUAGCACCGACCCUGGUCCUGCUUCUAUAAUCCUGCCCCCGUAGCUUCAUUCAUGUUUUUGUAUGAAUAAUGCCAAUUGCAGCAUGUACAGCUUUCAUUGGAAAGCUAAUUGCUAAAAUAUGGCUUUCUUGAACUCCAUAGUGGAAAACGAAGAAACCUCAGGCCUAGAACGCAAAGGGUUCAAAGUUUAAAGGGACACUCCACUGCCCAAAUACAAAAUAAAUAGGAGUCUGGAGUGCCCUUUUAAUUCCUGCAAGAAAGUACACCACAGCUACCCCAAAAUGAUUACCAAUAAAAAAUAAAAAAAUCAUAUUACAUGAGUAACAAGUAGUCAAGGUUGAGAAUAUGAUUUGGCACAGUUGCAUGUGAAUGAUUCCUCAUUACAAGAAAAAUCAUGAUUAAGUUAAAAUGAUCUGACAAAUCAGAAGCUGCCUCUCCUGUUAGAAUAAAAUGGACACUCCAGGCCUGCUAAUCAGUUCUUUGAUUUCAACUAGCUUUGUUUUCCAGAAAGGAUUAGCUGUAAAUUAUAAACACCAUAAUCUGGUGUCAGCACCCAGGUCCAUGAUUAAAGCAGCCAUUACAUUCAAUCAGCACUCUGUUUAUUCAACACUGAUUAGAAAACUAUCAGCAUCAGAGAAGAGCUUGGACAGCAGCCAUACUUUCUGCAGCCUGUUGCCAUGAAUCUAAAAUACCGGAUAAUUUCCACCAUAAAAGAGUUCAGACCAAGCAGAGAAUGUAUGUUGUGGAGUGGAAAAAUAGGACGUUCCGGGGGCUCAAACUUGACAAUGAUGCUAUUCCACUUCUGCAAUGUAGUCACAAUGGUAUUAUGAAGUCUGUCCUUCUCACCCACUGAAUUCCACUACUUGUAAUAAACAGUUUGAAAUGUUUAGUGGGUGUUUAUAACAAGAGAAGCAGAGGAGGAAAAUCCAGUCAAAUGGCCAAAAGAAAAAGGGUAAAAUAGCUAAUCAUCUUCAGAGAUGUAUUCAGUUAUCCUUCUUUAAAAAUCCAUUUAAAUUGUAGGAAAUGUCCCGUAAUCCAUGCAUUGUGAUUUAAUUUAAAGAGCGUGUCGUCUGAAUUAACUUUGAAUUAUAAUGUUGUACAAAUAUGACUGAUAUAUGUAGAUUAAAGUACAUUUUUACCUUAAACACUAAACGGUGAAAUCCAGACACUGUAUCUUAAUUGCCCAUAGCAGCUGAGCACUGCCAACAAGCAGUCAUAAAAUAUCUCAGUCAUCCUGCAUUAUAUUUACACCCAGUUUUGCACAUAGGACCUCUCUUACUGCCCUGCAUCCGCUCCGAGGUUAGAAGGGUUCUCUGCUUUACAUAUAAUUGAAUAUUCAAUUAUUACAAUUAAAUGAGUACUGUAGGCACCAUAACCAAUUUAAUGGAUUGUUUAUUCCUGGCCGCCAGUCGCCUAAACUACAAUAACAAUAUGGUGGAAGCGAUGCUUCGGCUUUGUGCCAUACCAAUUCAUAAUAGGAAACUUGCAAUGAUUGGCUGAUAGCACAAAGCUGACACAAUGAGCCUCUCCCAACCUGCUACUCCUGUUAUAGCAUGAAGUGGAGCAUACUUCUACCUUAACUAUAUCCUCAUUGGAUGCCGGGCUGCCGAGGGACUGGGAAAAUCUGCUAAUCUCUGAGUAAACCAUUUAGCAUCAGCAGGGGCGUACCUAGAGCGUACCUUUGGCACCCGCCUCCAAAAAAAAACAGCUACUAAAUUUUUAAAAUGUGCUCUUUUUUUUAAAAUGUAUUGCACAAAUUUGUAAACUUUUUAAAACCCCUGCCCCUUUCUACAAAGUCCCUGCACCUCCUCAUCCACAGUCACAUGCAGACAGUCACACAUAUAGUCACAGGCAGUCAUGUACACAGUUACAGGUAGAGAGUUACACACACACAGUCAGUUACAAGCAGUAACACACAGUCAUGCACACUGUUACAGGCGGACAGUCACAUAUACAGUCACACACACGAUCACAGGCAGACAGUCAUACACAUAGUUACAGCCACACACACACAGUUACAGACAGUCACACACAGUCACAGGCAGACAGUCACACACACACACAGUUACAGGCAGCAUCACACAGUUACAGGCAGUCACAGGCAUGCAGUCACACACACACAUAGUUACAGGCAGACAGUCACACACACACACAGUUACAGGCAGAUAGUUACACACAUACACACAGUUACAGAAGACAGUUACACACACACACACAGUUACAGGCAGACAGUUACACACACAUACACACACACACUCUCUUACUUACAGACAGUGUGGACUGGAGGAGUGGUUUCAUUGAAGUCCUUCCCUGGCUGGAGCCUGUUAGGUGGAGGAGCAGGGAUUUCUUCUUGCUGCACCUCCAUGUGCAGCAGUAACAUCAGCGGGUAAGGACCGUGUUAAGCCCUGCCUCCGCUCGUGGGUUGGCUCCGCCCCCAAAUGUAUGUAGCUCCGCCCCUUCUUCCUUCUGUGCGGCCAGUUCAGCUUGCUGGUCUUUCCGUGUGACCUGUGCGACACCCCAGCUGCCAUGGGGUGCAGCUCACACAUCCCCCAUUAGCCUUCCGACCAGGGUCAUGGCACCCCCCUACCAGGUGGCACCCGGGGCGGACCGCCCCCUCCGCCCCCCCCCCUUAGUCCGCCACUGUUAUCAGCACUUUAAUCUGAUGAAGUGAUUAUGGUGCCAUGGUACGAGGCAGAGCUGCCCUUUGGCUCCAUUACUAUAUGUCUUAUCUAUUGAGCCAUUGGCUAUUCUUAUUAGGGAAAAUAAAAAUAUAUAUGGGAUCAAAACAAUCGAGCGAGACCAUAAAACCUUUUGCCGAUGAUGUGCUUCUGUCUGAAAUUACGAGGGAUAAAUAAAUUUGCAGAUCUCUUUGAUAAUAAAAAAUUGAUUAGCUUUCCGGGUCUACAAGAUAAAUACAAUACACCCUAUAGGUGAAACUUUUCGCUACCUAAAGAUUAAACAUUUUCUAAACUCAAAAUAUUUUAUAUUCGAACACCCUAUUUUUUAUUAUUUAGAUCAUAGGCGUGCACAGCCUAUUGCAUUAGGGUGUGCACCCUAAAGUACAAACACACGCCGCAUGUAUAUGUGUGUGUGUAUAUAUAUAUAUAUAUAUAUAUACAUACACUGCUGUUGUUAGUGUGCUGUUAGUGUGCUGUGUGAGAGUGCUGUGUGUGUGUGCUGUUAGUGUGAUGUGUGUGUGAAGGUGCUGUUAGUGUGAUGUGUGGGUGAGGUUGUUUGUGUGUGUGUUUGUGAGGGUGCUGAUAGUGUGUGAGGGUGCUGGUAGUGUGCUGUGUGUGUGAGGGUGUUUGUGUGUGUGUGUUUGUCCUGUGAGGGUGCUGUGUGUGUGAGGGUGCUGUUUGUGUGAGUGUCAUGUAUUUGUGAGGGUGCUGUUUGUGUGCUGUAUGUGAGGGUGUUGUGUGUUUGUGAAGGUGCUGUGUGUGUUUGUGAGGGUGCGGUUAGUGUACUGUGUGUGUUAGAGUGCUGUGUGUGUGAGGGUUCUGUAUGUGUACUGUAUGUGUGAGGGUGCUGUAUGUGUACUGUAUGUGUGUGGGUGCUGUGUGUGUGAGGGUGCUGUGUGUGUGCUGUAUUUGUGUAGGUGCUGUGUGUGUGUGCUGUAUGUGUGUGUGUGCUGUAUGUUUGGAGGGAUUGUGGAGGUGGUGGCAGAUUAGUAAAUAUCCCCCCUCCCUUCUGACCUUAUGUAGGGAGGGGGGAUCCUUGCUGCCAUGUGCCAUCCCUGGUGGUCCAGUGGAGAGUGAACUCUAGCCUGCUGGGCUAGAGUUAACUCUCGCGAGAUCUGAGCGUUGCCGCGGCCCUGAGCGUUGCCUGGGUCCUCUCCUGCCUCCCUCCAUGCUGCUGUGGGCUGGUGAGGUAGAUCUUUGAUCUCCCCGCCGGCCCCUGGAGGCUUAGAGCAGAGCCGGCACUCAGAUAGUGCCGGCUCUGCGUGAGCUGACAGGGGAGAUCCGGAGAUUCCAACCCCCACCCAAAAAAUAAUAUACACUCGUGUGUGUAUGUGUAUAUAUAUAUAUAUGUAUAUAUAUAUAUAUAUAUGCGUGCACACACACACUCACAGACACAUUCACAGACACACAUACACUCACAGACAUACAGACAUACAUUCACAGGCACCCACACACUGACACACAUACACACACAUACACACACAUUCACAGACACACACACACAUACAGACACAUACAGACACACACACAUACAGACACACACACACACACAUACACACACACACACAUACACACACACACACAUACUCAGACACAUACACACUCACAAAUUAUUCUUUUUUUAUAAAAAAAUGUCCACCCAGCCUCCCUACCUGGAGAGCUGGUGUGGACCUGUCCCUGGGGUCCAGUGGGGCGGGUGCCUGUCUCCAUAUCACGCGCGGCGAGGGAGCUGUGUUCUCUCUGCUCCUUCUCAACGCGCGGGCUGUCUACAGUAGCUGGGAGCCAGAAUAUGACAUCAUAUUCCGGCUCCCGGCAUUAGCAAACGGCGCGCGGCGAGAGGGAGCAGAGAGCACAAAGCUCCCUCGUCGCGUCUGAUAUGGAGAGGGGGGGGUCCAUCACCUUAGCGCAACAUCGCACAUUUUAGAGUGGCCUUUUAUUGUGGCCAGCCUAAGGCACACCUUUGCAAUAAUCAUGAUGUCUAAUCAGCAUCUUGAUAUGCCACACCUGUGAGAUGGAUGGAUUAUAUCGGCAAAGGAGAAGUGUUAGCAUAGAUUUAGAUAGAUUUGUGAACAAUAUUUGAGAGAAAUAGGCCUUUUGUGUACAUAGAAAAAGUCUUAGAUCUUUGAGUUCAGCUCAUGAAAAAUGGGGACAAAAACAAAAGUGUUGAGUUUAUAAUUUUGUUCAGUGUAUGUGCACCUGCCUUGCGCUGUAAACCAUCUCAUCAGGAAGUCUGUGAUUGAACAUCCACAGAAAGAGGUUAGAUGUAGGUCUUCGGCAUACUGCAUGUUGCGAGGUAAUUGCCACAAAGGGGUGUGAUCUGGAGGUGGUACAUGUCAAAAUAAUAUCCAUUUGAAUGUCAGGACCCAAUGUUUCCCAGCAGAAAAUUGCCCAGAGCAUAACCCUGCCUCCACCAGCUUGCCUUCUUUCCUGAAAUCUCUUCCAGAGGUAAACAGUGCACACGCACCUAGCCAUCCAUCUGAUCUCAAAGAAAUCAUCAGACCAGGCAAUCUUCUUCCAUUGCUCCAUGGUCCAAUUCUGACGCUCACAUACCCAUUUGGCGGUGGAAGGGGGUCAUUGUGGACACUUCACCGGUCGGCAACUACACAGCCUUAUGCGAAACAAAUGCAAUGCACUGUGAUUUUUGGCACCUUUCUAUCAUGGGCAGCAUUAAGUUUUUCAACAGUUUGAGUUACAAUUGCUCUUUUGUGUGAUUGGACCUGAUGGGCUAGCCUUCGCUCCCUACGUCCAUCUAUGAGCCUUCGGCGUCCAUGACCCUGAUACCAGUGUAGCGGUUGUCCUCUUUAGGUAUGUGCGAACCACUGCAUACCAGGGACACCACACAAGACUUUCCAUUUUGCAGAGUCUCUGACCCACUCGUCUAGCCAUCACUAUUUGGCCAUCAAAGUCACUCGGAUAUUUUCCCUUGCUGAUUUCAAAAGAGGGAUUCCCUUGAUGGCCCUAAACCUAAUCAAAACUCUAAUCUGAACCCUAAUUCCAAUCCAAAAAUUAAUUCUAAACCAUCUUAAUUAUAAACUAAUAAUAAACUGAAUACUAAAUACUAAUCUCAAUCCAUAAUCUUAAUCCCUAAUUUAAUCCUAAUCCCAAUGAUUUCCUUCUGCUAAUAUCAAUACUGUUCAGAAACUGGUGGUCUCCCAAUUACGGUAUAUUUCAAAAGAGCCUGCAAAAGCUGCAGUUCUCUAGUCUGCUGUAUUAGUUAUGUCUUGUCAAACAAAUUAUAUUUUCAAACUUAAAGAAUGAGCCAAAAAUCUAGAAGAUGCUAGCAGUGUUAUAUGAUGGGAAGAGUUUGAACAAUAACAUACGUAUAUCGAAUGUGAAACGUUAGUAAAUCUGUAGAACUACUAGAUCAAACGAUAGCAUCCUAGACUAUGCUUAGAGUUUCAGAGUUUAUCACAAAUAAGCCAGUUAUGUAAAGAAUUGUAAUUAAGCCGCAUACAUGUUUCAAAUCAAUCUACCUAAAGUAUGUGUUAUGUAUUACACAUAUUAUAUGGAUAGCAUGUAUUAUCACCUGUCACUUUCCCUUUCAGAUUGUACGUGUGCUGGUUCUCAAACUCUACUUAUCGGGUUAUUUCUGUUUAUUUCCUCUUUACUUGACAUAUGCAUUGAUGCAGGAUUUCUAUUAUAUGUGAAUGGUUAUAAUAGCAAUAAGAUGGUAUUCAGUACUAAUACACUUGCAGACAGUUGGCACCCACCAUAAAAUAAGUGAGCUGAGAUAAAUUUUCAGCUUAGUUUAGCAACCAACUUGUGCGGGUUAGAAAUAACACAAUAAGUUACUAUGAAAUUAAUUUCCAUUUCGGUAUUUACCUCUGACCCUUGAGUCGUAGUUGAGUAAGUCCAAAUAAAUUAGUUUCAGGUUUUCAAUUCAAUGAUAUUGUAAGAAAUUCAGAACUAGAUCAUUGAAUAUCCAGCCGGCAGCGUUGUUUUCAAGUUUAAAAUGAGUCUUUGUAAAGUGUAAUGGUUCUGAAAGGUGGUGGUGGGGGGGAAUGAAGCUGAGGGCUACUUUAUCAUUUUAACUAUUUACUGGGGGGAAAUAAAGUGAUGUCCACCGUCCUCUCUUACCCCAUGUGGAGAGUUAAAGAAACACAUCGACCUUCCAAACACCUCAGCUAAAUAGAAUGUUGAUAUUGUAUAUAUAUAUAUAAGGUAAUUUUAUCUGGGGGCAAUCUUACCAUCAGGGGUUAAAAUGUUUCCCAAUGCUUUAAUACAGAAGUUGGUACUCUGGUGCCCAACACAGGCUUCCUUCCUCUCUGCACUGCAGUAAAAGUAAUGGGUCUGCAGAGUGGUUGGUGGCUCUCAACCUGUCCCUGCCUGCCCAUUAAGAGAAAUAGUAUGUGUUAUUUACCCCCUGCUCCCAAAACAAAUUCAAUGAGCUGAAGUUGUUAUAGGGCUGGGAGUGUUCAUUUAGCAUUACUGCAUCUCUAACCUUUUUCUCUACCUUUAACAUAGGUCAGUCCUUUGCCCCACUAGUUUACAUGAACAUAACACAAGUGUAUAAUGAAACAUGUAUAUUUAUAAAUUAUAUAUAGGUUAGGGUGUUUAAGAUAGGUAAACUAAUACUGCCACCUAUCCACUAUAUAGCGAACUGUCAAGAAUCUAAUCUUAAUAUAAGGUGAAUUUCAAAUUUAUGGCCAUAAUAGCUGAAGUAGAAAUUGUUUGCUAAGUUCUUGUGAAGUGACAAUUCGUUUUUAAAUACAGGAUUAUUACUGACAUCUGGCUCUAGAAAUUUCAGAGACAAUUAUAAUAACAAUUUAAGGGACUCGGUAACAGAUCAAAAGAAAAAAAAGUAUAUCCAGAAUCUGAAGAGAUUGUUGAGAUUAUCAAGGCUAUUCACUGAAGUGAGAAUUCAAAAUGAAUCUCAAAUUUGAAGUCAAAAUUGUCAAACUGGAAAAAUUCGCAAAAUAAGCCAUGUUUUCAGGUUGACUAGUUUGGCCUUGUAUUUGAAAUUCACUUUGAAUUUAUUUUGCAAUCUCACUUUAGUGUAUAGCCCUCUGAGUAUAUUUUAGGAUGACAAUCUAGGAGGAAGAACUGACUAGGAGAGGCAGAAAUGUUUAUGGUAGAAGUUAGCAAUAUAGCUGGCUAUUGGGAAACUUGAAUAAGGGUGGGAUAGGUUUAGCUGGGAAGAGCAGAGAUCACAGUUUUUCAUAGAAGUGGAUUAGGGCAUCCCUAAAUUAUUCUGCUAUUUAUGCUGACCCUCAUGCACACACUGUUUGCUUCUGUUUUUUGAGCGGUUUAGGUGAAGAGCUGUUCCGAGAACCCAGGUUUUUUUAGAAGUGUAUUACAUUUUUCCUCUGUUGUUUGCUUGCCUCUGUCUCCUGUUUUCUUGUAAAAGCUAUUUUAUUAAAAUUAGCUUGCAAAAAAAGUACAGUAUGCCCAUAAUCACAUUUUCCAUUAUUGAAAAUCAUACAUAUUGAACUGAAGACAUUUUUUUGGCAUGGAAAUAGGAAAUUUAUCAUAGGGAAGAGGAUUGUUCCUUGUGUUGCUCCAAUAAAAGUUAACAACCUACAAUAAAUAUUCCAAGACACACAAAACACAGUAGUACAAUCAAAUCUAAGUGGCAGAGCUUGGAUCCUAAACAGCAAACACAAACAAGAAGAAUGCAAUUAUAUCCUGCUGCUGACUACAGUCAUUUAUCAAGAGAGCAGGGUCACUCUGCAAGUUUGCAUAAUGUAGCUGGUCCAGGGAGAGCAGGUGGCUUAGCAAAGGAAACUCAUGUCAAGUGAAUAUAGAUAUAGCUUCUCCAUGCUGCAUACAGAUUUCAUAUUAUUCAUACAAUCUCUGUACGCAUUCUUUUAUUCAAUAGUUUUGAAAUCCGCAAUGUUCUACAUUCAGGAGAUAGACCUAUAGAAAUCCUGAAAUGUUUUAAUUGGGACACCAGUAUGAUGUAGAGCAGCUACUUCUGGGAAAUGGGGAAUUGUUCUCCCAAAAUACACUUGAUGGCUGCACCGUACUUAUGCCAAAUAAACCUGGACAUUAUUUUUUUAUCUGCAUGAUUUCAUCUGGAACUGUGUCUACUGAGAUUUUAGCUCGGGGCAAUAGUUAAAGAAAAGUUAUGGAAUGUACUUGUAUUUUCUCACUAUUCUCAAUAGUUUUAUUUUUAUUUAAGUUAUAUUUAAUUAACAGGGCUUGUAAAAGCAUGUUAUUUAAAUCCCAUGUUCCAAGCCAUCAAAACAAUGGAAGACAAGAGUCUAUCAAAAUUAAAAGGACCGUCCAUUAAAUUAAAAGGACUGAUCCAUUUCUUUCUAAUAUAUUUAGACACAAUGCACUUAAAGAGCAAAAACAACCAAAACAAUAUGGUAAAAACAAAGCAGAGAAAGAACACUGCACUUUCUGUUUGCCACAAUCUCUGCAAUACAAAAUGCAUGAUUAAGGCACUUUUGAAUUGAAACUUUGCAUAUUUUGUGUGGGAUUUGCCAUAAUAAAUUAGGAUUUUUUUUAAAUACACACUGCAUGCUGAAGCCUUUACCAUUACUACUGUGAAAAUUCAAAAUGUAAAAACCUGUAAAGCGCUUUAACUUGCUUUAAAGCGUUACGUGUGAAGAGUGUGCAAAAAGUGCAUAUUUCAAUAGAAAUAGUAAAUGUUGUGAAUUUACCUGGUAACAUCCCCCUGGCUUUCAAGCAGACAACUGGUCAAGUUACUUCCUGAUUUGGUUAGCUCAGUGGAGCUAAACCCAAGAGGCAGCAAUUACCCAGAGCACCUGCCUUGCAAAGACUUCUCAUGAAGCUGUAUUGGAAAGUCUGUGAUUGGACAGUCACAGAAUGUCAGUGUGGUGUUAGAAGGGAAGGGCUGGCAAAUGUUUCAGACAAGAGAUCUGCAGCUUUUGUAAGCUGCUUUAGAUAUACAUGCAAUGAAAAAAAUGCACACAUAAAUGUAUGCAUGGUUUCAUUGGGAGUUAACCUACUAAACAGUGAUUUUGUUUAUUUAUUUUGAAUUUGGCUUUGAGUGUCCCUCUAAGGUCAAAAUAGCCGAGCUGGAAAAAUUCUCUAAAUCAGUUCUGCUUUAGUUUGGACUUCAUUUUGAUAUUUAGAAAAUAACCCUGAUAAUGUGGUGGGUUCUGGUUAAAGGUAAAAAAAAAUUACACUUUGCAGUGGUUGUGUGUGUUUCUAUGGAGAAGUGUUCUUGGGUAACUUUUUAUUCUUGUAUUAGCAUAACUGCUGAGAUAGGUCAGGAAUUUAAAUGCACUUUGCUUCCAGGUGCAUAUAGCUGUUUAUGUGCAGACACAUUUGCAUUACGUUUCUCACAUAUAACACUUUCUUUUUAACAUCUUCUUCAUAAACAUUCCGUACAGGAGGAAGACAGACAUAUAGAAAGUAUGAAUGACAUUUCACACUGUCACGGUUAUUAACAAAAAAAAUUUUUGUGCACUAAAUCCGAAUUGCAAAACUAGACAUACAUAGUCAGGUUGUGACUAUGACUAGAUUAGAAUAUAUUUCCAAAUCAGCAAUUUUUGCCUCAAUUAUCCGUUCAGAUUUCAGAGUUUAGUUAAUAACACCGUGUGCAUCUAUAGCUUCGUGCACAGCAGUUACGAUGAUUAUGAUCAGUGUGACAAUUUUUCUCACUAACGUUUUUGUUAUAUCACCAAAAUGUGCUGUUGUCAUAUUAAAAUCAUUAUUUAAAAAAAAUCACAAAUUGUAUGUACUAAGAUUUUCUACAAGAUGUGUAUAUUAGUUGAAACAUAUUUUUAAAGUAAGUAACAUGAGUAGAAGCAGUUCUAACGUGUUCAGAUAUCAUCUACAUAAUCAACGGGAACAGAUUUAUUCAAAGACCAUAAAAGAUGGGUCUCAGGCGAUACCAAUUUCCAUUCCAAUUAUUGGCCCUAUUUUAGUGAACCUUGCUGAGUAGAUUAUAAUAAUUCUUAUUAAGGUUUUUCAUCUGCAUGAUUCUAACAAGUUCAUUAAACAACUUUAAAAAAAAAAUGUUUAUUAUUCACGAAAUCCGUGUUUGCGCCUCAUUACACCCAUUGGAAACGGAAGGAAAUGUGAUCACCUAAUGCAAAAAAAAAAGGAAUUACUUUGUGUUAAAUCUAUUGUGGUGAGGGUCCUCUUCUACAGCAAUGAUGUUAGCCUCGUGUACUGGGAACAGUGCAUCUGGACAGAGUACACCAUACACGUUAUUAUGGAGCACACACAGUGACAGAUCAAGAACUAUUAAUACCGACUUCAGCAGCCUGCAAUCACUUUCUGGGGGCCCCGGGAUUUAAUUUAAGUGAGGACAGCCAUGCACAGUUAGCAUUCAGUGUUUCGGUGGAUACUAUCAGUGAAGUUCUUUCCCAGGCCUUCUACAUCUGCCGCCUGGGACAACCCUAUUCUUUGGGGGUAGAAAAAAAAGACAGUUCAUUUGUCUGAGUCAACUAUUGUCACUAUAAAGGAAAAUUAGCAGGCUGUUUGAAGCUACCAUCUGCUCAUAAAGUGCUUAGAAAGUACUUUGAAAGCAAGCACUUUGGAAACAUUGCUUCCCCUGGUCCGCUGGAAAUUUGUCAAGGAGUAGAGACUUUGUGAAUGUUCUAAAAUGAUCUAGGGUGGCUUUGAGUUUAACUGUGAGCUUGCUUUACGUAAAUUAAAAUAUUCUCUAUUUAGCUUAUAUUUAAACAGGAGGAAAGGACUAGGUUUCCCAGUAUUUCUAGAAUAAAUAAGUUGCAGCGAUAAAUGAAAUAUCCUAGCAAUGCUAAAAUUCUUUAAAAAAUGCCUUUGUAAUACUAAAACUAGUAAUAUUCUACCCUAAUCUACAUGAGAAGUUUAAACAUAUAUUUUGACAGCAGAUAAAACACAAAUAGCCCAUCUACUCUGCCAGUUCUCUGUUCAUUGAAACAUUUAAUCUUUAUCGUUAGGAUACUGAUAUACUAUUCCGAUAGCCCAUCAAACCGCAGAGAUUAUUUACCACGAGAAUUUUUAUUUUACAAUAGACCGUGGAAUAAAAUACGAUUAAUUUUGUUAUGAAAUCACUCAGAAAUAAUAUUCUUUUUCAUAAUUGAACAGGAAAUGAAUGCUGCUCUGGCAGAUCCGGCAAAUCUUGAACUUUGCCUUAAAAAUAACAAAAAUAAAACAAUUAAGAUAAAUUGAAAAUAAUAAUGCAGACUUUUUUAAUACUAUAAAAAAAUUUUGGAAACACGCAUACACCUCAUAGAACUAUGAGUUACAAAAGAGCAGAUAGCAGAAUAUACACUCACUCCUUCAAUGAUUUGCUGGCGAACCCUCCAGGUGUUUCCUCAUCCCCUCUGUUGCUGAACGUAGAACAUGUCAUUGUGGUCCUACAAUAACAGGAUAAUGGUCCAUACAGGUAAUUGUGUGCUCAGAGGGUUCUCAGUUACUAGAUGGGGCAUCCCACGCAUUGCUAUAUGGAUGAAAUAGAUAGGGGUCAGAGACAGUGUUUUGCAACAUUGGACUUUUUCCACAUAUAUAGUCACUUCCUAUGACCUAACUUCUCUGAUAACACUCCCUUCAAUAAAUUUGUCAUGGAGCAAGGGGUCAGGCCUUUUCUGGCCUAUUGUUUCCUUAAAUAAAAGCCCCAGACUGAUUGCACAGCCUCUGUCCAUCAAUAUGUAAUGAAAACCUAUGGAUACAUGCCCAAAUGCAGCAAUAUAGUAAAUAACUCCAGUCUCGAAGAAAGAAAUCCAAGUGAGUGUAGAUCAUCUAAAGAUUUCAUUUUCCAAUACGCCACAUCUCGGACAUAUAUACUCAUGUAGUCAUGGACUGCUAUAGUAAAUACUUUGGCUUUGUGUAGGUGUUUUCAAAACAAUCAAAAUCCAAAUUCUCACAACCUUUUCCUGCCAGAUUGCUUCAGAAGUUAGAAAAUGUUAUUGACGUAAAACUAAGCUUGACUUUAGUCUUUAUUGCUUUUCUAAAAGCAAAGAUUUAAAAAACAUGCACACCAAACAACUGCCAGGGUAUAUUGCUUCAGAAAAACAGGAUUUUAACUGUCACAUGCGGAAAACAAGUAAUUUGUACAACGUGUAACAGUGAGAAAAAUGACUAAUAUUAGUGAUUUAGGUGUGAUUUAGCACACUAGACACACUAGUGAAAUAAAAUUGAAAUGACGUUGAAACGCAUUCCCUGUUGAGUUCAGCUUUUGAAACAAAAUAUAUCUAUAGAUGUAAUAAAGGUAAAUGGGUGAGGAGGCAAACUUCUAACUAGUGGUCAAUUGGAAAUAAUUUAGAGUCCCACAUCAAAAUUACACAAAUCAGAGUAAUAUGAAUAACAACCGUCAAGAAUGUAAUGUAUCCUUAGCAAGUGUCCAUCUGAAAUAUAGGCAAAAUAUAGGUAAAUAGUCAAUCCAAGAUGCAUAAAAUACAUUUUAUUUAGUUACAUAGUUGAAAAGAGACAUGUGCCCAUUAAGUUCAGCCUCACAUUUGUUUUUACUGUUAAUCCAAAAGAAGGGGGGAAAAACAGCCGGAAGCGCUUGCCAAUCUUGCAACAAACUAGGAAAAAAUUCUUUCUUGACCGCAGAAUGGCAAUUAGAGCUCUCUACUGCCUUUGACACCGUUGAUCAUGCUCUCCUUCUUCAAACUCUUCAAUCGCUCGGUCUCUGUGACUCUGUCCUCUUGUUGUUUUCCUCUUAUCUUUCCCAACGCUCAUUCAGUGUCUCCUUUUCUAAUGAUACCUCCUCCCCUCGUCCUGUCUCGGUUGGAGUCCCCCAAGGCUCUGUACUUGGUCCCCUUCUAUUUUCUCUUUAUACUGCCUCUCUUGGCAAACUUAUUACCUCUUUUGGAUUCCACUACCACCUGUACGCUGAUGACACCCAGAUAUACCUCUCCUCCCUGGACCUCUCCCCUGCCGUCCUGCAAUGUGUCACUGCUUUCUUCCAUCUCUGACUGGAUGUCCUCCCGCUUUCUGAAAAUCAAUCUCUCUAAAAUUGAGCCCCUUGUCUUUCCUCCUCCUUAUACUGAUCCUCCUCUUUUGCUCUCCCUUCAAGUUUGUGGUACCCACAUCAGUCCAUCCUUGCAAGCGCGCUGUCUUGGCGUCAUACUUGAUUCUGGCCUCACCUUUUAGCCUCACAUCCAAUAUGUUGCCAAAUCCUGUAGAUUCCAUCUUAAAAACAUAGCCCGCAUCCACCCCUUUCUUAAGCAAGAUGCUACCAAGGAGCUUGUCCAUGCUCUAGUAAUUUCCCGCAUGGAUUAUUGUAACCCCUUCCUGAUUGGUCUUCCCAAAAGCCAUACUACACCGCUACAGUCCAUAAUGAACGCUGCUGCCAGACUGAUUUUCCUCUCUAGUUUGUUCUCUCACACCUCACCCCUCACCCCUCUGUCAGGCCUUACAUUGACUUCCUGUAUGCUAUAGGAGUCAAUUCAUGGUACUAAUUCACACCUAUAAAGCACUGAACAACUCUAGCACCUCUUAUAUCUCUUCACAGAUCCGUAGGAAUGUCCCUUCUCGGUCUCUCCGCUCUGCCCGUGACCACCUCCUGUCCGUUGUCCGCACCCGUACGGCCAACUCACGCUUGCAGGACUUCUCAUGGGCGGCUGCCUUCCUAUGGAAUAGCCUGCCUACCGCCAUCAGACUCUCCCCUAGUCUUGCAUCUUUUAAGAAGUGCCUUAAAACCCAUCUCUUUAGGAAAACUUAUGGCCUCCAAGACUAACCUCUACCUCACAUACCUGUCUCUUGCUCUCUCCUAAAGAGCAGCCCACCUUAUUUGACUGCAAAUUCCUGUCCUAUUGUGUUUUACACCCCACCUCCUAUAUAAUGUAAGCUCAUUUGAGCAGGGUCCUCUCCAAACUAUCGUUCCUGUAUGUUUUUUUUUUGUAAUUGUCCUAUUUAUAGUUAAUCCCCCUCUCAUAACAUUGUAAAGCGCUACGGAAUCUGUUGGCGCUAUAUAAAUGGCAAUAAUAAUAAAAUAAUAAUAAUAGAGAUCUCCUUGGAUCAAUAAGCUAUUACACCACUAAUUUAGAGUAUAAAGUAUAUUCCUGUAUACUAUGUUUUUGCAUGUAUUCAUCCAAUUGGUGUUGAAACAUCUGUACAGACCACCUCUUCAGGCAGAGAAAAAAAAUAAAAAAAAAAUAAACAACAACAUUAAUAGACAAACUACUAAUACCAGUAUUUUCAAAAAAUCCACCCAGCAAAAUAACUUUUCAGACCAAACUUCCAUUUAUGUUGGUAUAGUUAGAGCAGCACUCUUCAGAGAAAAGGCAGUGUUUACAUUGCCCCUAGGGACACUCCUCAGAUGGCCACUGGAGGUGCUUCCUGGCUCAGUGCUGCAUAGUAGACAGCACUGCCGUUAAACGUCUCCUCGCUCUGCAUGGGGACGCUGAAUUUUCCUCCGAGAGCAUUGAUUCAAUGCACCUCUAUGAGGAGGUGCUGAUUGGCCAAAAUGGCAUUUGGCCCCACCCCUUGCCAAUUUUAGCCAAGCCAAUACUUUCCCCAUGGCAAAGCAUUGGAUUGGCUAAAAAUCAGCAAUUCUAAUGAUGUCACCAAGGGGGCAGGAAAUGGAAAUAAGGUGAGUUUUAAUUCCUUUUAAGGGGGCUAACGGGGGCAAGACACCUAAAUGGUGGGUUUAGCACUAUAGGGUCAGGAAUACAUGUUUGUGUUCCUGACCCUAUAGUGUUCCUUAAACAAAAGGCCAUAAGACUACCAGUAGGUGAAAGUAAAGUAUCACCAUUUCAACUCACAAGUUUACCAGUGUUAUGUCUUCAAAACCUGAAGUAUAACCUGGUAAGGAAAUUCAAGAACAAUGAAAGGCGCAUGUAUUCCUGACCCUAUAGUGUUCCUUAAACAAAAGGCCAUAAGAUUACCAGUAGGUGGAAGUAAAGUAUCCCCAUUUCAACUCACAAGUUUUCCAGUGUUAUGUCUUCAAAACCUGAAGUAUGACCUGGUAAGGAAAUUCAAGAACGAUGAAAGGUGCAAAAGGCAGAAAAUCUCACACCUUUGCUUUCAACAUUAUGUAGUAUUAUGAAAUGGAUACUAUAGGCAUCAAAACAACUUUAGCUUACCUGAACAAUUUUAGUGUAUAGAUCAGAACUCUGCAGUCUCACUACUCAAUUAUCUGAAACUUUGAAGUUAAAGUUGCACUGUCUCCCCCUCACAAAAUGAGUAUUUCAUGAAGAUAAAAUCUUCAUGAAAUACUCAUACCGACUGUUGGAAUUUUAGUAAAUAUAUAAAGAUAUGCUGCCCCCUAGAGAAACCACUACGCAGUACAAAACCAAAACAAUAAAUUCUAGAGUAGAACCAAAAAACGAACUAACUUUUCACAAACAUCUUACAAUGUGAUUGUUAAUGACACUCAAGCAGACCCAUUAGGAGGGAGUGCAGUAUGUGAUCAGUAUGGUAAGUUAAAUACAUUUGGUUUACUGAUUUUAUACUUGAUUAAAAAAUGCAUAGUUCUGACACUAUUACAAGGAAAUUAACAUAUGUUUAAGCCACAUGUGUAUCAAAUAAUAAAAGAAUAUAAAUUAUUUAUAGACCAUCAACAUAUUUAACAACACAUACUUAACAAGGGUUAUACAUAGGACACGAGGUCACACAUUUAGGCUGGAAGAAGGGAGAUUUAAUCUAAGGCAAAGAAAAGGUUUUUUUACAGUAAGAGCAAUAAGGAUAUGGAAUUCUCUGCCUGAAGAGGUGGUUUUGUCAGAGUCCAUACAGAUGUUUAAACUGCAAUUGGAUAAAUACAUGCAAAAACAUAACAUACAGGGAUAUAAUUUCUAAUUAGUGGGGUAAUAACUGCUUGAUCCAGGAGACAUCUGGCUGCUAUUUUGGGGUAAAGAAGGAUUUUUUUUACUAGUUUUGCAAAAUUAGAAGCACUUCAGACUAGGUUUUUUUGCCUUCUUUUGGAUCAACAGCAAAAACAUGUGUGAGGAAGGCUGAACUUGAUGGAUGCAAGUCUCUUUUCAGCUAUGUAACUAUGUAACUUUGUAACACUAUACAAUGGGUAAACAAAACAUAAAAAGUAAUUGUGACAAAUCCAGUUGAAAAUUGAGGUACAAUAGAUGUCUUGCUCAUCAUCAUUGAUAUUCAUUCUUAUUCUUAUUCUUGCUUCUCCUAGGUAUGGUUGAAGAAUACAAACCUCCAUUUUUUGAUGUUGUACCCCAUGACCCAAGUUUUGAGGACAUGAAGAAAGUUGUCUGUGUUGACCAGCAGAGACCAAAUAGUCCUAAUAAUUGGAGUUCAGAUAUUGUAAGUAAUUUCUUUAUAUCAAUUUGUCAUGACAUGAUCAUAAGUAUGUGCAAGGGUUGGGGGCUGUAUUUUACCUCCCCUACUGAAAUUAUUGUUUUUUCAUUAAUUUUAUUUUUUAUUGAGCAUUAAUUUAUUGAGCCUCUGUUCACUUGAUGUUUAGUGUGAGACAGGAGUACAAUUCAAAUGUGCACAUAAUGUUUCUGGUGUAAACAAAACAAUCUGAGGCAACCCAAAUGUUAAAUACAAACAAACAAACAAACACAAAUAAAAUGCAUGAAUUUGGUAUUCUAGAGACCAGUAUGUAGCCAGAGGGGUUAACAGAAUAAUCACAUAAUAACAUUUCUAAAAAACACGCAAGAUCUACAAUAUCUACAUGACCCACUUGAUGGCUUACCUUUUUGUCUAUCAAUUGUAAUCUGAGAGGUAGGAAUCGGUUGUGGAACAAUUUUUUUGGGGGUAAGAUGGUAAGAAGUAUAUGUACUGAACUAACAAAGUUGGGAACUUGGGGAGUGCAAAAAGAGAGAAAUGUGGUAUGAGGUCUAAAACACAAUAUGAAUUUGCAUAUCCAAUAAUGCAUUCUGGGAGCUGGACUAUGUAGGCGAUGUGCAGUUAAUUCUAAAUUUUGCUUAAAGUUAAAAAGGCAGUGUGAAAAUACAAGCAGAAUGUUUGGCUGCAGAGGGAUAAUUAUUAGCAGUGUGACAGAGUAAGUAGCUUUUCUGGUUAUAUAUUGUCUACAACAGUGUGUGUCAUACAUGGAAUCACACGUGGCUCCUGGGUGAUGAUUGUGCAACAGUAGAAACCAUUAUGUGUUUAUGUGAGAACUGAUCUCUCUUUGUUCAGUGGUAGUCACGCCAAGAGUUGGUUGGAUAGUUUUGCAACACGACUAGCAGAAAGAGUUAACCCUUUGCAAUUUGUGGUUCUAUUAAUGUAAUAGGACUACAAACUAACAGAGCUCAGUGCAUUGUUCGUUAACCUUUAGAAGAAUCCAGUUCAGCUACUCUUAUUAAAAUUAUAUAUCCAAAUUUGCGUGUCCUAUGUGUCAAUUUGUUGUGUUAUGACGUGGAACACUGUGUGUAGGAACACUCUAGCGUUAAUAUAACAAACAGUGUUUAUCUAACUGUAUAGUGUUCCCCCUGCCAUGUAAGGGCUCGAAAUAUUGUACUUACCUGUUACCCCUGGCCUAUUUCCAUCUAGUGGUCACACCUCCUUGGCUGAAAUCCCUGAGAUUUCGAUGAUCUCAGCCAAUCCAAUGUUUCCCAUAGGGGAGCAUUGGGAGACUAGUGCGCGUGUGCAGCAAAAUGGUUUCACUCGGCUAUUUCAUUGGAGGCACCUCUAACUUCUGUCACUGUGACAGCCACUAGAAGCAUUUAUACCCAGCAAUGUAAACAUUGCCUUUUUGCAGAACAGCAAUGUUUUAAGCUGCAGCUUUCAAAUUAGAGAGGCAUGGCACCCACACCACUUCUGAAUAGAAGAAGGCACUGAUAAGACAGGCAAGAUAAAUCAGCAACAUAUUUAGUAAAGAUCUCUUGGUAAAUAAUUACAUGUACUUUUUAUAUCUGUAACUGAACCCAACAUGAAGAAAAACAAUAAAUAAAAAAUCCACUUAAAGGAGAACAAAAGUAAAAAUCUAUUUAUCCAUUCAUUAGUUUUCAGCUGUUCAUGGUUACUCAGAAACUUUGUAGUGUUUGUUAUUCUAUGUUAGUUUCUCAAAGAGCUUUGUGUAUGUGUGUUUUAGAAAUUGCUCUAUGGUUACAGCCCUGAUAAAUCACAGAUUGUUAGCUCGCAAACAGGGCUCUCAAACCCUACUGUAUCUGUUUAUUUCUGUCUGUCACACAAACGUACUGCUUUUCUUUAAUGUGUCUAGCGCUGCACAAUUUGUUGGCGAUAUAUAACUAAAUGAAAAUAAUAAUGUCUGCAAUAGUGACUCAUAUGUGUUCUGGUACUUCUCAUGAUUCUGUGACAAGCAGACAGACCGAGUGAACAGUGAUCUGCCUGCCAAUUGUUAGACGCUUUCACAUUAGUUAAGCAGAGAGAGAAGCUGUCUUGUGUUAUUCAAGGUACCUUUUCAAAAUUCUGGGCACAACAUGAAAUAAAAAGGCAAAAAACUCCAAAUUAGUUCAACUAAUGCAAUUGCUUUUAAUAGUGAGAAUUCCUAUUUGAAUACAUUUACCAAGAAAUUCUGCCUAUUUAACGGUACUUGUAAAAUGCAAAAAGUAAUUGUGACAAACUCUCCUUUUCAAGUGAGCUUGCCACGAGUUCCUGGAAGAGCCUGCUUGCCAGCCUCCUGCCCACAGACUAUGGACCUUGUAAAAUGUGAUAUAAAGGCUCAGUUCGUGUAUUUAGACUAUAUAGUUCACGAACCGAAUGGCCGCACGAACCGGAGACAACCCUGGAGCUUGUUAAGCCUAAUUGCUACUUUGUAACAAUUUCCACCGCAGGGUUCUAAGUGUUCGUCUGGUGGCCGCAAUUCCAAUGGACGACCACAAGAUGGCGGACAUCUUGUUCACAUGAACGCAGGCAGCGGUAUUUGGUUGUUGAGUUCAUGGAACUGUUUUCGGAUACUGAAACUCCCGAGCACCGCUGGACUUCCAUGAUCGCCUGCAUUCGGUUCGACAACACUUAGAAAGACACUGUUCGGUAGAAACGUUCCCACGAACAAGGGGAAUCCAGGGUAAGACUAUUGACAAUGUUUGGUAGUUUGUUCGUUUUUAAACUACCGAACUAGACCGACGCAAGCCUUGAUUCUCUGGGCAUGAGACCAUGCGUGCGGUCGGUCAAUCAAAUUACUUCCAGGAAAUUCCUGAACCCCUGAACUGAUCUGGGUGAUUUUUGGAUAUGUUGGUCACCCAGAUCAGGGCUAUCGGGUGAUGUAACUUUUGUGGGGGGAGGGGGGGUUUACUGUAUUGUUAGGGUACUUUGGGGGUGUUUGGGAAAAAGUAUGUUUUUUCUAUGCUUGGAAAUAAUUGGAUUAGAUUAGUACAGUUCCUGAUUCAAUUAUCUCCCAGGCACAGAGGAGGGAUUAUCUGAUUAUGUAUGGGAGUGUUCUGGAUCUGAGAGCCAAUGUAAUUGUGUAUUUGUUUCUACUGUGGUUUACUCUCAGGUGCCCCUUGCAUGGGGACAUGCAUAUUAGACCAGUUGUGGCUGCCAUUAAAGUUUCCAGCUUGUACUCCCAGAGCUAUGUGUCGUCUAGUUACUGGGAGAGGAAAGGCCUAUUCUUUAAUCACUGUUCCAGUGGGGAGGAUUCAACAUGGAAAGUCUUUGUAAGGACUAGAGCUCCCAGGACUGAGUGUCGUCCAGUGCCUGUGGGUGUCUAGAGCGAAUUCCCCAUUCGGCUCCAGGAGAGAGCGGUUCCAGGGCCCCAGUCAAGCCACGGCGACUGUGGGCAAAAGUUCUGCGGUUUGUCCCCUGUUCCAGCUAGGAAGCGGUCCUUGGCGGAGGUACCCAGCCGGGGUACAGGUAGCUCUGUUACAGUAAUAUAAUUAUUUUUUUACAUCUACAAGUUUACAAAUGAUUAUGUGAUUUUUUCCUAAUUCUAAUUGUUCCUGUGGAUUGCUAAUUUCAUAUAAACAUUUUAAUCAGAGAAGCAGAGCUAAGCAGAGAAAGCUACAAUCUUUAAUUGUAGAUUAUGCUAAAGCAGUGUACCUAUAACCUUAAUUUUAUUAAGGACAGGAGGCAAAUAUUUUGCAUUAAACACUCUUUAAUAAACUCCAGCAGCACAGAUUUAACAAUAAAAUUUAGUGAAAAAAACAUAUUGCAACAGGAAAGGCCCCUCCCCUUUAUCUCUUUCUUUGAUGCGAUACAACAAGAAACGCAUCCUUUCGUCAGACCAAACGAUACGAAUCCCAAAUGGAGGGUUUUCGUAAAGUGCGAAGACGAUCCCAUGUAUUGAUCCAUGAAGGUGAAUCAAACUGUAAAGAAACAAAAAGAUGUGAAAGGGACUAUGAAAUGAACUCUUUGUUAUAUAUACAUUAAUAUAAACUGAAAUUUUAUGUGAAGUUAAUCUAAAUGAGUAAAAUAAUCACAAAUCUCAAUAUGUGUAACAAUAGUUAAAAACACAAAAUAACCUAAUACACACCUCAAAUGUAUUCAAAUCUUCAGACCAGAGGAUUCUGGCUGAUAGAAGUGCCCUGUAGGGGAACCUGAGCCGCCGAGAUAGCUGAACGCGUCACGUUGAUAGAGUGAUACGACUUGCCCGAAGAAAAAGAUGGGAUAAAAAAUUCAGUACGGUGGUAACAGGUGCAGUAAAGGGAUCGAGAUCCCUCUCCAGACACCAAUUAAUUCAGCCGGUCCAUGCAGCGCUGUAGCUCAUUCUAGUGCUGGGGACCCAUGAGUCCCAUAGUAUUUCCUUAGUCGAUUGCAAUAAGCCAUUGACUGACCAGGAUCCCCUGAAACCAGCCAGACCACUAGGUCCAAGUUUCUUUGGAGGACUAGUGGGUGUAAUUCCUCUUAGGGGUUCGUCAACAGAUGCGGUAAGGGUGGCAGUAGGAGAGGGUGAUUCUGGAAUAGUUCCAGAAGAUCUGGAAACCACCCUUAACUUGGCCAUCGGGGAGUGAUGAGUGACAAAGUGAUCUUGUGGAUUCAUAUGUGGUGAAGGACUCUCACCAACAUCGAGAAAGGAGUGAAUGUGUAAGCUCCUUGAAUCAGCCAACUGGCUGUUGGUCCAGGAUGCAAAUAAGUCCAACUGGAGCUGUCCCCGUAUAGACCUCAGUGUGUGGAAUAUCGAGACAUUCAGUCUCCAGAUGCUGACGUCCCUCCAGUGUCAAGAGAACCAGUCCACCGUGAAAUUGUUGAUUCCUGGUAAGUACUCUGCUGGUAUAUUUCCUUUGUUGCCUCCGUAAGGUCCCGGGAACGGGCUCCACCCAAGCGGUUUGUGUAUUGAACCGCCGAUAUGUUGUCCAUGUGGUGGGAUAUGCAACAAUUCGAGACAUCUUUGGCCAGACUGCGAAUCGCGAAUGAACCUGCGAUCAUUUCCAGACUGUUUAUUUAGAGAUUUGUCUCCUCUUCGGCUCCCACAGUCCACCUGUGGAAGCGUGUGCAUAGUGGGUACCCCAUCCCCAUAGACUUGCGUCUGAAUCCACGAUGAAAUCUGUCAUGAGUCCGAAAAUCGCUCUGCCAUUCCAGGCCUGCAUGGGAAGUAACCACCAGUGGAGUUCGGUCCUUACUUUGGGUGUUACUGGUAUCCAAUAAUCGUAAGAGUGACCUGUCCAUAAAUAAUGGGCUUUCAGCCGUUGCAUAGCUCUGUAGUUUAGUGGACCUGGAAAAAUGCCUGGAUGGAUGAGGAUAGGAGUCCCACCACUCGAACCAGGAUUCGUAGAGGUAUGAAGUCCUUGCGUAGAAUAUACCUGAUUUUUUUACGAAUGGCUUUGAUUUUUGUGUUGGGUAAGCGAAGGACGCAUUUGGUCGAGUCGAUCUCGGGUGAACCAAUUGUUAGCCAGUAGGAGAACUCUUAACAGAUGAAUACCUUGGCGGUAUACUACAAAGUCAUUCAUGCAAUGUAAAUUGAUGACUGGGCAGUAGUCUCCUGUCUUCUCCUUGACCAUGAAUAUAUUGCUGAAGAAACCUGUCAUGUCCGGACCACUUGGACUGCUCCUUUGGUGAACCGGGCAUGGAUCUCUUCGUCUAUGAGCGACCUGUGGGUCGCUUCCACACCCAAAGGAGGGGGACCCUUGCCAAGGUUAGGGCAAAACACUUGUCUCAAUGAUAACUGGGAUUUGUUGAGAGUGGUGAAGAGGUUCACAUGCUUUUUAAGUUCAGUGAUGAAAGGUUCACCAGAUAAUAAACCAUUUGCCAAUAGUCCUAGUUCUCUCUUCCCCAGAUCCAAGAGCUUGUUGUCAAUCUUCAGAAGAGCGACCGUGUGUCGUUCAGUGCAAAGAGUUGCGUUUUUGUUACCCAGCAUACAGAUGGCUCUCUGAGCCCAUUCUCGAAUAUCAUUUGGAUCCAGUGGGGUGUUGCGUGAGAGAGUAAGAUCUGCAUAGUAUAGGAUCUUUCCCAUUGGACCCAACAUGUCCAGGAGUUUAUCCUGUGUAGCCUUCAGCCCUUUUUAUAUCCCCUUACGAGAGUCUCAUCCCGUCCAUGCCAUGAAGACCACUAUUGUGGUAUCAAACUCCAGGGUAACACUUACUUUGUCUGGGAGGAUCGGACGGGGGCAUUCUGCGCAAAGGCGUGGGCGCACCUACUUCUCCAGUGGCUUUUCUAGUCAAAAAUGCACGUAUUGAGCAAGAUGGUCCGGAAGAGACCUAUUCGGAAGAUCUUGGGUGUCAUACCAUCCAUGGGCAAAUAGGGGCAAACCCUGGGUAUCAAUGAACACAUCUUCAUCUAUACUCGUAAGUUUGUGGCCACCCUUUCAACAUGGAGAAGGCUUUACUACAUAUUCUUUGACGUAACGUGAUUCUGUACAUGGCAUACCAUGCCAGUCGUCUUCAUCAGAGGUCGAGCUGUCUGCUUGCCAUUCGUCCACAAUCACCAGAGUGGGUAAAAUUCGGAUAAGAGCUUUUCUCCUAGGAGGAUGAAAGUGGAGGUGGGGGUACAUCGUGUGAUUCUACACACUUAGGUCUCUUGAGAGGAGCCUUCUCUUUUGAUUUCCUGGUUACAGAGCUGGAGUCCUUCCAGUGCCGUUUAGGAACAGACAUGGGAACUCUGGGUACAAUAUAAAGAUGGUUCAGGCACUCCAAGGUUCAGAAAAAAUUAAUUUGCCUUUUCUGAACCUUGGAGUGGCUGAACCAUCUUUAUAUUGUAUGCUAUUGCCAUUGGAACCUGGUGCUUGGUCCUGGUUUAGUUGCACCCUAGCUCAGAUUGAUGGGAUUGAGUGCAGUUCCUUAUGUAUGUUGAAAUGGAUACUCUGGGUGUCUCAGAGCCCUCUGCUCCAUCCGCAUCAUGGUUGUCCCGUGUUCUCAGGUGGGAGGGUGCGCACUCUGUAAAGCACCUUCUCCACAGAUGCUGCUAUGGAAGCAUUUAUCAUGCUUUGGAAGUCUCGAGUCGGGGUCUGUGAUGGGUCAGACAUCUUGCCACAGUGUUCCUGUAAUGGCAGAACGGAAUACCUGUAAGCAACACAUGUGCACCAUGUAAUGUUGCAGGGUAUCUGGCUUCUAGUACAACUGGGGGUCACCAAAAAUUUGUGCACAAAGUGGUUGGAGUACCAAAUUAGAGGGGGUCACACUCUAAAGAGCGGUGCCAGUGGUCAUGUAUUUACGCAAUGUAGUAUUGGAGACAUUGACAGUCUUAUAAAUCAAUAGGGGAGCCACCCCUGUAUGGUCCCGUAGGAUGGGAUGGGUACCAUUGGAGGGGGUCACCCUCAAUGAAAGCAGCCCGCCAAAUGGUCAGAGGGCAUGAAUGUGGGGUUUACCCUAGUUAUACAGCAGGCCUGUAACUCUGUGACACAAAGUAACUUGAACAGUUUCAACAUACAGAUAUAGGCACUCCAGUACUUGGGGGAGUCACCCCACUAAUAGUACGGGGGUCCCCUUUAAAGUAAUGUAGCCACAGGUGGCUGGUAAAAAUGUCAGGGAGGUAGCCCUGUUAAGGUGUCAUGUGGUACCCUUAAAUACAAAUAUAUAGUACUAAAUCCUUUCCUCGAAGUCCCAAAUGUUAUGGCACAGAGUAGGGGUUCCCCCCAUACAAUUCCAGUAUCGUAGUAGCGAACUAGUAUCCAGUUAUGUUGAGGUUUGUAUUCCUGUAGUGUCAUAUGCCAGAAUAGUGUGUUAUUGUGUGGGUCACAUGGUAAGCCAGUAGGUCUCUGAUGUGCAUUCAACACUUAUAUAACAGACGUAUGGAUAGUGAUCAAGUACUGAUAUUACAUAGCUGGAAUGGAUAGGGGUUAAUAUAGGAGAAAAACAGUAAUAAGAACAGAUCAGAUUGUGUGAAUCACGCUCUGAUCAACAUAAAAUAGCCACCAAAGAUUUCUCGAGAAUUUGCUAAAUCCAAGAUGGCCGCUGUUAGCGCCAAAAUUACAGACAGGGAGACCGCGAAAUUGCGUUCUCGUUGGCCAAAAAAAUUAGUGCGUCUCGUAUCCCCAACUCCCUCAGCAGGGCCGGACUUGGAAAAAAAUUAGGCCCGGGCAUUUUUCAAUUACAGCAGCCCCCUGAGCAGCACGCUCAAAGUGAGCAUGUUGGUUCAAUGCGCAGAGCCCCGCUGAAGAGGGGCACAGUGUUAUAGGGGAUGUAGCGAGUGUGUGCAUACGGGCUGUAGUGUGUGUGUCUGUGUGUGUGUGUGUAUAGGUGACGUAGUGUGUGUAGGGGUUGUAGAGAGGGUGUGUUUAGAGAAUGUUGUAUGUGUUUGCUUACAAGGAAUGUAGUGUGUGCAUAGGGGAUCCAGAGUUUGUAUGUCAGAAAUGAAGUGUGUGUAGGUGGUGCACUGUGUGUGUAGGGGACCCAGAUUGUGUAUAGGAGAUUGUGUGUGUGUGUGUAGAGGAUUAAGAGUGUAUAUAGGGUAAGGGAUCUAGCAUGUAUCUGGAGUGUAAUGUGUGUAGUGGCAGUUUGAGGGGUGCUGUAGUAUGUAUUGUAUGUGUGAGGGGCGCUGUGUGUUGGGUGUGCUGUGUGUAUGUGUGAAGGGUGCAGCAUGUGUGUGAGGGGUGCAGUGUGUGUGUAAGAGGGGUGCUGUGUGUAAGAGGGUGUUGUUAUCUGCCGUCACAUUCCAUGUUUCUAAUUUUCGUGUCUGAGGGUGCUGUGUGUAUCUGAGGGUGCUGUGUGAGUGAAGGUGCUGUCUGUCUCUGAGGGUGCUGUCUGUGUCUGAGAGUGCUGUCUGUGUGUGAUGGUGCAGUGUGUGUGUGAGGGUGCUGUCUGUGUCUGAGGAUGCUCUGUGUGUCUGAGGGUGCUGUGUGAGUGUGAGGGUGCUAUGUGUGUGUCUGAGUGUGCUGUGUGUGUCUGAGGGUGCACUCUGUGUCUGAGUGUGUUGUGUGUGUGGGUGAUGUGUGUGUCUGAGGGUGCUGUGUGAGUGAGGGUGCUGUGUGAGUGAGGGUGCUGUGUGUGUCUGAGGGUGCUGUAUGUGUCUGAGGGUGCUGUGUGAGUCUGAGGGUGCUGUAUGUGUGUGUCUAAGGGUGCUGUGUGCGUGAUGGGGGUGUUAGUGUGAGUGUACUGUGUGUGUGUGUAUAUUUUUUAGUAAUAAAAAAGUUAUAUCCAUAGGCAUGGGCCGGCCAUGGAGAUCCUGUGAUCUCCCCUGCCGGCCUCGGCCCAUGGCCAUCGAGGCCCGGUAUGCCCAAUGGCCAGUCCCGGCCUGUCUGUCAGGACCCACCCAGACCCUUAAAUCAGUGGGAAGAAACAAAUAAAAAGCGUCGUGAUCGCGGCAAUGGCGGCCGCAACGCGUCAGCAAUGGGAGCAGGUCUAAGGGCUAUUAUGAAGCCUCCUGUCACGUUAUAAAAUAAGACACCUAGUGUCUUGACUGCACCCAUCAGUCUUUCAAAUUAAAUCCAUUCCAUCUGGCUCCUACGUGAUAUUCACACUACACACCACCAAAACCAACCUGACCCCACAUGACAUUAAUAUUACAUGCAACAGCAUUACCCACAUGACAAUCCUUAUCAAAUACAGCAUCCGUAUCACAUGCUUAUACUACACCACAUACUUAAACUAUACCUCGUGUGACAUGCAACCCCCAUAUACACUUUCUCGCUAGUAACAAAUGUAGCACCUAUAUGAUGUGUAGCAUCCAGAUAUACCACCCAUGUCAAAUGCAAGCACUCGCAUGACACACAUAUAAAACAUUCAUCACACAUGUCCUAUCAUGUUACUACUUUGACACAAUUAAACACCUGCAUAAUAUCAUACAUACUUGAUCUGUAGAUUUCGAUUCAGUGGAACUAUUGCUAGAAGAAUAACAUGCCAUCACAUUAGCAAAACUAUUUGGAAUAAAUAAGUUCCAUUAAAUGCUCCAUGCUCUCUACUUAUAUUUAAACUAAUUAUACUUGUAUUUUUUUUGUGUGUGUUCUCAGUGGGAUUUAAUUGAAAACAUAUGUGUCUCAACCUUCCACUGUCACAAACUCUAUAUACAUAUUUCUUUGGGACACCUGGGAGAUUGACAGUAUACAGGAAAAAAGCAAAAAAAUGUCUUCUGUGGGCAAGAGAAGGUUUACCCAAACUCUAGGUUAUAUGAGACAUUUCUUCUCACUGUAUUCUUUCUUCCUGCUUCCAGUCAUACACCAAAUACAUCAUUGUUUGAUUUAACGUGCUCCUAAUUUUAUAUGUAUAUUUGCUAGCCGAAAUGGCUCGCACAUACAGUGCCCCUAUAUGUCCACUAAUAUAGGCUGUGAAGAAUUGCCUUUAUUGUUUAACCUUUUGUUCAAAAUAAACACAAAAAACUGCUCUGCUAUCAUGUCUAUCAAACAAUUGUAACUUUUCAGAAAAGUUAAAAAAAAAAGUUUUUUUGAAUUGUGAAAUGUGUGGCACAAUUAUUAGUAUUGUAUUUGCAAUUGUUUGAACAUCAUUAAAGCAUUGUAUUUUGUGUGUUUUUUGUACAAAAGGUGAAGAAUAAAGACAAUAUUCACAGCCUCCUUUGCUCAUAUUUACCAAGGGUGCCUAUUAUAGUUGUGGGCACUGUAUAUAAAUAUAGUUUUAUUAAAGACCACCCUUCUCCCCGUGAAAAAUAUAAGAAUUUCAUAAAGAUAGAAUCUGCAUGAAAUACUCAUGCUGACUGUGUUGGAAUUUCCAAUCAAGAGAUAUACAAAGUAGAAACUACUAUGUCUGAAUAUUUCCUCCGCUUGACUUUCUUAGUUUCAGGGCAGAGUCUAAGUAUCAAUCCCGACAGCUGUCACCAGUGACAGCUGCAGGGAAUUGGCUGUGUCUAUGGACCUGUAGACCUCAAUGCACAAGAGUACAGCAGUGACAUCAGCUCUAAAGAGGACCAGCAGGAUCAAGAUGGAAGAACCCACGAGGGGAAGGUUCAGGUAAGUAAAUUUCACCUUUACCUGCCCUCUGACCACCGUACCCCCAGCGGUGAUGUUGCCUUCGGGGGUCUUUGCGAAUUUGACAAAGUCCCCAGACUGUAACAGGGCCACUUUAACCCCUUAAGGACACAUGACAUGUGUGACAUGUCAUGAUUCCCUUUUAUUCCAGAAGUUUGGUCCUUAAAAGGUUAAACUUACCAAUAUACUUUUGGCAGUGUGCAAAACUCAUGCGCUGUUUCCCUGUGGGAAAUUAAAAUCCACCUAUGUAGGAUAUAAGCACAUACACCUGUCCCGAAAUUACAGCCUUGGUAAACCACAAAUAUCAAGUAUGUUCCCCCAUGCUAAGUAUAUUUGUGAUGUAAUAGAACAUACAUUUAUCUACUGCCAUGGCAACUUUAAAGAGGGUAGAAAAGAUCACUGGGUAAUUCCAUCUAUGAAUCUACAUAUAUUGUGGUGAUUUCAGAAAAGGUAGAAUAAAGCUGUGUAUAUAUAUAUAUAUAUAUAUAUAUAUAUAUAUAUAUAGCAAUUGUACUAUAUGUAAGAAUUAGUCGUCACAGUUUUCUAUAUAGCCCAUAAAGUAAAGUAAGAAAAAAGAAAUUGUUUUGGUAGACAUUCCUUUUAUAUAUUUUGUAUACUGUAUAUAUGUAAAAAAAAAAAAAAGGAUUGAUGUUUUUAUUUGUUGUUUUCUUCUUGUUAGGUUUUGUCAACUUUAUCUAAAAUCAUGAAAGAAACCUGGUUCCAGAAUCCUUCAGCCAGACUUACUGCUCUGAGGAUCAAGAAGACUCUAAACAAGCUGAAAUGCUCUUUCAAUAUAACGAAGGAAGAAUGUUGAUGGAGAAAAAAACUGAUUCAACAAUUCCUUGCACUUCACUUGAGACUUCCUAACAAACAAACAAAAAGUUUCUACAUUACAAGAAGCCAUAAGAGAAAAUGUGUUUUCAAACUUAUGCUGCCUGAUUUUAGUGACAGUUUUAAGAUGAUCCAGAACUUCGACCUGACUUAAACAAUCCUCAUGACAGUUCAAUGUCAAAUACAUAAUGUGCAGGAAGACUGCUGUGUAUAUUUAUAUCAUAUGAUUGUGCCAUUGUCUGCCCAGUCACCUUUCGGGCUGUGUAAGAAAAUGCCUUCAUAUUUACCUGUAUUGCAAAGGCUAAGAUAUAAAUCACAGAUUUAUAUUGUAAAUUUCCACUUAAAAGCUCUCUAUACAUAUCAAAAUUCUAACUGUAUAGAUCGUAUGGGUCAGAUGGCAUCUUAUGGCUUAUACGAGGCUGUCAAAGUGGGUUAUAUCUUGUUUGGCACCCAUUCUGCCUGAUAUUCUGCCAAAUUAAUUUUAAUACAUGUGUGUUUGAAACAUGUGUGGGUGGUGCUUUGGACGAGAAACUGUGAGUUGUUACUGCACCAACAAUCAGUACCAUUCAGUGACAAAAAGACUAAAAUUUAGAAUUCACGUUUUCAAAACAUCAAUAGAAUUAGUGAUAAGGAUCCUUAGGAGCACGGCUAUUUUAUAUCUUUUCCCACUGUUACAUAUGGACAAUGUGAACUCUUCCAUGACUGUCAUUUCUAAUCCUAACCUGUGACUUAAAUGAAUGGCAAAGUCACAGUAGUGGAAAUAAAAAAUUAAUGACGGAUAGGUGAUAUUGAAAGUUUAUCGUUUGAAUUUUUUAGCUUUAACUAAGAGGGUGAAUUUCAUACUAAGCUCAAUCUAACGUGACCUUAAGGAUACAUAAGUUCUGAGAUAUAUAUAUAUAUAUAUAUAUAUACACAAAAAAUUGUCACCCUGCUGAAUUGUGGGAAUGUGGCAUAUUCUUUCAUUAAGAAAUGACAGCUUUAUGCAAUUGAAUUAAUUUAAUUUAAUUUAAUUUAAUUAAUUGUCAUGGAGAACAAGAGCAUUUAAUCCCCUGUCCUAUCUGCCAAUCUCAGGAUUAAGGGUUUAGAGUCUGGAAUCUAAAUAAUUCGAGGUGCAUGAUUCUGUAAAUAUCACCCCACAAAGGAGAAUUAGGGAUCAAAUUAAGGUCCAUAGUGAUUUCUCACAUGUGUUUAAAAUGUGUCCUAUACCUGGUCCAGCAUAAACAAAAUCUGGGUAGAAGAGAUGGGCAGGUCUGAGAAAUAGAAUUACUUCUGAUUACAAGGUAUGCACAUAUUUUAAAUAGAGCAAUUAGAAAUGAAGGUGCCUGUGAUAUGUCACUGCAAAUUGUAAUCCACCAUGCUUUUAUCCCGCUCAAUGUCAUGGGUUAAGCAAAAUAUUAACAAACUUUUUUUUUUUUAUGGCAAAAUUCAAUGGCAGUCUGAAACAAACUAUAACUGUGUAGCAUCAUUUUUUGUUCUUUAGAAAUCAACACUGUUAAUUUACUGAAGGGCGGACGUGAUCCUGUAAAAAAAAUUAACUGAAUGAGAACUUCUAUCUUUGUUUGGUCGUAGAUGUGUUAAGGCAGACUCCUAUAUAUAUAUAUCCAACCACUUACGCCAUCCUUGAUCAUAUUUUAUCAAAUUGACACACCAGACAUGAGGUUAGCAUAUAAGAGAGUUAGGUUUACCUUAGUCAUCCAAAUGCAAUGAUUCCUUGCAAUGCAUUGAAUAUCAUCCUAAAAAUAUUUGUGUUUAAGUGUGAUUUAUAGAGUUACAGAUAACAAAUUGUGUGGUUUUGUGUGCCAAAGCUAUGAAGCCAUAUUAUUCGACGUUGUAAUUCAAUUUCCACAUUGAUUGCAAAACAAUAUAUUCAAAUAAUUCAAUUUUGGCGCUUGUCAUGCACUUAGAUAAAACUGCCCUCGGUCACACAAGUAAAUGGAUGUAUAAAUCUAUUACAAGUCAUUAAGUCAAUCAUUUACCCUUUUGCAUUGUUAUUAUAUAGGGCACUGUGUAAUAACGUAAAUUUGCAUUCAUCCAUUCACAUUAUGAGUAUUUUUAAAGCCCCACAAGUCAGUGUUAAGUAUUAUCAAUAGUAGUGAAUAUGAUGCAUAUAGUAUUAACUUUAAAUUCACAAAACAUCUGUACUGUCCACCAUUUGGAACAGACUUUCUCAGUGUGACAAUAUUAAUCUGCCAGAGUUAUUCAAUUAAUUGUGAAUUUAAAGUGAAGAUUUCACUGUUGGCCAAUUACAAAGCUUAAAGAGUUUGUGUCCUUUUUGGCUAUUUCGCCUUAAAAUCGGAAAUUAACUUUCAUGUCACUUUAAAUUUCCAACAAUUCACCCUCUAGUGAAUACUGUGGUGUGAAAAGUUCCAAAGGUUCCUUAUAAAGUUUGUUUUAAUAGGUUUCCUGAUAAAUAAGAAUAAGCUAAAAGACACUAUAUACAACUGUCCUCAAAAAGUCCAACAACUUAACAAUUUUGUUCAUGGAGAAAUUCAAAUGCCUAGAUUUACAAUUUUGUAUUGUUACACACCAAUAUCUACUAUUAUUAGACAGACACCCUGUAAUUGAGUUUUUAUUGACAACGAUAACAAUGUUCCAUACCAACUAAAUUGAAAUUCCUAAGAUACUGAAGAUCAUUUUAUGUUUCAAGUACAUUUCAAAAGUAACUUUCACAGGAAUUAAGUUUUAAAAUUAGAGUUCCCAAAACUAUUCAAUGUCACAAAUUGUGAAUUUUGAUGAAAAAAAUAAACAUAUUUAUAGCUAUGUUGUAAAUAAACAAGUGUUAAUCAAUGUAUACAUUGUAAUAUUAUGGCUUAAAUUAUUUAAUAUAUACCAACUUUAAUGAUAAAGUUUUAUACCAAUUGUCAUACAAAUGUGAUGCUUGUUUUCUAUAUGGUUAAAUAUAAUGCAUUGCGAUUAAAAUCUAUAUUGG